GUUGCUGCUGCUGCUGCUGGUGGUGGUGCAGUGUUUGCUCAGUCAGUGUGUGUUGGUGGAGGGAGAGACAGGAGCAGCUCCGGGGAUCACUGUGUGCAGACAGCCAGCAUGGAAGAGGACGGGGCCGGUAAGCACCAGCAGCUCAGGGGUUAACCACUGCCAGGCACUGCAGCAGCCAAGGGGUUAACCUGUCCAUUGCCAGCAUUGGGUGUGUAGUGGACCUCACAGCAUUGCACUAGUAAGGGUUAACCCCCCUGCAUGCCAGGCUACAAAGAUGUGGACAGCUCAAUACUAUGGAAUUAAUUUUGCAGAGCAGACAGGAAGGGGUUAAUUGUGUUUUUAAUUUGAUUUAAAUGGGCAUUAAUUGGUUAAUAUCCCAUUUUCAGCUAAUGAUACUGCAGUAUGGUUAAUGUCAUGCUUUUUGCCAGCAUGCAAUGGGUUAAUCUAGAUAUUGGUAUUUUAAUGCAGCAUUAUGUUUGCUCCUAUUUUUUUAAUCCUCCCCCCCCAAUCUCUUUAUUUGCUAUUAUUUUUUUUUCAAGCCACCAUUUUGGCUACAGGUGUCACCAGCAUAAAUGGGGUUAAUGAGAGUAUAGUAUUUUUGUUCAGUUCUGACUAAAGUGGUAAUUUUCAUUUAUUUGAUUUGGUAAGGUGAUAAAUAAUAUUUAUGACAUUGGAAGCAGUUCCUUUACACUUGAUACAUGGCUGUAAAAUGGGGAAUUGCUGUUAUAAAGCUGUGUGCAUCCAUUAGUAGGCAGUGAGUUGUGCAAUGCUGCAGGAAUCCUGUCCUUUGCUGAUCCAGUUAAUUUCAUGUGUGACACCUCUUGUGAUGGCUGCUCCUGCUUUUGCUGGGCUUGCAGGUUGGUUCAGUCAACAGAUGGUUAAAACCUGAUAUGCAAUUAUCCCUUGCAGUGACAUGUCUUUCCUCAUAUCAAAUCCUUAAUUAACUGUUUGAUGGACUAAUAGGAAAGGACGUCUGACUUUAUAAUGGUUAUGUAUACAAAGUCACAUAUUUAUUUUUCUUCUUUCUGGUGUAUUUCCGAUUUUGUAUACAUAUUUGUGACAAACAUUCGUUAUUUUCUCUUUGGUUCUUUUUGUGUUUUUUUAAAUUUAUUUAUUUAUUUAUUUAUUUGACAAAUUUGUCACUUCCCUGCUUAAAAAUAAAUCAAAAUGCAAAAGUACACCUUUUUUCUUUCCUCCAAACUUUUUCGCCACUGUCAGUGUGUUGGGGUUUUUGAGACCAGUGAUCAGAUCUAAUGUUCUGCCUUUUUAUUUAAUGUAUAAAAAUAUAAUUCAAAUUAAGAAUCCUCCUUUUAAAAAAAAUAAAGUAUUUAAGAAUACAUAUCUUCAUAUUUUGCAAAGAUAGGUUUAAUCAAGGGGAAAAAAGGAGAAAAAUAUCUCAAAGAGGAAUAAAAUGACAGAAAAUGUGUUAUUUAGGAUAGAAUGACACCUGUAUACUUGGGGAAAACGGCGCAUGCACACACAACCAGAGCAAAUCUGAAAAUAUUCUCUCUCCCCCCCCCCACAGUUUUGUCCUUGUAAGGUUACUCAAAAUGUGUGUAGUUGUCAAACUUCUCAUGUGCUGCAAAAAUCUUAUUCACUUACCUAUUCAACCCUUUACGUGCUGGUUGGUUAACUUGGGUAGUGUUGUUGUUUUCACCUCUGUACCGAAAGUGUUAAACUGUUUUUCUUGUACUUUUUGAGUAAAGAGUUUAACCCCUUAAGGACACAUGACGUGUGACAUGUCAUGAUUCCCUUUUAUUCCAGAAGUUUGGUCCUUAAGUGGUUAAACUAAUUGCCACCCUGAUUAAAAGGCUUAGACUGACCAUUGCCAUUUUGCCACACGCCUGGGCCUCUGCUAUCAUGAAAUGCCAGUAUAGAAUCUACGCAGCAGAGAUACAUUAUAAAUCCAGUAUUCUGUAACGGAUUAACUAAAUGUCUUGUGGCUUGCAGCUCCCAGACAAGCCAGAUCUGUGGUCCUAUGUUCAGUAGAAUUCUUAUUUUUAAACUGUUUCGGAAACAGACAAAACCUUAUUUUGACAAUAAAAUAAAAGCUUUGAAUUCCAACCUAGUUUAAAGCUCUUACUUAACCCUGUGGGUGCUGCGUGGUUUGGUACCUGCUUUCAAAGUUAUGCCUUGCACACUUUUAAAAAUUCAUUAAUUAACUCAUCCACUAUGUGAUAUGACUUGGACAGCUGUGUACUUUAAAAAAAAAUAAAUUCUUGCGCUCCUCCAUGUUCGACAUUGGACAGAAAAUCCCUCUCUUUGUAUAACUUUAGAACUCUGACAGAUUUUAACUGUUCUUUUGCAUUAUCUCGAAAAGAUGACAAUUUAUAUACAAUAUGUUUUAUGUUGUGGGGAAUGGUGGUAUUGGUAUACCUCAUUCAUUUGCUAUCUUAUUUAUUUUUUGGCUGUUACCAUAGCACAGUGCUGUUCGUUUGGCUGCACCCAGUCUGGUAUAUUUAUUCCUCUGAAUAUGAUACUUGAACUGGGUUUUACAGUAAAAGGAAACUGUGUGUUUUUCUUCCCCACCCUUGGCAGUGUGGAGUGAAUGCCUGAGUUUAUUUUGUUCCUGUCCUGAAGUCAUUACAGGGCUUUGAAUUGCUGUAUAGCAGUCUGCCUGUGCUCUUGUGCAAUGUUUUCCAACAUACAUUGCAGAUCUGUCACUAUGACCUAUAAGCCACUAAAAUAGGCUAAUUAUUCCAAUUGCUGACAUUGUUUGGAGUGGCACAGAGAAUUCGUUUUUCUUCUCUUAUGCAUGCAUCACACGCUUUUUGUCUUCAUGGAAUUUAAUAGAAAAUCAUUCCAUGCUUGAUCAGAUUUCUAUGACUGCUUAUUUUUAAAUUUGUUUUUAUUUUUAUUUUUUUUAACAUUAUUCUGAAGAACAGCUGCAGUGUCAGUCUUUGCCAAUCUGAUUUUAUCUGUGGCUUUCGCAUUAAAUGCUAGCAGUUUAUUGAUAUCAGGGUAAAUGCAAUGUGUCUGUUAAUCUUUUCAAGUAAUCCAUCACCCACUGAUUAAAUUGCUCUCGGGCGAUUUUCUGCCCUGGUUUUCAUGCUUCAAUUUGGUUAAUUUUUCUGCAUUUCGUUUAAUUCUUCAAUAAUACUCUCUGAAAGGCAGUUUAUUUGUCAAGGUCAGAGUGGAUAAUAACUUAGCAUGGAAGGUCGGCUUGUAUUUCCUUGUUAAAUUUUUUCUAAUCCCAUCAGCCUCAGACAUUUAGCUGGCUGGUGAUUGUGAGGUUUGUCAAAACCAGUUGGAAAGGGCCAGAUAAAAUAAAACUAAUCAGAGCGAAAAUCAUACUUUUUCAUACCACAAAUAUAGUAGUUUAUAUCUGCAAAGAAUUUGGGAUUUUAGAGACCCACUUUUUUUGUCACUCUUGUGAUUUUAUUAGUAUUUUGUGGUCAAAAUGGCUUUGUUUCAGCGUAUGUAGUAACUAACGACAAAAGAUCAUGAUAUUGCAGAAUAAGGCCAUGCUUAUAUUGGUAUUUUUGCACAUUCAAUAAGGUCCAACACUAUCAAACUAUCCAAACUCAGGAAGACAGCCACUAGAGGUCUUUAAGACUUUAAAACCUUUGCAAUUUGAUGGUCAGUUAUCUGGUUAGCUGCUUAGUGAAUAAACCCUAUCAUGAGAACUGGAACAGGAGGUAACAAUAUGGAUUGUUGAUACUUUUAAAGAAACUUUCAUACAAAUUUGCAAGGAGAGGUAAAUGGGGGUGGCUGGGGGGCCCUACCACAAACUGAAAUAUCUAAUCUUGAAGAUUGCUGACUUUAUUUAUUUUAUUUAUUUAUUUUUUAAAAUUUUUUAUAAAAAAUUAUUAUUUUGGAAUGCGAUUCAAUCAUAUCCUCUUGUAAUUAUUCAUCCUUAUUUAUUGUAGUAGACAGGAAAUAGCAAGAGUUGACAAGGUAUUUCUUUGACGAACAAAGUUCUGCUCUUUGAAUCAUUUUUCCAAGUCGUCUGCCAUUCCACCUCGGGCCUUUUUGGAGGUCCUUGAGUUUUUUUGCACAUUUUUGUUUUCCUGCAUGAAAAAUUGCAGAUUAAGUUAGUCUGGAGGAAAAAAAAAAAUGUUUAAACAAUUUGAGCCUAUAAAUUCAAAUAUCUUGCUUAUGUUAUAAAUCUUUAAUAAUUCUCUGCUUAAUAAAGUAUUCAGUCUGUUCGCCCACCUGUGGAGCCUGUUCUGGAGACUGGUCUGUGCACAGUUGUACAUGUGUUUCUUUUUAAUGUAUGUUGAAGGGCUCCAGAGACUUGUAGCAUUUGUUUUAAGAAGGAAGUUGGCUGACCUGUUUGGCUGCUAUGAAGUGAAACCAUUAUUAUUUGUGUUUUGAGGAACAUCUGCGUUCAAUUUAUUACAUUGAAUUUUCUAAAUUCUUGCAAACCACAAGUUGAUAGUAUAGUAACCUACGAAACUUUUCAUUUCUUUAAUGAUUGGAACAUACUAAUUUCUCAAACUUAGGGUGCUUAGACUGUUCUAGAUGAAGAUGAACCUGGCCGGGUUGCCUGUGUCCCUUUUUUAUACAUUUUUGAUUUUGAAUAGUCUUUUUGCUUAUUCUCCAUUUUUGCAAGAAAAACUGUGAUCACUCUUCCUUAAUGAACACUGGAAAGAGUUUUGAGGAACUAAACAAGUUGCUUUCACAGAGUCAAAUUCUAAGAUGGAAAAGCAUUGAAUAUGGCUCAAAUACCUAUUUUGGUUUUUAGGGUACCAAAUAAAAAAGGGGAGGUGGGGUAGUAUUUUUACCAAAGGUGUGCAAGUAAGGUAAGGGGGUCCUGGCUUAACUUGCCGUGUAGACAUCAGUCAGGACAUUGAUAAGGGGAAUGGAUACAUCCAAGCUCCCACCCCCCUCACAUACACAUUCCCUUAGACCACCCUGGUGGGAGUGGUCCGCAUACGCCAUAAUUAAGUGUUCUUGCAUAGCAAGACCACUUAAUGUUAUCUCAUAUAUAUUAUUAUUCUUAUUAUAGCCAAAUUUACCACCCUAACUCCUCCCAUAGUUUUUACACUACAUAGACAGUAAUAUACCGAAACGUGCAGAUUGUUCGCGAUUGGAUUGCUAUUACUUUGUGGAACGUUUCGCCAAAUGGUUCAUGGAAUAUCGUCAUUCUUGUGGCGAAAUUGGUCCCAUAGGAAUGAAUGGCAAAAUGUUCAAAACUAGAGUGGGAGCUGGCAAAAGCUGAAAAAUCAGGACAUGAUUUCUAUACUGCCACCACUCCCUCAUUUUCAAGCCCACUUACACAAAUCUUAUAUCAAAACGUUCAGCUGUUCCUGCUGCCACUAAACAUGUCCACGGCUAAGCCAUAGUCCUGAUAGUUUUCACAAUAUGACCAUUUGUUUGCAACUCACGCCGUCCAUUGACAUUCAUUGAAACUCCACUCUAGCCAGCUCAAAUCUGAAGGGCAAUUUCUAAACUGCGACUGUGCCUUCAUUUAAAAUAUUUCAAAAACAUACUAUGCAUCAAAAUGUAGGUCUGGGUCUUGUGAUUCUCACAAUAUAAAGCUCUUCACUGUAUGCUGUAUAGUUUUUAAAAUACGACCGUUUGAAGAUGGCAACCGCCAAAAUACUCUGACCUGUGCCAGACUGCAGCAGCAAGUGAUGUCAUAGACAAGGCCUUUUGUACACCUGCUAAUGUUUUUAUAAAUGUAUGUUUUAAUGUAACUGUGAAGCACUUUGGGCAACAACGUUGCAAUUAAAAGUGCUAUAUAAAUAAAUAAAAGUUGAAAUGCAUUUCUCACUCUAUCAAUAUCGGUAUCUUUAGUGACCGAUACCGAUAUUGCCGAAAAUACCGAAUAUCUGCCGAUAACAUCGGUAAAACCGAUAAUCGCUCGAUCCCUAGUUGUACUACUGGUGGAGGCAAGAACACUUCACACAAUUUCCUCAGAAAUAGUAGCUUUUCUAGUUCUUUUUACACUCUCCCCAAAAUAAUCUGGAAAAUAUUCUGCUACGGGUUCAUUAAACUAGAUAUGUUAAUCAUAGUUUCAUAAUUAAAAAAAACCUGAUUAAAAGAAAUCAAUAUUUUACAAUUCUGUUGCAUCACCAAAAAUAAUGGCGUAUAUAUAAAAAAACAUACGUUACAGUGCAAAAUAAUCAACAGAUGAGGAAAAAGCCUGCAGAUUUAAUAAGCAAAAUAGUCAGUGACACUUAGAUUUCUGCUCUAGUUUCAGAUGAUUCCUGGUUUAUCUAAAUGAUGGUAUUAACACCACAGGGUCAGGAAUACAGGUUUGUGUUCCUGACCCUAUAGUGUUCUUUUCACAAAUAUGUAUUUGAGAUGUGAAAAAUUAACAACUAUAAUCUCCAUCUCUUUAUCCAACAACUGGGUGCCUCCAUUUCAGCUCUGUACUAAUCACCAUUAUUAUAAAUGCUGUCCUUUGCUCCUGGCAGUCAGAGACUUUCUCCUAGUUAUUUGCAAUAUGUGCACUACCUGUGCCUGGACUAAACUGGCUUGUGAUGUCAUUUGCAGUCUUUAGAAAGGUUGAAGGAACAUUCCAAGGACCAUAAACACUACAACGUCCUGUAGCCAUUAUGCUGCCAGGAGCGCACGUGCACCCUCCCAGGUUGUCAAAUAAUUUGUGAAUAGUUUGACAUCCUUAUCUGUAGUCCACCGUUGUUGCCUCAUCUAAUGGAGGUAGAACUCCCGCAAAAAACUUCUGUAGCCUCCAGUUAGCUAAGAACUGCUGUCCAAGGCUGGCUCAUUGUCUGAGCGAGUCAGCUGAGCACUUUCUGUCAAUAAGCUAAUGGUAAGUGGUUAUGGUGCUCUGAGUGUUCUUUUAACACAUGAUAGGUUAUUUACAAAUGUUUUAUAAGUUGGUGUAAUUUCUAGAGAAGUGCUGGUUCUGCUUUUCAUUGCUAUAAAAUCACGCUCUAUAUAUAAUAUAUUAUAAAGUUUUAAUUAUUCUACAACUUGCACAUAGUAAAGUUUUAUAUAAUUUUAUGUAUCAAAAUUAUUCUUAGAAUUGUAAUAAUGUACAGUUAAACAUUAUGGUGGAGACUUAUCUAGGCAGAAACUGGUGCUAUUUUGGGGCAAAGCUCUAAAUAAGGAGCAAUCACCAUGGACACCAAUAGAAUAUCUCCUAACAUUUAGGGAUUUGCUCUUAAAAUAACGCCCGUCAUUCCUUGACCAAUUUCCCCCUGUGUGGAUUGAAACCCACACUCCCCAACUUUGCAUAAGGGAGCAAAGUUUUGUUUUAAGGCAGUAUGUGUAUAUAUUAGUAGGGAUUCUGGGAAGAAAUGCCAACCACCUAUAAAUCCUUUAAAUUUAACAAUUUUUUAUUUUUCAGUAAUUUAAAGCAUUCAUCAGAGAAUUUAAAAUCAGGUGGGAAAUAAGAGAAUAGGGGGCUAAGGAAGUGCUAGAAGCAGAUAAGGAAGAAAUAAAUUCAGGGGCAGAGAGAAUGCCAAGAAACAGAUCCUUUUGAGGUGUUUAAAUGAAAAUUUGGUUAACUAAAGUCACAGGGCUCCCUGUAGCUGGCGUCUCAAAGGAAGUAGAGAAUUUGGGGGAUCAGGAAGGGAUAUUUGAAAACGCAGCCAAGUCCUAUGGAGUCAGGAAGUGUGUCGCAACCCACCCCCUCCAUUUUCUUUAAUAAAUAGCUAUGUUGUAUUUUGGUAAGAAAGUAGUUUCUCUGAAGGAAUUUUGCUGUGCAGCUGCUUUAUACUUUUUUUUUUUUUUUUAAAUCUAUAUCAUGGUGGUCUUUCAAUCCCUGUCACAAAAACACAGUAAGAAUGAAGAUGGGCAAACCAGGAACUGACAAUGUUGAUCUAUUACAGACCAUUUUGACCAUGGUCUGAAAUUUCAAAGAUCUUCAAGUGUUAAUCUGUGUGCUUUAAGGUUAAGGCUUGGUUAAUGAAUGAAUAAAAAAAAAAAAAAGUGGUUUCAUGCUGUUAAAGAUUCAUUAUUUACUUAUCCUUAUUUUUACAACGUGAUGUUUGUGAGGUGGGAUCAUGAGAUGUGUGUGUGUGUGUGUGUGUGUGUGUAUAUAUACUAUAAAAAUUGUUUUAUAGAAACUGGUGUUUGAUUGUUAAAUCCCUAUCUAAAGUUGGCUGACUCAUUCACAUUUUUGUGGAUUGCAAGCCCACUUGGCCAUGUGUCUUCCCUCUGGCUUGAUCACACCCCUCUUGAGUCAUUCCAUGAGUGAGAAGUCUCUGGGUCAGCAUAGGAAAGGAACAGCCUCUUCCAAAAAGUGUGAGAGCCUGACUCACAUCUUCAGGACAGGACCUCCAUGACCACUUCUAAUAGCAUAUAGGUGUGUAUAUUUGAGUAACCUUUUAAGCAGCACUUUAUAGGCACAGCAAGGGUUUGUGGGAGUUGUAGGCCAGUUGUUCACUUUAAAUGAAGAAAGCUAACCUUACAUUAAUAACCCAUCACCUACUAAUAAUGGGGGGGGGGAGGGGAGGAAACUCUGUAUCAAUAACAUGAUUUGUAAAAGCAAAGUUUAGAUGAUCGGUCCCCUGUUAGAUGAGUAAAAGGUGAUGUGACUCUCCUCAUUUCCAGUGCCGCCCUUGUCUCACCACAGCUGACCCUACCCCGCUCCAUCUCCUUGGCUAAGUUCAUCAAAUUUAACUAUCUCAGCUAAUCCAAUGCUUUCCCAUCGUGAUGCUAUUGCGCAUGCAUGGCAAGACGCUACACUGUGCCAAUCAGCAAGUCCACAUAGAGAUACGUUGAAUCCAUGCACUGACCCAGGAAGCACUUCUAGUGGCAGUCUGAGUGACUGCCUUUUUAGAUGUGUCAUUAGCCAGCAAUGUAAACACUGCCCUUUUAUCUGAAAAGGCAGUGCUUGCAUUAAAAAGCCUGCAGGGGCAGACUGUAGAUAACAGAACAAUAACAUUAAGUUGUAGUGGUCCCUUUAAAUGUAAAAUAAACAACAUUACAUAAAGACUUUCCUUUUUUCUUUUUUUGUGUUGGGGAAAAUGGAGUACCAACAUGGCACUUUUUAGUUAAACAUACAGUGUGAGUUGAAUAUUCUAGUACAAUGUUCAGUCUUUACUUUUAUCAAGGUUUAAAAUGAGUACGAUGUCAAAGAACAAAGCAGAAGAUAUCCGUAUCACCUGAAAUAUACGAAGAUUAAUUUCACUUCGUGGCAUUCUAUUAGAAAUCAGGCCAAUAGUGUAAAUUUGCUUCUAUUCACAUUUUUUUAUAUGUAAAGGUCCUUUCACAGAUCUUUACUAGGCAGAAUUGCAAUUUAAAGCUGCACUAUAUCUUUUUUAAUUUAAUUAAAUUUAUUUUGGAGACCAUGUUGGCUCAUUUAUCAGGCAUUAGGAAAUAAAUUACCGGACCAUUUUUAUAAUUGUAAUGCAAUGAGAAGCUGUUCGGUUUUAUUUGGUAUUUUGAGAUGCGGAUUACCUCAUGUUAGGCCAUAUGGGGCCUUCUGGCUGAUACAGGACUGCAACUACCUCCACUGCCAGCCACUUGUAUUAGAACAGCUUGAGGAUUAUGAUUGGAUAUGUACUGCUGGUGGUCUGCUGUUGCCCUUCAAUUCAAAGCUAUUUUCCCCACAAAAAUACCCAGAGGUUUUUUUUGGUGUAUAUCUGUACAGUAAUAUUUAAAUCAGUUUUUUAAUUUAUUUAAAAAAAAGUUGUCUUUAUGUAGAAAUGUAAAUUUUAUUUAAUGACCAAACAUCAGUAUAUUUGUUCCUAAUUUAACUUAUUAUUCUGUAAAUGUUUUUUUUUUUUUUAACGACCAUCCAUUAAAGACCAAAUAACAGUAUUAAAUGGUUAUUCCACACACCAUGACCACUGCGCUAGUUAUUAGUGGCCAUGGUUCUUGGACUCUGUUUGUGCAGUGUUUCAGAUGUUUUAUGAUGUUGCUGGUGGUGGUAUACCUCCACCCCUGCCAGCAUUGUUAGUACUUUUUUAAUCAGCCUGGAACAAGAGAUCUGGGCUGACUAAGGUCAGUUCUUUGCCUCUCAUAUGUAUCCUUUUAUUGGCUGAGAGAUCUCAGCUGACACUCUAUGCCAACAAAUGACAAUUGGCAUUUAGUGUCUGUAGCUCUGCAGAAGCUGCAUGUGCGUCACUGGCCAUUUCAAACGUUUUGGCUUUCUGCAAGAUCCAGGUAAAAAGGCAAACUGUUUGCCUCAUUAGUGAGGAACUAGGCCAGGUUAGUCAUAACCAGUACGGUGGGUUAUGCUUGUUGGUAACACCUUAAUGUUAUUUUUUUUUAAUUGCAAGUUGUUAAAAUGGUGAGUAACAUGUACGCAAGGGAUUUGGGUAUAGAUGCUUAGCAUUUCAAACCUUGCAUACAUGUUAAUGAGGACAAUAGAGUUAAAGGAGGUUCAAAUCACAUUUUAUUGUAUAUUUUAUACCAACUACAUUGUUGUAUACUUUAAAAAAAAAAAAAAAAUUAUAAUUCUUUAUUUUUUGUGCAUGAGUUAAUAUAACAAGCUUUAAGGCCGUGCCCCAACAACAGUAACAUGUAUAGAAAUUGACAAAGCAUAACAUUUGUGGCAUAGAAAAUAAAUGCACAUUUUUGUAUAAGGGUCAUCAGUUAUUAACAAAGCAAAUGGCAGCGGUGUGGCAUCACGAAUUGUGAGAGAAAUAAAAAAAAAAAAAAUCAGACUAUGCAGGUUGACUAUGCAGGUAAGGUUUCUGAAAAUUGUUGUAUACUUUUACACUUAAAUUUCUGUUUCUACAAUGUCACUGUCUGUGAGCUUAACCCAUGAGGAUCAUGAUAUUGACACAACCGUACCAAAUAAGAUCAAAAUUAAAUUCAUGCCUUUUCUAUUCAAAAUGGGCAGAAUAGGUAGGAAUGUUGACUGUCAAUAUCGAUAUUUGUUACCAUUGUGUCCAGACCUGGAUGAGUGCCUGGUAAAUAAAACUUAAAAUGUUAAUAGCUCUGCCUGUAUAUCUUUGCUAGCCAUCUGUCUAGCAUAGCACAGUGUUUGGAUGAUUAAAUUUGGCUAUUUAAAACCGGACACAUCUAUGUCCUGUUUAGGUGCCUAUUGAUUCACAGGCUGAGACAUUAUCCCUAUUGGCUAUGGUGUCAUUGUGCAUUGUGUCUACAUGUAAUUGAUGCAUUGGCAGACAAACAAAUCUGACUUUUUCACAGACUGAAUGCUACUUCUUAUGUACAAAUUAGUUGGGAAGCCUUUAAUGCAUUACAAGUGUUUCAUCCAUUAACUUUGUACCAUUCCAUUUUAAAUUUCCCAUGAUAGGACAUUGCCCUUUAACGUUAUAAGUGCCAAGGUUGCGGUUUAAAGGGAAGAUGUCUUAAUGCAUUUCAUCCCACAUCCUAUACCUAGGGGAUACUCCUUAUUUUACUGCCUGUAUUUCUAUGAAAGAAUAUGUAAAGGAGUCUGACAUAAUGUCUUAUUUAGCUAAAGGACUGAGAUCAUUUUAACAUGAGGAAAGCCAUACCUUAGAAUGUAAGGAUUAUUUAUGAAGUUGUAAGGAAUUCGAUCUUGAUGAUCAGUUAGUACAGAUUUAAUCAGACUUUAAAGGAGAACUAUCACUUCCCAGAUUUUUUUAGUAUUAUAUUUAUGUAUUCCAUUAUUUACUUGAUAUGUACUUAUAAAAUUUAUACACCUUUUUAUCCUGCAACUGGGCACAAAAACAACUUUAUCGUAAUAGUUAUGUUGCAAGGAGGUCACUGGUCACCGGCUUACCCGAAGGGAUUAAACCGUUAACAAAUGUUUUAAUAUAAAGUUUUUUUAAUUCAGCACCCGUUAACUCUGUCCAUCUACUUAUGUCGCAUUCGGUGACUUGAAUCAGGAACCCUUAGACUGUGAGCUGCUGAGAGCAUCAACUAACGCUCUUAGCCUUUUAGUAGCUUCCCAUUCACAAAACUGUGAGAAAUGUAAAUUUUUUACCAAUCUAGUGCCAAGACUAAUUCUUUACUGCCACCUGACCUGCUCUUUGCUAAUUGCCGCCUAACUGCAAAUGUGCUGCAAUCGACUUAUUCCGCCAAUACAAUGCUUCCCUUUGAGAAUUACAUUGACUCCAUUUCUUUUUGAAGCCUCUAGUGGUUCUCUGCUGACACCCACUAAAAGGUAUGCACAGUGGAAAACUGUCUUGUGAGUGUCUUUAUUUUAAUUUGCAACACAAAUCAGAAUAACAUUAGAACCAUACAUUUGCAAACCAUAUGCAUAGAAUACUUGACCCACAAAUCAAAUAUCUACCAUGCACAGAAUAUCUUUUGUUUUGUGUGUGUUUGUAGGAGGUGGGUUGUUUCAUUCAUAAGCCAUCUUCAAUGCACACAUUUUUUUUUUUCAUUCCCUUUGAACAUUUAAUAAUGGUAUACUAUUGUUAUGCACAACAACGCUCAUUAGAAUAACAUGCCAAUGCAUGUACCUGUUCGUCGUCCUGUGACUUGCCUUGUUUCUGGUGCUAAAGAAUGAUUUUAAUCGGGGGAAAAAAAAAUAAAAUCAAUAAAAAUCUGUUCCUUUUUAAAGUAGACUAUUUCUGACACUUCCUUGACUGUUUGUUUAUUUAAGGGAGGCCACUCGUAAAAACAUUCCUAUUUUUAAGUUGGUGGGGUUGGAAUAAAGGCGUUUAAUUGGUCUGUGUUUUUUACCCAGAAUUCUGGAUUGCAUUUUUUUUUUUUUUGCUCACAGUGAUCCUUUAAAUGGUUUGUAUUGUAAACUUGCUUUGUUUAGUGCACAUGGAAACUGGGCUUGGUAUAAAGGUGACAAAAAGUCAGCUGUCCAGCUAUUACAAAACCGCAACUUAUAUUAGACGUCUGGUUUGGAAUAACACUGCUGACGUCGUUUCGCUGCCUUUUUUUUUUGUCAAAGUGUUCAAGUGAGCGUUUUUUUUUUCAUGUUGCAGCUCUGUCUCUGAGAGGUCUCCCUACUAAUGAUCUCCCAUCCAUUCAAACUCUUCACACAGAGAAACAUUCGGAUGCAGGGUGCAUGCACAGCUAUUGGUAUGGAAGCAUUGAAAUGAGUGCUUCUGUAUAAGAACCUCCAACUUUUGACCUGAGUGAGCACUCAAGGCAAAUGAGAAAGGGAACCUUGUCUGUCUGGCUGGAGGUGUUACAAUAUGGAAGUUUAUAAAAUAAUUGAUUUUGCUUGAAAUUUGCACUUUUUAUAAAAUAAAAAAUUGCAGAAACAUUUUUAACCCCCAGAGCUCUUCAGCAAGAUGACGUUGUUUAGGGUGUGUCAUUUUCCUUUUAAUUUGCCACAAGUGAUUCAAAUCCCAAGCACUUGGACUUGAUUUCAUAAAUCACUUUUGUAAUCCUACACCACCCAGGGAACUUCUGCAGACCAUCACUUCUUUCAAUACAGUAUCCAGUGCCUGUAGCCAAAUACAUUGUCAAACAUUGUGUUUUUGCUAGGCAACAGAAUCUAUUGUAAACUUCUGCAUUGGUCCAUCCAACUUUUGGUAGGAGAGAGAGGCUGAGAGCUUUGGGAUGGGUUAGCUCUGUGCUUUCUACAUUGAUGCCAAAAGUUGGAUGGGCGCUAAGGCUUUGCUUCUGUAAGAUCAGACUUAAAGGACAACAGUCACCAGAAAAAUAUACAGUAAUGGGUAAAAAAGAACACCCUAUGAAUUCUAUGGUUUUACAUAUCAGGACAUAACAAUUAUCUGUUCCUUAGCGGGUCUUAAAAUUUAUUUAACAAAAAUCGAGAAUAUGUGAAUUGCCAAUGUGGUCGGAAUUUGGUUUUCAUUGGAUUUGUCCAUUCGGACAAAAUCGUAUGUUUAGUGAAUAACAGGGCGAUGGCUGACAUCACUUCUCUGCAGAGUGUGAUUCUAUCUCGGCCCAAUCGAAGGAGGGAUAACCUGUCAUUGUGAUGUCUCAUGGUUGAAGUACAACUGAUUUUUGCUAGGAUUCCCAAGCAGUAGCUCCCAACCCACUGCCUAGGAUUUAGGCAUUUUCUAAUUCUGUUCCUAUGGGGAUGCGAAAAUAACCAGUACCUUUUCAGGGUUAUUCAUGUGUGUGAGAAUUGUUAUGAAUUGCAUGAAUUUCAAGUGAAUCUAAAAUUUAAGGACAAAAUAGCCGAACAGGUCAGCUUUGCUUCCAGUUGACCUACUUUGGCCUUCAAUUGUAAAUUAAUUUAGAAUUCCCAAAAAUCCCCAGGUAAUGAGUCUAUCAUGCAUCAGUAUCCUGCUGCUUUAACUAAUCGUGAGUGGUAGCUGACAUGGUUGGAGUCUAGCAGAUCCUUUAACCAUGUGCACACUGUGUGCCGAGAGCUGACCUGUUUCACAGCAGUAAUAUUUAAUAGAAAGCUAAAAUGUAUCAUAGCAGGAGCACUAAUGAAGAUGAGAUUUGGUAAGGUAGGGCUAGGAAGAUAGACGGGGGGGGGGGAUGGUGGAGAGAGUUGGAGCAUUAUACAGAGACUUGUACUAUGCGGGGAUCUCUGUAUUACAGCUCUGUGUAAUCCAUCACAGUGAUCCAGGCUGUGUGGGAUAGUUAUGGCUAUCUUCUUAUUGUCCCAAGCUCUGUGUGUUAUUUCUCUUUAUUUUACUCAACUCUGCCUGCUGUGUGGAUAUCUCAGUAAUCUACCCAGGUCUCUGUGCUGUAUAGGGAGGAGUAAAUGCUGUGGGAGCUGUCUAGUACCCCACCAUCUUAAAACUUCACCAGCCGCCACUGCAUUCCAAGUAUUUACCUAUGUGAUCUUAAUUCCCCACCUCCCCAUGAUGGAUUAAGUCUCCUUUUCUGAUCUAUCACGCUCCCUUAUUCCUGGUCUCAUAGCUGUCAGUUGUGCAGCAGUGAUGCGUCUCCACAGAUGGAGUUAAUUUUCCUUUUCUUGGCUACAUGAAAUGUCUGCAUACUCUAUGUUGAAUUGUAAUCAACCCUAAUUCUCAGUCAAUGCCUAAGAAAUCCUUUGUGGGAAAUGUUCUGUUUUUAGCCUGGUUUCCAAUGGGGAAGAAAAAAAAAAUAAAAAAAAAAUAAAUAAACUUUAUUACACUACGCUGCGUGUGUUCUCUCUUAAAAAGUACACAAUUUUUAUUUUUUCAUUAAAUCUGCAGGGUACCCCUUUGUCACUAGUCUUUUCAUAAACGCUUGCUGUUUUAUCAUAUAGACACAUAUAUAAUUUCAUCAAGCCUUUUCCUCUAAAGAGGCAAUCCAAGCACUACAUUACAUUUUAUUGGUUAUGAUCAUAAGUUGCUAUUCUGUAGCCGUAUUAGUCGCAUAUUUUGUCAUCUAGUGGUUAUGGUGCUUAGCCCACCCCUAUAAGUUGAAGUUAUGCAAAAGUGUGUAGCAGCAACUGUGCAGAAAUGUUUUGUACUAACAUAAGCACUGCAAAUGCCUCACUCAAGUGGGCAUUGUCUGAUUUUUAACUCUAUACUAUGGGUGAUGGUCUAAAUGGUCACAGUGUGUGUCGCAGCUGUUUUUUUUUUUUUUUUUGGUGUGUGUUUAAAGAUGACAGCUGUAGUGUUUACGUAUGCCUAGAAUAUGCACAUAUAGGGAUUUUGUUAGUUAGAAGUAAAAUAAAUCCCUUGUAAAUAGCAUGGUGGUGUAGCUGCACAUGAUUGAUCUCUUACACAAUUUGUUUUUAGAGUACCACCAGCUUCAGUAGGACCAUACAAUGGACAUGCACUGCUUUUAUUGUAUUUUUCUUUUCUUCUUCCUCUUUUUGAAGAUAUAUGGUGGCUUUUGGACUGAUGAAUACUUGUUUGUAAAAACUUGAUCUAUUCACUAAAGAGAAUUUUUUUUACUUUUUUAGUUUAUGAUAAACUAGCAGAAAUGGGGAAAUUUACAUUUUAGGGAACACUGUGUGUGUGACAGACAGAGGCUUCCUUAUUCAAGCCAUGGACAUUGCCGGAAGAAAAGGGACCAAUUGCUGUCAGGCACAGUGUACUCCACUUUAAGUUUAGUCGGUUAGUAACUGGUUAUCCCCUAUAGGCAAGUAACUUCCAGGCACCAUAACAACUUUAAUUGAGGCACAGUUAUGGGGCCUGAGAUGUUCAUAUACCUUAAAAUAUAUAUUUAGAAAAAAAGUAAUCUAAAUUUUGCUAAAUUGUAUCAUACAACAUACACUAUAGUAGCAAGCUACAGAAUUCUACCCCUGCAGCGUUGCAAAUGAAAACAGCACUUUAUACAUGUAGCAAUUUCCAUGCUUAUUAGUGGCUGUCAGAUAAGCAGCCAUUAGGGUUUUCGAAGUAAUAUAGAUUCAAAUAAUGAAUCUGUUUGACUCCUGGCCUCAGAAUAUGAGGUGUGCAUCUUGUGCUUCUCUAUUGGAUUCAACUCUUCUCACAGUGAAGCACUGGAUUGCGGCAAUUGCAUACACCCUGUGUCCUAAAUAUUUGUAUGAGGAGCAUCUGAUUGGACAAAGUAAUCAGGAUUGAUGACAUCACUAGAGGAGAAUAAGACUGUUGUGCAGAGACUGCCUUGGCAUUGUAUUAGUCAAGUUUUUAAUGGUGAUUUUAACUGAUUCCUUUUUAAAAGGAAAGGCUAUGGUCUAAAAAUAAGGAACAUCUAUAUCUUUUUUUUUUUUUUUUUUGCUGGUUUUAAAAAUAUGGUGUUCCCUUUAAAAUCCAAUAUAGAAUUGGCCUAAUACUGUAUUAUAAAGGUGGUAGCAAACAUGAAGAAUCAAUGUAGAAAUGUUUUCCUUUUCUUUUGACCUUGUAUUUUUGAGGCGUUGUACAUGUUUGAUCUUUUAGCCGUUUUGGAAGUUUUGCUAAUUUAUAAUUGACUAAGACAUGAAUCCGUACAGGAGCUUCUUGUACCAUAGCCAUAAGAGCAUAACUGGUCAUGGUGCAGAGAGCUUUCACUUUUAAAGGAACACUAUAGUCACCUAAAUUACUUUAGCUAAAUAAAGCAGUUUUAGUGUAUAGGUCAUUCCCCUGCAAUUUCACUGCUCAAUUCACUGUCAUUUAGGAGUUAAAUCACUGUUUCUGUUUAUGCAGUCCGAGCCACACCUCCCCUGGCUAUGACUGACAGAGCCUGCAUGAAAAAAAAACUGGUUUCACUUUCAAACAGAUGUAAUUUACCUUAAAUAAUUGUAUCUCAAUCUCUAAAUUUAACUUUAAUCACAUACAGGAGGCUCUUGUAGGGUCUAGCAAGCCAUUAACAUAGCCAGGGAUAAGAAAAUCUUAAUUAAACAGAACUUGCAAUAAAGAAAGCCUAAAUAGGGCUCUCUUUACAGGAAGUGUUUAUGGAAGGCUGUGCAAGUCACAUGCAGGGAGGUGUGACUAGGGUUCAUAAACAAAGGGAUUUAACUCCUAAAUGGCAGAGGAUUGAGCAGUGAGGCUGCAGGGGCAUGUUCUAAACACCAAAACUGCUUCAUUAAGCUAAAGUUGUUCAGGUGCCUAUAGUGUCCCUUUAACUUUGAAGAGUUAACAGAAGUGAUUAUUAAACCUUUCAAGCACAUUUCGUCUAAAAUAUUAAGGGGAAAAAAAACUGUACCUUAAGUAACGUAACAUUCAGUUCCUUAAUAUGCCUUGUUGAUUUGUGGUGUAAUUAAGUGGUUUUAUAUUGCCUUAACCACAAUUGCAAUUCGUAAAUUUAAUUCCGAAUGAGGCCAGUCAUAUUGCUUCCUGUCGAAUGAUCCAGUUACCCUGAAAUAGAAAAAUGUUGUUUAAAAGGUACACAAAGGCCCCAAUCCAAAAUAACAUGAGGGUUCCUAAAUAUCCAAAAUAAGGAUCAUGACCAUAGGGGUGAUUUAUAUUUUGGAGAAUAUUUACCGAUUCCAUUUGUCAAGAAGAAAGCAGGGGAUCUCUCCCAUCUGACAGCAAUGUGUUGCUUAGCUAUACAUGGUGUUUUGUGCUAAACAGUCCUUGUUUAUUACUGUGCUUUUAUUAUUUAUUUAGAACAAUCACAAGGACUUGCUGAGAGCAUUUGUUCUUAAAAGGUUUGUGGGAGGACUUGGCAUGACUUGUAGUCAUUUGGUCGGUAUUCCAUAUGGAAUUGAUUGCAAUUUCUGACCUCAUGCAGGGACUCUGGGGAUCUGUGCAAAGUCUUUCUGAAUGUUGGAGUAGUAUUAUGACCAAUUGCAUUCUUUCUCCCUAAACCCCCCCCUCCACCCCUCUCUUUUCUCCUGUGUUAAGUCAGGAACGCUUGUUUCUUCAUUGGAAUCAUGGUUUGUGCAGUUUAGGAAAAAGUAAAGUUAUCUUGUAAUUCAGAUUUAUGUAUAAUGGAAUAUUCUUAGAGACCAGCCUCAUCAAAUUAGGCAGGGCAGGGAGAAGAAUCUAAAUCGUAAACAGAUGCUCGUUGUUUCUUCUCCUUGGGUACAUCACAAAAAGCGUAACUAAAGGAAAUGUCUUUCACUUCGAUUUCGAUGUCUAUAAAUGUUGUCCAUUGUUACCAUAGUAGAUUAAACCUUGAUCAAUGUGAAACACAUUUCCAUAAAAAGGAACUGAAAUUGCAGGGAAAUGGGAGGGUAUGUUUAAAUUUUGCUUUGCAUCCCAAAAUUAUGUUUAAGUCCUCUUCUGAUAGUUAGAAAAAGUAACACAUACCAACCUACAUAAUGGGAAUGUGCCUAAAACUGAGAAUGACAGACGCUUAUACUAUUUUCUCUGGAAUUCUUGGCCGUGAUGUGCCGGAGUUACUGCCAUAGAGAAUGGAAUACAAUGAUUCUCUAUGGCCGACCCUUACGGCACUUUGCAUGCACAGUAUCAAGGUGCCAAGGUGCUUACAAUUUCUCUCUAUACCUCCCUCCCCCUGUGCCAUUCAGAGGGUUAAAAACCCUUAAAACACUUGAGGCCAGCGUUGAGGUCCCUUGGCGCUGGCUCAGUCUCUGCCUCCUCUGUCAUCGCAAGGGGAACCUAAUGCACAUGUGCUGCAAUAGCUUUCAACAUAGGUGGCAUUCGAUGGGGUUUUGCAAUAUGCUGGACGUCCUCAUUUAAAGUGUAAAGAUGUCCAGUGUUAUUUCACGGAUUUAAUGUGAAACGGCAGGAAGCACCUUUAAUGGCUGUUUGGUAGAGAGCCACUAGAGGCAGUCUUAACCUUGCAAUGAAAACAUUGCAUAGUUUACAUUGCAGGGUUAAGGGGACAGGGGCACUCACUCAAUGAGAUGUAGUGGUCUUGGUGCCUCUAGUGUCCCUUUAAGGCUUCCCUAACGUAUAUUGGUCUCUUUUGGGCACAGCAAUCUGAACAAAGAGAUGAGGCUGAGGUGUAAAUGAUGCUGUAGGCGAACAGGGUAGCAGGCGCAAUUUUAAGUAUUAUUCUGAUUUACGAUACCUUUUCAGAAAUUCCCUGUUUGGGUUUUACUAGUCUAAUAAUAACUAGCAAAGGGUAAUACCGGAAAAUUUUUCCUAAAUAUCACAGGAAAUAAUGCAACCCAUUAGCUAACGCACACACCCUAAAUUUCCUUCCACUCAAUAUGAUCACUCGUCAUCCACAGUCUUAUUCGAGUUUCCCACGGAAAGAGAUUGAACAGAUUUAACGUGGAACUCUCCAGUAUCACUUGCAGUACUUAAGUGGUACAUCCUUGCCAAUCCUUAGAGAGGAAACCUCAGAGCACAUGUUUUCUGUGCUAAUUGCUGUUAGCCUCUUGAAAGGAAGUUUUCCUACUUAUUUUUAGUGAUGAAACUGUUUUUUGUUUGUUUGUUUGUUUCUGUAUUCUUCAACCUAAACACGAUUAGUAUAGACCAGGGGUCCUAAAACUGUGGCUCUCCAGAUUUUCCUGAACUGCAACUCCCAUGAUUCUUUUAAUUACAUAGAUAGCCAGAGAAUCAUGUGAGUUGUAGUUCAGCAACAUCUGGAGGGCCGGAGUUUGACGACCCCUUGUAUAGACCAUGGGUGUCCAGUCGCUGUUGUGUUUUGCAUUGUUCUUUUCAAGCCUGGCGCAUAUGAGAAUAAAGGCAUUUGUAACUGGGUUUUUGGACAUUGCUGGUAUAUGGUAGGGAUCGACCGGUAUUGAUUUUUUAAAUUUUUUUUUUAGAGCCGAUACCGAUAUUCUGUGAACUUUCAGGCCAAUCGCAGAUAACUUACCGAUAUUCUGUACAUUUACCAUUUUGAAAAAACAACAACUAUUUCUAAAGGUAAAUGCACAAAAUAUACAUGCUAUGUGUAGUGGAUGCAGUGUGCUUAGACAGGGGAGCUGUGUGUCUUUGUGUAGUGUGUGUAAUGGAUGCAGUGUGUGUUUGUAUAGUGUGUAGUGGAUGCAGUGUGUGUGCGUGUGUAGUGGAUGCAGUGUGUGCGUAAAGUGAAUGCUGUAUAGUGGAUGCAGUGUGUUUGUGUAGUGUGCAUUAUAUAAACACACUGACUUAUAUACACACACACUACAUUAUAUACACACUACACAAACACACACUGCAUUAUAUUCAGUGUGUUUGUGUAGUGUGUGUGUGUGUGUGUAUAUAUAUAAUGGAGUGUGUUUGUAUGUAUGUAAUUGAGGGGGCAUUUUUUAUUAAAACAUUUUUUAUAUAUAUUUUUUUAAUAUUUAAUUUUUUAUUUUUUUUUGUCCCCCCUCCCUGCUUGUUACCUGGCCAGGGAGGGGGGAUAUAGCAGUCCCUGUUGGUCCAGUGGUGUGUACUGAGCAGUGGGGGCCGGCAGCAAACGUUUACUUACCUCCCAGCAGCUACUCUGUGUAAAUCUCGCGGCCUGCAUGGUAACCCGUGGCAAUGCCCUGACGGCUGCGGGUCUCGCGAGAUUUACACAGAGGAGCUGAUGGGAAGGUAAGUAAGCACUUGCUGCCGGCCCCCCCAGGACCGCCAUGCUUGUAAUGGGCCUGGCGGUCCUGUUAUAUAUUAUCGGCAAUAUCGGUAUCUGAACUGGCCGAUACCGAUGUUGCCGAAAAUACUGAAUAUCGGCCAGACCGAUAAUCGGCCGAUCCCUAGUAUAUGGGGCAUUAUCUGGGUCACCACACUGCACAAGUCUUUUUGGAAAUUAUCUAGAGAAUCUGAUAAGACAACCUCCAUAAACAGAGAAUUCCACAUCUUUAUUGUUCUUACUGUAAAGAACCCUUUUCUCUACUGUAAACAAAAAACGACUUUCUUCUAGGCUCAAUUGGUGACCUCUUGUCUGUUGUAUAUUCCUGUUAAUGAACAGGUUACCACGUAGCUAUUUUUACUGACCCUGUAUAUAUUUGUACAGUGCUAUAAGAUCCUUUCUAAGGCACUUUUUUUUUUUUUUUAAUUGAAAACAAACACAGUUGUUUAAGCCUUUCCUCAUAACGGUUUCCCACCACCCUUGCUAGUUUUGUAACUCACCUCUGCACUUUUUUUUUAAAUCUGGUGCCUAAAAUUGCACCUCAUAUUCAAGGUGGGGUCUUAUAAAUGAUUUGUAAAGAGGCAAAAUGAUAUUUGGAUUCAUGUGAAUCAAAACACUUUAUUUUUUUUUAUAUACAAGAAAGCACCUUACUAGCUUUUGCAAUAGCAGAUCUGAUUGCAUCCUGUUGCCUAGUUUGUGAUCUAUAAUUGUUCCCACGUUAUUUGCAUUUAAUGCUAUACAUUAAAUGGAGUUGUUGGGGCUCAGUGGCUUGUGGGUUCUUUAUUCCAAAAUGCCUGACUUUGCAUUUAUCUGUAUUGAAUCUCAUCUGCCAGUUGCCUGCCUAGUCCCCCAAUUUAACCACAUACCUCUGUAGUUCUAUCCUGUUCAGACUGCAUGUUCUUACCUAGCUUUGUGUCAUCUGCAAACACCGACAAAUGCCAACUUCAAAAUAAUUUAUAGACCGAUUUCAAAGAAAAGUGGACCAUGGACAGAACCUGAAGCACUCCAUUUAACACUUUUUUUUUAAUUUUUUUUUUUUUUUUUUUAAACCUGAAACUUUCCAUUUACAACUACUAAAACUGUAUUUUAUUUAUUUAUCACAUUUUCUUUUACUGGCAUUAAAUAUAAUUUGUUCUAGAAAUAUUGACUGUUUAUGCUGUAAUAUUAUGAAGCUUUUUUUAUAAAUUUUUUUUUUUUUUUUUAAGGUUAAUCAGUCAGUUUUAAUUGGCAUUGAAUCAAACAAUGUGCAAAUGUUUCCACAAUAUCUACAAUCUCCUGCCACAUUUUUCAUUAAACUUUAAUCACAUAAUUUACACUUUGGAGAGGAGAAUCUUAAUUUUAAGGACCGUGUAAGCAACAAAAUCACUUUGUUUUGAUGAAGUGUUUUAAGGGCAUAGAUGGUGCCCCUAAAGCGUUCCAUAUGGAACCAGUGCGGUUUCUAAGAAACAUCCUGAUUUACAUUUUGCUAUUAUAAUGCUUACAAGCAACCACUACAGCAGAGUAUUCGAUUCAGUGCUUCCCAAAGAGAAGUAUUGAACUGUCGAAUUGCAGAGAUUGCCAUCCCUGUGCCAUGUGUGCCCAUUGCUUCUCUAAAAAGACAUUGAAUUGGAUGAAGGUAAUCAUGAUUUAGGACUUUACCAAAGGAAGAUCGGGACAUCUAUGCUUGGCAGGUUUUAUUUUUUAUUUUUUUUAUUUUUAUUGUUUUGAAAAGGCAAAAAAACCCUAAAGUAACACUAUAGAAAAAGUUGUAUGUAUAGGUUAAUGAAACCUCUUGUAGAUCUGGACUAAUUGACAGACAGGCAGCCUCUAUUUAGGUCCAUUGUGCUUGGCAGCCUAUCAUAGGAGUUGUAGAACCUAAGUUGUUUUUUUUUAAACAUUCUUUAUUUAUUUAUUUUCACCUGUUCAGAAGCAUUUUGCAACCAUGGUGUAAACAUUUGUCUUAUGAUAUAACAUGUUUGACAUUGUUAUGUGAGUAGACAAUUUGUCUAGCUAGUUUCCAGCUUUGCUGUUGCAUUAGUUGGGUGUUGAUAGGUCGCACAAUGGUACAAAAAUACAAAAUUACACAAAUAUACACAAUCAAGUAAAAACAUAAACACCUUUUGGUCUCAGUGGUUGGGUGUUAUGCUCGCGGGAAGGUUUAGUGUUUCUGCGCUAUGGUUUUGGGAGACUGCUGGAGUCUGUUGUGGAUUGGCCCCCUUGAGUUGCGGUUAUGGUCCCCUAUGGGUACUCCCCUGUUUGUCAUGCGUAUGGGUUUCACCCUCUGAGCUCCCCUCCCCGUUAUGCCUCUAUUGGCCAUUUAUUGGGCCUGCGGCGUAGCCAGGUUCGGCGGGUUUAGCGCCGGCUCACUCAGCCAAGGGUCCCAAAUUUUAUGAAAGUGGCCUGACGUUUCAUGGACUAGGGCUGAGAUUCUGUCCAUUUCAAUGGCUUCCCUGGUUUUGCGGAUGAUUGUGGCUAAAAUGGGGACCUCCGGGGAGCCCCAGAGUUCCGCUAUCGCCCUCCUUGUAGCCAGAGCUAUUCUGUUUGCUAAUUUGUUUUGGGCUCUGGUUAAAGGUUCCCAGGGUUUGGAUAGAAGCCAGAUCCACGGGUCUAAGGGUAUAUCUGCGUGGAGUAAGCUGGAUACCAGGCAGGCCACCUCCGCCCAAAGCGGUGCUAGUUUAGGGCAUUGCCACCAUUGGUGUAUGUAUGUUCCCCUUUGCCCACACCGCUUCCAGCAGAGGUCCGAGUCGGUCCUACCCAUUCGGUAUAGUCUUGCGGGGGUUAGAUACCAUCGUAGUAGAGUUUUAUAGGCCUGCUCUUUGUGGUUGACGCAUAUAGAGAUAGAUGCUGUGGCCUCCCAUAUGUCCUGCCAGUCAGUCGGGUCUCCCGGUGGCCCCAGAUCCCUCUCCCAAGCCGCCACAUAUGCCAUCGCUCCUGGGACAUGAGUAGAGAUGAGCAGGCUAUAAUUAUCAGUGAUCUGGCCCUUGCGGGCUGGGUUAUGUAUGCAUGCUCGUUCAAAUGUUGUGCAUCUGUUGGUAGCUGCUAUCCUAUUUUCAGGGAGUUCCAAAAAGCUCUUUAGUUGUAUGUAUCUGAAAAAGUCAUGUGUGUUGUAUGGUGAGUGUUGUUGGGGAAGGUCUUUGUAUUGCAUUAGUUUUCCUCCCUCAAAGAAGUGGCAUAUUCUAUAAAGGUCGUUGUGUUCGUAAUGAGCGAAAUCUUUUGGGUUCAUUCCUGGGCUAAAUGCUUUAUUGCGCAGUAUGGGUGUCAGUGGUGAUGGGUUGUUGAUGAUAGGGAAUUUUUGGGUAAGCUUAUCCCAGGAGCUGAUAGAAUUAGCUAGUGUCGGGGAUAGUGGCAGGGGCCGGGAGAUCCGUGGGACCCAUAUGUACAAUGAGGGGAGGUCGAAGCCAAAUAUGUCGUGUUCUAGGUCCACCCAGCGCUUCGCUCCCGGUGGGGCGUGUAGAUGUUGUAUCUGUGUGGCUUGCGCCGCAUGGUAAUAGUGUUGUAAGUUGGGAAGGCCCAGGCCUCCCGUCCUAUUAGGGAUGUACCUGGUCGCCCUUUUCACUCUCGGUCGUUUAUUCGACCAGAUGAAUUUGUCGAUAUGUGACUGUAGGUAUUUGAAGUCCGAGGUGGGUAUGGGGAUGGGGAGGGUUUGAAAAAGAUAGAGCAGUCUUGGUAGGAGGUUCAUCUUCACCGAGGCUAGGCGUCCCAGCCACGACAAAGACAAGUCCCUCCAUCUCUGCAGGUCUUCUAUGAUUUUCUGGAUCAGCGGUGAGUAGUUAAGUGUGUAUGUGCGCUGUAGUUCCGCUGGUAGGUUGAUCCCUAGAUACGAGAUGUGUGAGGCCUUAUAAUUGAAGGCAUAUGUGGUCCGUAGCGUUUGUCUUUGAUUCUCCGGUAUGGUCAGCAUGAGUGCUUCAGUUUUAUCGAAGUUUAAUUUGUAUCCCGAUACCUCUGAGUAGUCGUCUAUGAGUUUGAGGAGAGGUGGGAGUGCGUUCUGCGGAUCUGUGAGUGACAGCAUCAGGUCAUCAGCGUAUGCCGCAGCCUUGUAUGUUUGUGUGCGGAUUUUGAUGCCUGUGAUCUGGGGAGUGGUGCGGAUAAGAUGCAGUAGCGGUUCAAGUGAGAGGGCGAACAGGAUGGGGGACAGGGGACAGCCCUGCCUCGUGCCAUUGUAGAUGGCGAACGAGGGGGGGUUCGUGUUUGGUAUGAGUAGGUUGGCAGUAGGAUUAGAGUAAAUCAUUCGCAGGGCGUCUUGAAAUGGUUUGGGGAAUCUGAGUUUCUCCAGAGUGGCAAAGAGAAAUGGCCAUAGUAACCUAUCAAACGCCUUUUCGGCGUCCAGGGAUAGGAGUAGCAUUGGAAUGGAGCGCUGGGUAGCCACCCAGAUCAGGUCUAGCAUCCUCUUGGUAUUGUCGCUAGCUUGGCGAGUGGGGAUGAAGCCCACCUGGUCCGGGUGGAUUAGUGAUGUGACAUGUGGUAGCAGCCUAUUGGAGAGUAUUUUCGUGAACAGUUUGAUAUCUACGUUCAAUAGGGAUAUUGGCCGAUAGUGGCCUGGGUCUGAGAGGGGUUUGUUGGGUUUAGGUAGAAGGCAAAUGUUGGCUUGCAGCAUAUCUUUGGGGAGUGGGUUUCCCUGCAGCAGGGUGUUGUAUAGUUGUACAAGAUGGGGUAGGAGAGUGUCCCGGAAUGUUUUGUAAUAUAAGCCCGGAUAUCCGUCCGGUCCUGGGCUUUUGUUGGGUUUGGUGGCCCCUAUAGCCGUUGCAACUUCUUGUUCUGUGAUCUCCAUGGAGAGUUGGGUGAUUGCGCUAUCCGAUAGUGUGGGCAGAUGAGUUCGGUCUAAAAAGGUUUGGAUACGGUCUUGUAGGGUGUCGGUCCAUUGCCUAUGGUGGGGGGAGUGGUCAUAUAGGUCUGCAAAAUAGUGUUGGAAUACCUCCGCAAUUUUGGUAGGUACCUCUGUGUCAUGACCCGAUGGUGUGCGGAUGCGUGUUAUCUGCUUGGCCUGGAUGCGCUUGCGCAGCCUGCGGGCCAGGAGUGUGUCGGCUUUAUUGGAUUUUUCGUAGAACUUUUGUUGUGUCCAUUGUAGAGCCCUGGUGGCAUCCACUACCAUUGCAUUGUGAAGGGCCUGUCGUUGGUGUUGGAGUUGUGUGGUGAGGUCCGGGGUGGGGGUGACUUUAUGGAGGGCUUCAAGGUCCCUGAUGGCCGCUAGGAUUUUCUCUAUGUUAGCGAGGCGUCUUUUUUUAUGCGCAGUGGCUAAGCUAAUAAGGAUACCCCUGAUCACCGUUUUGUGUGCUGCCCAUAUAAUUGCAUUUGAUUGUACUGUGUCCUUGUUUGUAGCGAAGUAAUGUUUGAGUUCUGUUGUGAUUUGUUGUACCGUUUGAGGGUCGUUGAGUAGUGUCGGAUUAAGUCUCCAGGACCAGGGUCUGGAGAUUCGUGGGGGCUGGAACGUGAGUGCUAUCUCAGCGUGGUCGGACCACGUUAUGUUGCCUAUGGAAGUCAUUGUUAUGAGCGGAAGUAGUGACGGGGAAACCAGGAAGUAGUCUAUACGUGAGUAUGUUUGGUGUGGGUGGGAAUAAAAGGUGUAGUCUAGUGUGGAGGGGUGCUGCAGUCUCCAGACAUCUAUCAGGUUGGUAGUGGAAAUUAAGUCUGCCAUGAAUUUGUCGUUUCUGGUCGGUGCUGGAGUCUGUGGUGGUCGUUUGAGUCUAUCUGCCUGUGGUUCAAUCACGGCGUUGAAGUCCCCGCCUAUAAUCUGGUGGGCGUUUGGUGUAGGCUGAGAUGUGCACUUAGAGUAGGCCAGAAUCCCGGGUCCGGGGUUGUGGGGCCAUAGACCGAGGUGAUCGCGUAUUUGGUUGGGCCUAUUGAGCCCGCCACCGUAAGGAAGCGGCCGUUGGGGUCCCUGUGUGUGGUGGUAAUCUGGAGGGGGCAAGUUUUCCUUAGGAGAAUCGCCACUCCAUUGUGUUUGCCUGAGUUGGAGUUGGCAAAGUAGCAAGCCUGGAAGUGGCGGCUCAGGAGAGGGAAAGGCCGUGUGUCUGCAUAGUGUGUCUCCUGUAGUAGGAGUAUGUCAGCUUUACUGCGGUUUGCCCAUCUCAUGAGUCGGUGUCGCUUAGCGGGGUUAUUCAGCCCUUUACAAUUGAUUGAGAUGCACGUCAGACUAGCAGUCAUGGUUGUGUGGUGGAGCGUGGUUCGCUAUUACCUCCCCCCAGUGGUGGACGGUGUCCCGUGUGUCGAGAUGUUGUGUCCGUCAUGUGUCCUCCUGCUGAGACCAUUUCAAACCAUUGAACUAGGAUUAACAUUGAAAACCAAAUAAUACCUAUACAACAGAAAAAAAAACGCCUGGUCUUAUGGUGUGCGCCAGGUCAAAUGGAGUGGGGUGUGUGGAGUCGUCCCCACCUGGUUGGAUCUCGUGACCCCCGUACUGUGCUGAGUGGUGCAUUGCACAGUUCAGUCUCCGUGUGCUUCCCGCUCUGGGCAUAGGCGGGCUGUAAUCAGUGCCCCGGGGUGGGUUCGCUCUGGGUCUUCCCCAUCGGGUCUAGUGGGUUUGUGCCAGUGGACCAACAUAGCUGCGUUGAGUUUGGCGAUUCCCGGGGGAGCCACCAGGGCUUCCUGUCUCAUUUAGUGAGAGUCGCCAAUGGUACGUACCUCUCCCUUACCCCCCCCCAUCCUUCCCAUCCCAUGUUUUCCUCCUCUCCUUUCCUUUUCCCCCCCGUCGUCCCCAGCUGCUCUAGCACCUGUCCUUCCCCCCUUUCUCCCCCCCCGUGUCAGGCCCUUUUCAGCGCCCUAUAGUGUCCUCCCCAUAACUAUUUUGCGUCCCCUUAAACCUUAGUGAACCAUGGCUAAAGUAGCGCCAUCAGACACAGCGUAAAAGUAUAUGGUGGUGUGCGUUCUCGCACUCAGAAGUAGGUCAAACAGUUUGGAAGUCCCUUUAACUCUCUUAGGAUAGUCUCUGCCAGUGAGUGGGUGAGUCCAUGAUGGGCUUGUUCCAUGCCAUUCAGGUGUCCCGGUCGCGAGUCUGCACCGAUGUCUGCUGCUGGCGCUUGGGUGGUCGGUUCCGGGGUGUCCGAAGUUUUUCCCAGAGUGGCAUCCUUUGUGGUCUGGCGUUGUCCACUGGUUUUCUAGAUUGCGCUCGUGCAUCGGGUAAGCUGAUGCCCAAUGCGGCAGCGAAGGGCGCCAUUUUUGAGAUAUCUUGCAGGACGUGUGUGCUCUCAUGUUGGCGGACUAGUAGCUUGAAGGGGUGUCCCCAUCUGUAUGGUAUGUUGGCUUGUGCCAGUGCGCUGGUUAGGGGUUUGAGCUCUCUGCGUUUCAUUAAUGUGGUAGGUGAGACGUCUUGGUAAAACUGAAGAGUGAUGGCGUCAAAUUUUGGCGGAGUUUUUCGUGUGGCCGCCAUGAUGGCUUCUUUAACAGUAAAGUAGUGAAGGCGUACUAUUACAUCUCGGGGCGCCAUUUGGUUUUGGCUAGGAGGUUUGAGGGCUCUGUGCGCCCGGUCUAUGGCGAGGUCUUGUGGCGUUGCUUCUGGAAGGAUUGUAAGUAACAAUUCGCGCAGCGUGGAGAGCAGCAUGUCAGGCGUGACUGUUUCGGGGAGGCCCCUAAUCCUUAUGUUGUUACGCCUAGAGCGAUUAUUUAGGUCUUCCAUACCUGUCUCUAAUUCUUCCACUUUGUUCCUCAGUGUAGUGAGCUCAGCUUGGUGCAUAUUGAGGUUUUCCAUGAGAUCAUCUGCCCUCUGCUCCACCUGCCCUGUCCUCUCCCCCAGGUCAGCCAGAUCAGCCUUCAGAAGUUGCAGCUGUUUUCCAAUUUCUGCUGCCAUGUGUUUCUUUAUAUCUGCUGCAGCUUCUUGCAGCAGUAGUUGCAGGUCCCUCUUGGUGAGCGGUGUGGAAGCUGAGCCAGCUGCCUCACUGCGGUCUGAGUCGGAUGCAGAGUCUUCCCUCCGUUGUGGGGAAGAUGGCGUCUGGCCUCGUGGUUGCCGGAACAGAGGGGCCACGGAUGGCGGCUGUUCAUGUUUUUUCCGCCCCCCCCCCCCAAUGUCCGCUUGCGCCUACCGGUGUUCCGGUGUAUGUGCUGCGCCUCUGGGGGUCCGUGCACUGAUUGUGGCUAGGUUUGUAGCUGAAUGUGUAUGCCCGUCGGCGGGAGCUUUCGCGCUAUGUGGCCAUUUCAGCUCGCGGUCAGGCUCCGCCCCCAUCCUGUUUAUCUAAAUCUUAUAUCAAGCGUGCAACUUAGGCCUUCCCCACAGGAAAACUUUAAAUCAGUGCUUUCCUAUGGGGGGGGAUUUGAAGAUGCAGUGCGUCCACAUGUCUGGUAGACAGCCCCUUGUGGCAGUCUUAACCCUGCAAUCUAAACAUUGCCGGGAUAAGGAGACAAGGACAUUGCACCAGAUAACUUCAAUGAAAUGAAGUGGUCUGGGUGCCUAUAUUGUCCCUUUAAAUGUGCACUUUAAAACUGUGGGUCUGCUCACAUACUUACAGAGCAUGGCUUACAUUCCAUGUGUCAUAUAACCUGCAGAAGCGAAUGCUAUUCAAUUGUUUCUCUGAAUCUCAGAAGAAUGCAGUAUCAUGACAGAGGAAUGCAGUAGAACCAUUCUUAGCAGGGCAGGACUUGGCUGUAGGAUUAUUUAUCCGAUACGUGACCUACCUGUUUAGUCUUUAGCAGCCAUCUGUGAAAGGUCAGCCUUCCUGUGCAAUUGCUAGGAGCCCUCAAAAAUGUACUCCCAUUUUUUUCCUUUUGUGUAUUGCUAAUUAUAUGUGAAAUACCAAACAUUGAGCCUAGCUACUGUAUGUAGGGGAACUUUCCGGUUGUAAAGGGCGUUUUUGAUGCUUGUAAUAAACCGCUGGCCAAUUGACAUACAAAAUGAAUCUUAUAUUGCUAGAUUUUGCCAUGUGCUUGAUGUGUAUAGAUCUGCAAUAAUGUAUAAUGGCAAUUUAAAUAUUUGCGAUAUUGGGUUAGUUCAGUCAUUCUCAUUACAAAAUAUAGAUUGGUGUGUAUAGUUUACUGUUGUAUAGUGAUGAUAUAAUUUCUUAUUACAUAGGUUACAGUUAGUUAAAUGGGCACUGCCAACAGUUUAGCUUUAAACUAAAAUAAAGGACCAUUAUUAUGCACAUGCAGUAAAAUAUAUAUUUUCCUUUUAUAAAUUGUUAAAUAGAAUAUAGUAAACUCUCAUAUAAGACUCUUCCCUGUGAUGGUUAUUCUUUUGGGAUAUUUUAGAUCGUUUCAAUGUUUUAUUUUUUUCAUUUUUGGUCCCAGGUGGCAGUUGGUUUGUUUUAUCUCCUGUGUGUUUCUACCCCCUUACAGAAAGUCCAGGUUAUCCACCUUCAGUUGAAUGUUACUGGCAAAUUUUGAGUGCUGCAACAUAGAGGUGGUGAUGGCUUGUUUUUUUAUUUUAUUUUUUUAAACUCUGAAAUCCCAUCAUCUUUAUAACAGUGUGUGAUUGUAUUAUACGACACUAGAAUGAAUCUAAAGGGCAUAAAACGCCUCCUCGCACAUCUGCUUCUUUGUGAACUCCAAGCUUGAUGGCACGCUUCACGCCAUUUAGGGACGAAGCUGAAACAAUGUGUGCCCACCAGAAAGACUGGACGGGAAAACCAUGUUUUCAGGUUGUAGGCUUGAUCACCUGCCAAGUUUUGUUCAUCCACUCUUAAACUACCCGAGGCAUCAACAAAGGUGCAUUAAAGUUGUUAUAAAAGUUUUGGAAAGGCACAAGAAGUAUUUUAUUGCUCAUAUAGUAUUGUUAUUGUACUUACAUGGUAUACAGCACGGCUUGACAAAUCCAGUACUAAUUUUACAUGGCGACACAAGUGGAAACGGGUAUUGAGAGAGUGGUCUUUCAAUUAGUUGAAGUUAUAACAGGAUGUAAUAUAGAAUCACACCCUUCCGUCUGACUGGAUAAAUAAGCUUGGGAGCUGUCUAUGCUGCUGUAACUGGGAGGUACAACCCAUUUUCCUCCAGUGGCAUGACACAAAGGCAUCCAAAUGGUAGAUUGGUUUUGGACAUUAUUGAAAUAUAAUGGGCUGGGGUAGGAAGAGCAACAGAAAUGGACACAGGAUAAGAAGGGCAAGAAGAGCAGCGGAAAUGGGAGGAUCAAGCGGAAAAAUGGAAACGUCUAAGCUCAAACUUUGAACGUAAAGCAACGGCCUAACCCCAAAUUUAAUACUGUUCCCUUUCAAUCGCUUGUAUAUAUUGUUCUUGUAUAAGUUUAUAAAUAUGUGUUAAAACCUGAAUAAUAGACAUUUUGUUUGUCUCAUAACUUUUGGACCGGUUUCUUAGAUUUUAGGUAUUUUUGUCAAAUUUGUCUCCCAUGUUUCAUUCUGCAAUGGCUGUCCACUUUGGAUAAUACUUUUAAAUGCCAUUGUUUUGUGCCGUAGAAGACUGCUGUGUUUUCCGUAGUUGCCUUUGAUGGAAAUAAUCAGAACCUGGUUGACCUAUAGUAAAAUAAAAGUCUUGGUAUUCAUGCUGAUAAGAGUCCUGGACAUGCUUCUGAAUGCCUGCAGCCUAGAUCUAUAGACAUAUGACAUUUUCUUAAUGUAUGACUGCAGUCACCCACUUGAAUUGUCUAUGCUAAAACUGACCUAAUUUCAAUUAAUGCAUUAUUAGGCAAAAUGCAAAUAUUUGAAAAGUUCAUAUAAUGGCUAAUCCACAGUUGGGAGCAUCUCACUUAGGUUUAUAAUGUGUGAAUCAUGUUCCAUACGUUUCUGCCUGCCUUAUUGAUUAGUGAAUGGGUAGAGGCAUGACCCCAUGUGUAGGAAUUCAUACAGAAUAUACAGAAAUUGGUCAAAUUGACCACUUUAGACCAUGUUUGAUGUACAUGUCAAUAGGCGUAGGCUUUUUUUAUUUUAUAAUUUUAACUUUUUAUAAUCACUGCUGUUAUGAGUCAGUGAACACAGUAACAAUGUGAUCAGGGUACCUCCUUGCACCAUAACCAAUUAGUGUUCUUUUAUUAUAUUCAGUGUCUGUGUUACUUUGGGUGCCUUCUUUAAUUGCCUAGACUAGAGUAUUAUGUAAUAGCAGUGUUUUGGAUAGCUAUUGUAAUAGUUUUAAACGGUAAUUACAGCUUCUUUGUGUGCUUGUUAUCUUCGCCCUGAAAGCUAAUGAUUAUAGCAGUGGGAAAAGAAGGCAUGUAUUUGAGAAUGAUCUGCUGCAACUUGUAUAAAUUACAAUUGAAGAGUUUUUUUGGGGAUGGUGGGAAUAAGGCUCCACCUGUAGUAUCUGAGUCGCAGGUUCGAUUCCAAGCAACCUCAGACCAGCCUUCCAAGUGCUAUAAAAUAAUUACCAUUAAAUUGUGGGAUAACCUCUACACCAGGGGUGCCCAAAAGGUAGAUCCCCCAGAUGUUGUAGAACUACAACUGCAAUCAUGCUUUGCUUUAUAAUGACGACCAAACAUUAUGGAAGCUGUAGUUUGAAAACACCUGGGGAUCUGCCGUUUUGAAACCCGAGGUCUAGACCUUUUGGGUAUACUUAUCUCAUUGAUUGUAUGCGUGUUUGAGCUCUGCCUUCUUCAUCUGGUCUGUUAAUAUUUUAUAUGUAAUAGGCAAGUAUUCGAUGACAGGGUCCCGGACCCACCUGUUGGCACACCUUGCACAUGGGUCUGAUUUUAUCCCCAUUCUAUAAUUUUGAUGUGCUGUACAAAAUUCUGUCUAAAUAAUAUAAUAAUGAAAAAUGUAGUUAGAUUAUGUAAUUCAUAUAGGGGUGUUGGGGGAUGGGGGGAGGGAGGGGGAGAAUGAAGCAGAAUACACUACUUCCUGGAGGCCUAUAAGGAAAGAGUAUAACAAGAGUAUAGGUUAUAUUCUCAACAAUUCAUACUUGAAUGAAUAAACCUUUACAAAUCCCCCUUCCUCUAUUCAACAGAGAAAUACAACUCACAGAAAUGCUUUUUAAAAUGAGUUUGAUGCAAUUAAAUAAUUAAUUCUAGUUCUAAAUGAGGCAGUCAUAUACAAUAAUAGUCUUGCCCCACGGCUGCACAUCCAGCCACACUCCCUGAAGAAGUGUCCCACUUUGUUCUUUUGAAAUAUUUUAGAAAUAUCCUCUUAUUUCAGAUAUUAAAGGAAAUGCUUAAUUUUUUCCCAUAUACUUUUUUUACUGCCUGUUCUGUGAUCUGCUUUUUUAAAUUUUAUUUUUUUAAUACGUUUUAAUCAUGUUAAUGAUAUAUUUCCUUUAAUGAUGACUUCAUACAUAUACAGUAUUCUAUUAAAUGCCGAUCUCUGUGUUCUAAAACCUACCAUUUAGUUAUUUACAAAGACUGCCUUGUGGCUGAUAUUGGCUGUUUGCCUGCCAUUCUGCUUUGAUACAACCUUCUGAUUUCACACAAGAUGUAACACUUUGUGGCAUUUGAAACUGUUACAAAUUAUCUGUCAGUUUAUGUAAGUUUAAGUAAUUCACACUGAAUAUAUCUCGUUUUAUUGCAAUAUGUAGUUUUAUAUUCAGUUGGAUGUACUGUUUACUGCUUAGGGAUCUUCUGUUGAGGUUAGUUCAAUUUUUGGCUGUCUGUAUAGUGUAGAUUAGGCACAUCGGGUGAAUGGUGGUCACAUAUAAGGCAGUUGGGACACAAAAAUCUCUUGUGAAACCAGAUUGUUUGUGUUGCAACAUUACUGAAUACGUCCUCGUUCUUGAAAGAUGAGGUAACCUGAAAAGGAAACUUGUACUUUUGAGGUAUUUAGAUUUUUUGCAAAGAUGCCUCAAGGUGACAUUUUAUGCUUUCGUGGUGGUGGGUGACAGGAGACUUCAUAUUUUGCAUAUUAGGCAGUUAUGAGUCCCAGUCUUAAUUCUCUUUAAGCAGUUUAGUAGAGAAUUCCCUGAUUUGAUAUCUUUAUAUUGGGCAAUCCCACAUAAGAAUAUCAAACUAAGGAACUAGCUACUAAACGGCUUGAAGUUUUGAAAUUAAGAUAAUGUUUUUUCUUGAACUAAAUCUAGAUCUAUGCGAUCCCACAUAAGUAAAGCAUUAAGGGGCUAUAUGCUAACCAGCUGCUAAAUAGAUAAGAGGGGUGUGUUGGCAUGUAAAUGCAGGGGUGUGUUUGAGUACAGUGUUGACAUUUGAAUGCUGAGAUAAAAGGACAUAUAUAAUAAACCUACUGAAACACACACACACACACACCGUGAGACCCCUACAUACUGACACACACACACACACACACCGUGAGACCCCUACAUACUGAUACACACACACACACACACACACCGUGAGACCCCCUUACAUACUGACACACACACACGUCAUAAUUUGCAUGUUUGUAACCACCCGUUGCCUCUAUAUCUUUCUGGGUGCAUGGGAUGGAUUUCCUGUAGUCCAGUGGGUUCUGAAGCUGAUGGGAGUCUGGUCCAUGCUCUGUCUGCUCCUCCCUCCUCUUUGUCUCCCCUCCUCUGACUUCCUGUGCGGCUCUUUAGCUGUGAUGAAGUGACCUGAACUCCCUUCCUUCCAGCACUGACUAUCUAAUAGGGGUCAGGUUUUGCUGUAAAAUGGCAGGUGCAUAUUCCUGUGGAAUAUGUUGGUGCUAUAUAAUUUGUAAAUUUAAAAGAAAAAUGAGCAUUGUAUAUGUAUUGUGAUUCUGAUUGUUGUAUUCAGCAGUGUUAAUUCAACAUAUGUGAUGGUUACCCUUUUACAGUCUUAAAAUAGAUUUUAUUUAUAAUUUAUUUUUUUGUUACAGAGUAUGGAACACAGGAGUUGGUUCCAAGUCAUGCAAUCCUACAGAUAUAUAUAUUUUUUUUCUCUCCUGUGCUGUCCUAACUGUAGUAUGAGGAAAUGGCUGAAAUAUUGUCUACAUUUUUAUACUGCUAAAUAUAGUGUAUGGAAUGCCCCCUAUUAAGUUCUGAUUUAUAUAGAGCUAUCACUUCUAGAUAUAACAGAUGCAGGUAUGGGCUUUAUUUUUCCUGUUCGUGGUGGCGUUAAUGCACUUUUUUUUUUUUUUUUUGUCCACUUAUAAUAAGCACGCCACACCCCUUGUAUAAACUGUGGCUUUACACUUCACUUUUCAUCAGACACCGUCUGUUGUAAUUAUACACGCUCUCUUGAUCAGUGGAAUAAAAUGAAGCCAAAAGCAUUUUAAAGGUGUCUUUAAUCAACUGGCGUGUUCUUUAGUGUCAAGUCUUCCGUAAAAGAAUGCGUAUAAAACAACAGUAGAGUUUCAGCUCUCUGAUGUAAAAUCCACAAUGAAACAAGAUGUUGAACUAGUAGAAUCUAUGAAGUUAAGAACACACAAAAUUGUGGUUUGGGGAAAUUCUGAGAAUGUGUUAAGUUCAUUUAGUUUUUUGGUUGCAUGCAGUUCGUUCGGUUUUUUUAUUUACAUUUUUUUAUUUUUUUUUCCCCCCCUUAAUUUGCAGAUGAAGCCUUUCUUGCAGAAGCGCCUCUAGUGGCUAUCAGGAAGACAGCCACUAGAAGCUGUCUUAACCCUGCAAUGUAAAAAUAGCAGUUUCGCUGAAACUGCUAUGUUUACAUAUGAAUGGUUAAAGCUUGGGGGACCUGGUACCCAGACCACUUCAUUGAGCUGAAGUGGUGUGAGUGACUAUAGUGUCCCUUUAAGAAUAUAACAGAGAAUAGGACAUUACUUUAGGAGAGAUGGGUCAUUCAAUGUUAAGGUAAAUGUGAAGUGGAUGAAAUCUAUACAGUGACUGUAAUUGGAAAACUAGCCUGAAGAUGGAGUGCGCAUGCAGGAGUAAUCUGAAGGGAAAACUUUUUUUUUUUUGCUUUUUAAAAUUUUUCUUUCUAGGAAAAAAUGGCCUACGUGGACCCACUAGAUUUUUAUAUUCCAUUAUAUCCGUUUCUUUUAAAGCUACCCGAGUUAAAAUGGCCACAAACAAUGCGUUCUAGCUGGUGCCAUGUCUUCUCUUUAUAUAAUGAAUGCACUAUUUCAUAGCUGGGCAGAGUUUACUCAGACCUGUGCCUUGCCAGAAACUUCACCCAUUAUGAGGAACCCUUAUGGUGCCUAUAAACCACUGCUUAUGGGAAAAGCAGCCCUGCUCUGCUAUAGAAAGUAAAAUAAGCAUUAGUUGCUUCCUUGUCUGGCAACUAAUGGCAAAUUCUGUACAGGCUGGAGAUUUCCAGUAAAAGCAGGAACUUAAAAAAAAAAAAAAAUAGUAUCUUCAAUUUCCAGCUGCCUGGAGUGUCCCUUUAAGAAACCACUCCUCCUCUACUCCACACAUUUAGGUGAUGGGGGCAUCUUUUCUUGUUUGGCAGCUUUACUCCAGUUGCAGGAUUUCUUUUUAUUUUAUUUUUUUACUGUACCUUUUUGGUUUUUCAUAACAAGAAGGAAAUGUAACCUUGAGCGAGAGCACAUUUUGGUUAAGACACCUUGCUUUUCUAGCUAUUCCUGACUUAACUGAUGGAACAAUUUGCAGGUUUCUUUUAGAGGAAGUGACUAAACCUCAUUAUAAAACAUUCCUGUCAAAAACCUACCCUUUUGGUUUCAUCUAUACAACGCGUUUUAACCAAAAGCUAGCAGACGUACAGAUUAGAGGUUUGCUCGAACCAUACCUCUUCUAGGAAGCCACCUGGGGCAGCCAAAGCCGAUGUUAUCUUUGACUUCUGUUGAAUCAGUUUGAAGCUUUAGGCAGUAGGUGCCCCCAAAAAAUGCAUCUCUUCCAUGUGAUGUACUACUAUUACAACCAUUAUUUCUUUGCCAGCCUUUAGAAUGACAAACCAUCCUAGAUGUUGUAUCCUAAAACAAAUUUGCUUUAUGCUAUAAUCUCUAAUUUACUCUGCAGCUACACUAUUUUGCUAGCACAAUGUAUAGAUGUGGGAAGUAUAAAGAGGUUUGAACAGAACCUGGUCCUGUUAUGCGUGACUUAGUCCUCUUAAUAUUUUUCUGUCACUUCCUAAACACAAAUGGUUAUGAUAAUCUGAUGUGCUUUUUUUUUAUCAUGUGUAAGGUCAGAUGAGCCCUUGUUGCAUGUGCGUGCCAUUAUUGGAGUCUUAAAAGGAAAUGAAGAAUGCAGCUCAUUUUCAAACUGUAAUUCAUUGAUGUGGAUGAUUAUACACUUAUAUAUAGUAAUGCUAUGAACAAAUUAUUAAGGUGAAAAACUAUUCUGUGUGAAUGUUUCAAUUCCAUUUUAUUAGAUGUCUGAAGUAUCUCAUUCCAUUUAUACGUUCCACUGGCCUUUAUGUGUUGUUUUAGAUUUGUGCAGAAGACCUGUCCUGGUAUACGUGCUUGAUGAACAGCUGUAAGCUGCCAAAGCUAGCAUAUCAGAGCUUGCCUUUUCCUUUAAAAUUGGGGUUAUAGCUCAAUGGUAGAGUGUUUGUCUGCAGAUCAAGAAGUCUCGGUGCCCCCUUUAAAAAUCAAGAAUAGAAAGUUGUUUUCUGAAUGACAUCAGACCUUGUUUUCAAAUCACGUUGGUGUGAGAAUUUUCAGAGAGGGUAGUGGAUGCAUGGAAUAGGCUUCCAGCUGAAGUGGUAGAGGUUAAAACCGUGAGGGAGUUUAGGCAUGUGUGGGAUAGGCAUAAGGCUAUCCUAGAUUUAAGAUAAGGCCAGAAACUAAUGAAAGUAUUUAAAAAAUAGGGCAGAUGUUCUUAUGUGCCGUCACAUAAAAAAAAAAAAAAAAAUGUGAAAAUGUUUAAAUGUCAUCUUGACCACUCAAAAUCCUUAUCAAUCGUUAUGCCUGUGGUUAUUCUGCCUUCUAUUAAACUGGCUUGCAAAAGCCUUUUCACAGUUUUUGAAAUUUGACUGUGCAUCAGACAUUUUUUAUUUAUAUACUAAUUAUUAAUUUUUUAUUUUUUUACUGUAGUUUUUAGUUUGGGAAAAUGUGGAGACAUAUUUUUAUUACUUCCCUUUUAGUUUACUGUAAUAUAUAUCUGUAGAAAUUAGCACAUUCUGUGGGAAAAAUAUUCCACACCCACUAUUUUGUUUGGGGCUUCUGUCACUGAUCGUCCUUCGAACAUUUUUCUGGCCCUAUUGUUUCUUUCUAAAAUGUAAGUAUUUAAAAUGUGAUGUAAGGCACAGACAUAUUCUAUAAACUAGAUUAACUAAAUUGGGAAUCAUUGAGAAGAUAACUACAGGAUAAUUUAAUUUAAAAAACAAAACAAAAAACCCAAACAUAAUUAGUAAAAUUAUUUGCUAUUUAUCUAGCUCAAUAUAAUAUUCAUUUACCGUUUAGUGAAUAACUUUUUGUAAACAUUCCAUUAAAUUCUAAUGAGGGAAUAGGGAGUUUUCUGCCCAAGAAAAAAGCAUUGGCAUCCAUUUUUUAGGCUAGCAAGGCAUCGAAGUAAAUGUAGUUUAUUUUAUGUACCACUUUUAUGUGUGUUCUUUUGUGCUAGAGCUUUUUCCCACGAUUCACUAUAUAGUUUAUCUGUAUCAUUGAACUCCCCCCUACAAAAAUACAUGCCCUUUGAUGCUGAUCCUGACAGUUUGUUUGCAAGUGUGUCAGGGUUGCUCCUCUUUAAUUUUAGGAUGGCAUAUGCUGCAAGAAGGUGUGUGUUUUUUUUUUUUUUUUCUGGUUUAUUUAUUUUUUUUAAUAAAAUUUGUUUCGUAUUGAUAUUUUAUAAUUCCUUACUUGUACAGUAACUUCAUAUUUUUAUUGUGCAGUAUAACCGGAAUAUACAGUCAUGUUGAUGCUGUAAGCCCUAAAGCAACACAUUUUGAAGUGCAGAGACGUAUCGGAAGCAGACGGCUGGCAAAACAAAGUACAUGCCAUCAAAGCAAAACCUCAACUAGUUUUCAGCCCUGCGUAAAUAGUAAGGGAUCGGAAGUGACCCUUGCAAUUUGUAUGCACUAAAUAUUUUAGAUUGAGGGUCCCCACCAAAGUCCAUUUAGUUAAACAAUUAUCCCACAGGACAGCUUGACUUGUGUAACUCAAAGCAAACCAGCAUUGCAGUUAGGCCUUGCUCCUGCUUAUCUGCAUUCUAAAAUAAAAUUUUAUUAAGUAAUAUGUGUAAGUAACUUCCAGAACAGUUAACAGAGAAUAAUUAUUUUAUUUCUGGAUUUAUUAAUUUUUUUUAAUUUUUUUUUAAAUGACGCGCAAGGAAAGCCAAGUAGUUGCUUCCCAGAUAUUUUGCCAGUCUUAAAGGACCACUAUAGUCACCCAGACCACUUCAGCUCAAUGAAGUGGUCUGGGUGCCAGUUACCCCAGGUUUUAACCCUGCAGCUGUAAACAUGGCAGUUUCUCUGAAACUGCUAUGUUUACAUUGCAGGGUUAAUCCAGCCUCUAGUUUGUUUUCCUGACACUAUAGUGCUCUUUUUAAUAUGGGUUUACCCUGAUAUCGUAGAAGUGUGUAUGGGAAAUGUAUCUGAGUGGUAGUAAAGCAUGAGAAUAUAUUUGUGAGGUAGAUCAUCGGGGUGUUAAGUCUCCAAUGGACUCCAGCAACCAUAACAACUUUAUUGAGAUCAAGUUAUGGGGGCUGGAGUCCAACAGGGCUUCUAUGAUGAUCUAUAGGCCUUAAACCAAAACUCUGCAGGUUUGUUUUUUUUGUUAUGGUUUAAAUGUUGCAGUAUCAUUUUUUUUUUUCUUCACACUUCUAUAACGUUUCAGGGAAAUGGAUGGCUAUGUGACAGUCAUAUGUGCCUGACACUUGUUCUCUUCACAUUGUGUCUGUGAGUGCUUGUUGCACAGAUCUUCCUUCUAUUCCCCAAAGUAAUGAAAAAUUGAUGUCCUCCAAAUAAGUGCUGCCUGCAAUAUUAACCCCUUCACAAUGGGACACGUGUGUGUGUGCGCGCGCUGCUUUCACUUCCGGCCUGUACGUCUGGCUGGGAGCAGCUCUUUGCCGAUGCUUCUUCCUGGUCAGAGACUGGAAGGGAAGCAUUCAGAGGGGCCUGCACCAUGCUGGAGGUGCAGACAUGUAGCAUAUGGCCUAAUUGAUAUAAUUAAAUACUCAAAAGACAAUCGUUAAUCGGGCAACACAAAUAAACAAGCUGUUCAGUGUGCGGGGAGGAUGAACCCAAAAACACAGCCUACCCUCACUCAUCCUGUCUUGCUCUUAGCUCCCUAAUACUGCGCUCAUCCUCUUUUUCUUCCAAUCAGAAUGUUUAUUUUUCUUUCCAAUAAAUAAUGUGCUAUUGAUGCAUACUAUAACAAAAAUUAGAUUUAAACCUUUGCUUUUCUGGAUGCCCAAAACACCACCUGGUUGUGAAAGAAAGGGUUGGGGAGAUUUGUGCAUCUUCAACUUUAAAAUUUUUUAAAUUUCUUUUUAAACUUUUUUUUUUUUUUUUUUCCUUGGCACAUUUGUUUUCGGUUUGUUAGCAACUUUAAGUUAAUUUCCUUCUCCUGCUGAUGCUCUAAGGGUAAAAAUGUAUUAUUUAAUAUUUCUGCUGAUAGGACAGCUAAUCGCAUUGUGCUCAGACACCAGUGUGGUUGAUAGUGUACUCUUCAUCUACUGUGACGUGUGAUUUAAUUUGCAGAAUACCGAACUGACUGUAAUUUUUUUUUUAAAAUUCCUUUUUUUAAAUUCCUGUUUAAAAUAUCAUCCAAUUCUUGUAGAUGCGUUUUUGGCCCACAGAACAAACUUAAAUAUGAAUAUGCAUAUUUAGUGAGUGUUUUGAAAAAAAUGUGACUGAAAAAUAUGCCUUUUUUCCCCAUGUUCGCCACAAUUUCCAUUUCCUUGUAUAUAACCUCUUGUGAAACUGCUAGAGGAGCAUGAUGGGGCAAAUGAUCCAUGUUGUGUUUUUUUUUUUUUUUGUGUUUUUUUACAUUCACUAUUUUUUAUAACCGCUGAUUUGUCUCUUUCUACAUUAUACCUUUUUGUGUCCAGUAUCUGUAGAUAAUUGGAAACGUGGCCUUUAAUUGAUUGAGGAAAACUGAGUCUACUCUUAAUUUAAAUUUGGUUGACUUUAUUGUAUCCCCAUAAACCACACCUAAAACUGCCAAUUCCAGUUGUCGGUCUGCAGAAGACAACCUAAAAUGUGUUAGAAGCAGUUAACCUAAUCUAUAAAUGUUUAGCUUUUAAGACCAGUCCAUUGUAAAAAAAAAAAAAAAAAAAAUGCCUGGGUGGGCGAACCCAUGAGCCUUCCAGAUUCUAAAUGAGAGCUGUUUCCCAUACACCAGACUACAUAAACCGAGCCAGUGCAAAACUGCUCCUGUGUCUGUGAUGCGUCUCAAUUGGUGGGAAACAAGAGAGGGAUUUCUGUGGCUGCGAAGCCGCUUUGAAAACACAUGUGGGUGGAUUUCCAGUAGGGCCGGUAACACGGAGGAAAAGCAGACACAUAAACAGCAAUUGUGCUUUCCCAGUAAUUCAAUCUUGUGACUUGGUGAGACAGGAAGAUUGGGUCAGAGUCCAGUUAAUUUUAUUACUUUUUUUUUUUUUUUCUGUGCGUUUGUUUCUGGAACUUAACUCUGAGUGGUAAUGAUGCAUUUUGGUUAUUUCUGGCAAUUGAGGGAUUAAUCAAUGUGUAGUCCAUGGUUAGAGUCAUAGGCAAAAGGUGCCAAAACAGGAUGACUGUCGGAAUGAUUUUUUGUGUUUUUUCUAAAUGUGAAAAAAAAUAUCAUAUGACAAUGACACCACAAUGAGCAUCAUAUUCUACAAGUGGAGCUAUAAAGCUCAUAUUAAUGUUACUUUCCGAAGGAGGUAUAUAAGAAACGCAGGGCUGUAAAUGUGUAGUGGAAUGUCUUGUCAAGAUGUCGUAAAUAUAUAAUUGUUAGAGCAGCAAAAAAUCAAUCUGCUCCCAACCAAACUGACCUUUACUUAGCCAGAUUAUAAGGAAAACUUUUAUUGUUCCAUGUGAGCAAAUCCAGAUUAUUGGCAUGACCUAAAAUGAGAAAUUAUGUAAUUUUCUGUCGCCACGGUUUCCUCUGUCUGCACUUUGUGUGUGUCUAUAAAUACUCCCCAAUAUGACAGCAGGUGGACAGCCUUCUAGUUUCAUUUGCGGACCCAGCAAGAAAUUGAAGAAGUCACUGUUUACUAAACACAGUGCAAGCAACGUUCUCAUUAAAAAGUGGAUUAUUUUUGGUGUGUAGUUAUUGACACCUUUUCUGAAACCGGAAACUGGUAUAUAAAUGUGCUGCAUCAGUCUUACUGCUAAGGGCAAUUGUACCAUUCUACUCAGUGUAUAUGACACACAAUAGAUUGAGGUGUCAACCACGUCUCUAUAGAUGAUACUUGCAUGCUUUCCUGUACUGUGCAAUCCAGCGCCUUGUAUGGGGGACUAGAACACUCAUGAUGCACUACUAAUGAAGUGGUUUAUGGGUGUACUAUGCCCCUAGUAUUUAAAGCUCAAGCAAAGCAAAAUUUAUCUCAACCGUAAAAUGUGCAUUCAGAAGGGGCACUAAUCUUUUACCAAUAAAAAGGGUCUGCGAAUAACUUGCAAGCCGCCGUUUUCCUUUAGUCACUGUCCGUUCCUUCAAUGGCUCUUGAAGUUGACUGCGUCCAUGCUGGAUCUGAGUUUACUCUUAGCCUCUCCCCUUUCUGCUAGUUGGUAACUAGCCCUACAUCCUAUUACCUGAUGGCGUACCAAAACGGCUGACCAUCUAAUGUUUAAAAUGAGGCAAACUGUUUAACAAUCUUAAAUAUUCCAUAGCCUUCACACAAUAUGGAAUGUAAGAGAGAUAUUUUAACAAGUCUGGACCUCACAGGUAUCCUACAUAUCCGUAACACUUGGUUACGUUUUUACUUUGUGGUUAGUGAAGUGGGGGAGCAUUAUCACAGAUAUGUAGGGUUUGGCUUAAACCUACAAAGUGUGAACUGGCUGACACAUCACUCUUGACAUUGCAUUUUAAUUGUAUACUAAUGUAGUGAAUGAUCAGCUUGUUUAAGAUAUUUUAGUAUUCCUUACUUAUGCAGUUUACAGUAGUGAUGGGAUGGCUGUUUGACAUCUAGAACAUUUUAAUGUUGGAAAGCCCCAAAGAUUAGUGUUUCCUCUGACCUUUGUGUAUAAUAUUAAUCAGCUCAGUCGAGACAAAGGCUUGUUCUUCCAUAGGAUGUUCUAAAAUGAAUACCCACAAAUUUGAUCCAUUUAUUAAUAAUAUGUAAUCUAGAAAAAUGACUAAUGCGUUUCUUGCCAAACUUGUUCAAAAUGUAGAUUUCCAAGGCUGGUGAUGUCCAGACUCUUCAUGGUUGGGCUCUAGUGGAUUAAGAUUCGUGGAUUGAGCUCCAACACUGUAAAAUGUUUAAUGGGAUACCACGAAAGGACACUUCAACUUUAAUAAUCACUUUUUUAUGCAUUUUUGUAUUUAUUUUUUUUCUCUUUAUUUUUUCGCUUUUAAUAAAGAUAUUUUUUUCUUGGAGUGCUGACCAUGUGCUCUUGCUGACUGCUCAUGAGAUUGUUGCGUGGUUUAGAUUAAAGUGCUUUUAUGAUUGGGGAGGGGGUGAAGGGGGGGAAUUCUAUGCAAAGGAGCACUGGUUCAACAAGCUAUGCCAAAGGUAGCAGUAAUUAAGAAAUUCGAUAGAAAUACAUGUUGCAGAUUAGAAUUUUCUGUGUUCUUAGUGGCAAAUAGAUGAUGGGGUUUGAAUAGGUGCCACUUUAGAAGUAACUUAUAUUAAAAAAAAUAAGUAAUUUGCAAUGUUGCCCUAUAUGGACCGAAAUACGUGAACACCUGUGUGUUGAGCUCUUUAUUUAAAAAAUAUAUAUAUUUUGCUUAAAUAUGGCAUUGGUUACCCUUUGCUGCUGGUUACCCUUUGCUGCUGUAAUUCCUUCAUGUUUUUAAUUCGUGCAUUGCAGAUGGGAUUCACUUUCAUUCAGCUGUAGAGCGUUUGGGAGGCUGGUAACAGAUGUUGUACAUUUAGAUCUGGCUUACAGUUAUCAUUCCAAUUUAAUUUAAUUACAGAGGUGGUCGGCUUGUGCAGAGUCCUGACCUCAACCCCAUAAAUCAAGUUCUUCUACACCAUUUUCUGAAGGAAAAAAAAAACGUGGACCACAUUUUGUGCAUGGAGACCUUGUCAUGCUGAAACAGGGCCUUACCAAAACCGAUGCUGUAAAUCUGAAGCAUAUAAUUCUCUACCAUUGUAUCCUGUAGUGUGAAGAUGUGCCACAACUGCAAAGGGGCAGAGUUUGGACUGUGACAAACUUUCCAAGGACUGUAAUCCUUAUUGCGGACACUGCAGUCAGGCAGGUAGCAUUCUCGUAAUGUCCACCAAACCCAAUGUGUUGGUGAUUCUAGAUUAAUCUUGCUAAAGAACACCUCUUGAUUGCAGUGGUGUCAAGCUUUAUACCACUGGCUCAUGUCCAGUAGUUUAUUGGGUAUGGGGACCCAUUUUCUGAAGUGUCUGAGCAGUUGUGCUACAUUCAAUUACGGUUUUGUCACUCAGAAUUUUGUAACACUUCACCACUGUACUGUCCUUUUUUGUGAGCAUUGCAGUGGACUGUGGCAGCUCAUACGAAGCAGAACAUUUUAAUCGAAUUGUUGAAAAGACCGUUUUAUUGAAAAUCGUGGAGCUAUGACGUAUGGUUCGUUCUACUAUCUUUGUUUAUAUGUAGAGUUUUCAUGAUGUAUGUUUGUUUGUUUUGUUUUAGUCCAUUAGUCAGCUAUGGGCUCAAGUAACUGAAUCAUCUAAUUAUGUUACAGAUCUGGCUGUAUUGUGUGUGUGUGUGUUUAAUGUUUUAUUUAGCAGAUUGCCCAUCAACCUUACAUUAUUUAUAAAAUAUUUUACCAGGAAAGAUACAUUGAGAUUUGUGCUUAGAUUUGAAUGUAAACCACAAACAGGCUUAGAUAACCUUUGGUCUCAAACAGUUUUUGAGGGAGAAAAAAUGGUGAGCAUGUGUAUGUCACAUGGAUAUCCUUGUACUUCCGCUUUCACACGCAUGCUGCUUCCACAAGUCGUAUUUCUGUUGAUCUGUGGAAGAUCGUGCUGUCUCAUUUAAUUGUCCGUGGACCUCUGUGUUGUACUCUGGCUGGUGCCGAGAGCUGGUGAAGGUAAGUGUAUAUCUACUAUUCGCUUCUCCCCAAGGCUUAGCACACAAUGUGGGUAUGUCCCUUUCAGGAAUCUUUGAAAAUCAUGCAAAAAUCCCAGAGACUAAAAGAACUGCUUUAUUGCAACACCCCUCAAGCACUUCAACUUGCUGAAGUCCUUUUAAGAGUUAUCAGUGUAUACCCUCACUUUAGAAAUAUGCCAAUUUAAAGAAAUAAAACUGGCAUAUUUGUCAGACAGCAGGGUGGGUACUCAUCCAGAUAAGAGGAUUCUCAGAGCGAAGCAUUGGUUUUAGUACUUCAUGAGGAACAUUGGUGGUACAGAGGAGAUUGCUAUAACUAUGUAUAUCUCGUGAUGGUUGAGCAGAGCUGCAGCGAGUGAACAUCUUGCUACUGGCUUAGAGGGAAGUAAACGUUUCCCACCUCCACUCCCUCCUAGAAGAGUAAAAGGGCUCUUAUCUAAAUGGUGCUUUCAAUGCUCCAUCGUUAUAAAUUAGUUUUAUUUUUAAUUCUGGUCAUUUAUGGUGCUCCCUGGGUCGUCCUGGUCAUUUUUUCUUUUUCUGCUCGACAGUCAUACAGAGCAGAGAUGGAGAGAUUUUCGAAGCACUGGGUGCUGGCCUUUGAUUGGCUGAUCCCCCUAGCCUAUCACUGGCUGCAUAUUGUAAGUACGAUACAUAAGUAAAUUCUUUUUUGAGCAGUUUGAUUUGUAUCUGAUUGGGGGAUCAGUUCUUAUUUCUGUGGGGGCCACAUGUGCGGUGUGCGCAUGAUUCAUAAACGGUGGCACCCUCUGCAAAAGGGAGAAUUACUCAAACCAGUCUCUUUUCAGCUCUUCAUUUGCCGGGAGCUAUCCACAUUGGUGUAUUCUGUCUUUGGAAAAUCCUGCAAGACCACUGGAUCUUUGGUGCAGGCCAUUGCCACAUUUUGCAAAAAGAUUGGCCCUUACCAUGAGACAAGAUUAAAAAAAAAAAAGUGAGGUUUGUGCCAUCAACUCCCAUAUAAAGAUGCUAUGAUCAUUUAAAAAAACAAAAAAAAACCAUUAGCGAUGUCAUCACUUUAAACACGGUCAGGGUUAUUCACUAAAGUGAGAAUUGUCAGGAAUUCAAAGCAAAUUUAAGGCCAAAGCAGUCGAACUUGGAGUAUAGUUGAUUUGGGGAAUGUUUCCGGUUAAGCUACUUUGGUCCUAAGUUUGGAACUCUUUGAAUCCCUGACAAUUCCCACUCUAGUAAAUACCCCUCUGUGUACAGUUAUACAGUAAAUAAAUGUUGGAAAGUGUUAAUGGCUUCAUUUUGUUACAGCCAUGUCAUUUCUAGUCCUUGUCACAGUUUCUCCUGGCAUGUAUAUUGUGCAGUGAGUGAUGCAGCAUGUGUUUCAAUUUUGGAUUAGUGUAGCAUUUAAUGUGGUUUAUUGUGCAUUAAUUGUUCUUCUUCUUCCUUAUUGUCAAAACUCCUGAUUCCAGUAUUUUUCUUUCUAUAUGAGAGUCAUUCACUUUGUACAUGUUGAACGCUGUGCUUGUGAACAUUUUCCGAUAUGAAUCAGGAAAUGACAUUACACUUUUGCACGUAACGUACAUAGAGGAACCCUUUAAAAUCCUUUAUCAAGGCCGUGAUUGUUAAUUGCUUCUCUUCGUUCUCCCUCUGCAUUGUGCCAUUUCUGUUACUGGUUCAAUAUAAUAUUGAAGUAUCUGUCUAUCUGCGUUGUAUUGUGGUUCAAAGACUGUGCAUUAAGCUGGUUUCUUGGGGAGUGUUCUGUGUAGACAAUCCACUGAUUGCUGGCUCCAGCUGAAGAUCAAAGGCAAGCCCAGGUUAACACAGGCUGCUGCAGCCCUCUGCAUCCACAGAGCUCCUGUAUUCGAUUAACCCCUGCUGGUACAUCAGCAGGUAACAUUCCUGGUUCUUUGGAAUUUGAUUCUUUGCUUACAGAAAAAUGUCUACUGAUGGUUUUAAUGCGUUGUUUUCAUUCCUUGUACACCAUUCAUGUUGCUAUUUACAAGGAAAAAGCAUAGCUUUAUAGCUCAUUUUGGUAAAUGGGAAUUUAGUCCCGUUCUCAAAUCACAUGCUUUCGUCAAACUUUGCGCAUUUUCUUAGCAGAGUAAAAAAAUGCAGUUUUUUGUGUGCAUUGUUUAUCUUGCAUUUUAUAUUCGACUAAAUCUGGCUUAUCGUUUUUUAUUAAGCUAUUUAAUGUUGAUCAUUAUCAAAUAUAUUUAACAGUAUGGAGGCAUUCUAUUACGUCUUAGGUUAAAGGAACACUCUGCAGUAGUGGUUAUGGUGCCAGGAUUGCCACCUGGCUACCGCCUAUUGUAGUCUGUCAAAUGAUCUUAGAAAUGUUUUAAAACUUACACGGGUGUCAUGGAUGCUUGUGCCGCAUCCGGUCUUUUCCUGCUGGAGAAACCAGAUGUCUUCACAGAGCGAAAAGCUCAGCCGAUACAGGGCCAUGAUCAUUGGCUGAGAGUGCUUGGCUCAGCCAGUGAGUGAGGCCUUGCAGGAUCCUGCUUAGCUCAGUGAAGUUAAAUGGAGUUCUCCAGAAAGGAGCUGCAGGUACCCUGCAGAAAUCCGGUAUGUUAUCAAACCGGUCUUAAACAGUUUGACAAAUUAUACUGGGAGAGCGCCAGGGCACUACUGGUACCCUAAUCACUAGAGCCAGUUGUAAUGGUUGUAUGAUACUAGUAGUGUCCCUUUAAGCUUGACACACGUAUUGCUUGUAAUCUAAAAGCUGGCUGUGCAUCAUGGGGAAACAUAGUUUGCAAAUAUCUGUGAUGCUAAGGUUACACAUCACGGUUGUACAGUAUAGAAACCGUUUGGACGAUCACAUUUUAUUGUCUAGCUCCGCACAAUCAAACUAGGAAUAAUAAGCCACAUGACACUAAUAUACAGCAGAUUUGAGCUGAAAGGAGACACACUGGGCCAUUCUCUUUCUCUGCCGCAAACUGUGAGUUAGAACUUGCUUUUGAAAGGAAGUCCUUUGCAGUGGACCUUUAUAAACUGAACAAGGAAUAAAGCGCUAAAACUAUAAACACUAGGAUGGGAGGCAGCACACCUGAUAAUAGGGGAAUCCCUCCAACCCCCAAGAAAUCUAGAACAAAUCAAGCAACAAUAUACAGGUAGCGCCAAGAAAAAUACUCCAAACACAACAGUAUAUAAUAAUAAGCGCAAUAAGAGAAAUAAAAACCCACAUGAUAUAAAGAGUCCACCAUAAAACUGAAAAGAAUAAAAAAUACCAAAUGGUAUGGCCCAGUCUCAAAGGUGGCAAUAGAUCUUCUAGUCCUGGUAUGGUCGCUUCGCUUAAUGGCCGUAUAUGAAAAGGAAGCAAAACAGAGGCAAACCAAUAGUGCAAUAUGGUAUUACGUGGUAGGAUAAACACUUUGAUAAGAUGUCAACUCACAUAUGGUAGAGCUAUAACCAGCUCUACGUAAAACAGAAUGCAGUAGUAUACAAUCCCCACUUGCAGGAUAUCCCUCUGGUUUUGGUAAGCUUGAUCAUUUUGACCUAAAAUUGAAAAUUUUACUCUGAAUUCUCAAAUUCAAAUAACCAUGAAACCAGAACAUAAUGUAAUUAGACAUUUUAUUUGUCAUACUGUUUUGACAUAGGAAGUGGUAAUUUUUUGUUUCACAAUUCGGAAAAUACCUCUUUUUUUUUUUUCUUGGCUGAUAUUCUAUUUCUUCCUUUAUCCCCAGUACCUGAGGAUCUAUCUCCAGAAGAGCGUGAAGAACUAUUGAAUAUAAGACGGAGGAAGAAAGAGCUCAUCGAUGACAUAGAGGUGAAGUUAUUACUCUAUAGAACCUUUCCUAAUCCUUCAGGUGUCAUUUAUAGUAUUUUCAUUAGUAUUUCAACAAGCAGGACUUCCCACCUUCCAAAAAUUCAGUAAUUUUGUUUUACAAGGUGUGAUUAGACCUGGCUUGUGCAUGGGACAUAAUUUUAUAUUGCUAUAUACAAAAUUGGUUAUGCCAUAAAACACUUCAUAAAUUAAAAUAUAUAUUUUUUUCAGAUGUAUUCAUUCAUGCCAUUCAUGCAACUAUGUUGCAUGUUGCUUUGGAUUCCUUUUUGGAUUGUUGGGUACUACGGAUGCACUCAACUGUCUUUAUAGACCAGAGUAUUUAUAUAGGAUUUUGGAAGGUUAUCUGGUAGGUGAGGGGAGGAACCAGAUUUAUUUUUACAUUUAUUAAUACACCUAGACAUUUGUAUAGAUUGUCUGUUCUCCUUUUUCUAUAAUAAAGCUGUGUGCUAUGGUAGGAAAACAUUAAUCUUACUGUAGUUACUGUAUAACUAUAUUGUUCUCUGAUCUCAUACUACUUGUUUCAAAGCCUUAUUAAGCCUUAUCACUUCAAGCCUAUAACUUGGAACACUGAGACUUAAAAGUUCCCUUAACUGUAUUUUAGUGUAUAAUACAGUACAUUUCGUAGAUUAGAAUCAGACUUUAUUUUCUUAAUCACAAUAACCAUACAACAUUCUAAUCUGGAUUCAGAGUAAUAUCUAAGUGUAGAAUAAGUGUUGAAUAUUUUUCAACUACAUUGGGUCUGGAUGUUGUUGCCUAAUUUAAUGCUACUCCUUUUAACAACCUUGGAAGGCUCUAAUGAUGAGCUGACCCUGCUAGGUAUCAAACCGGUUUCUUCAAUGCUGGAGCCCUAUCCUCUGAACUAUCUCACUGACAUCGAGACUAUACAUAGCCUUGGAUUCUACACAAAUUUACAUUAUCGUGUUUUCACAUUGUGAAGUCAGAAUGUGUAUAAUAUCAUAUAAAUGUAAUGUGCAAUAUAUGUCCUGUUAUACACAUGGCUUUUCUCAUUGAAAUCAAUCUUAAAUAUUAAUGUAAAUGUGUGUGUAUACUCACAGAGCGUAGCUCUAAAAACCUCUGCACAGCUGAUUUAGUGAAUCAUUGAAGCAUUGAAUAGUGUAAUACACAUGGGUGCUCAAUUGCUGAGAAAGCAGGGGGCUACACAAAAAAAAAUGCAGUGACUCAUUGCAGCUCUCAGUCUGUCAUGUUAACCGUAAAUUACCCCGUGAGCAUUAUCAACAUGUGUGUGCAGAUUAUUAUUAUUAUUAUACGCCACAAUUAUUUACUCUAACUUCCAGUUUAGGAAGUAAAAAAAUAAAUUAAAAAAUAGUGGAUCUGUCAUAGAAUUUUAAAUAGAUAUGCAAUAAUAUAUUACAUAAUCUGGCUAUUAUUGGAAUGGGCAGAUCAUGCUUUACAAACCUCUGCAGAACAGAUGUCAUUUGUGGGAAAAUAAUUUAAAAUAAUAAAGUACAUGACUUUGUUUCUUGUGGCUUAUAUCUCCAGAAUCCCAUGUACACAGUUCACGGUAUCCGUUACGUAUCAUUAUGUGUUCCAUAAUGUCUUUGUUUGUUUUGGUUUUUUAUUUUUGCUGUUUGGUGUAUUAACAUCUUGAGGACCAGUGACGAUUCUUGCCAUGAUUAUCCUGAUCCCUAAAUACACAAUGACAGAAUGCAAUUUUCUGCUUAUUUAGCAUCACAGACCUAUACAAACCUGCUGUGAUUUAAGUCAGUAGUACAUUCUGUGUUGACACACUAUCACAUUUCAGAUUAGGUUGCGUGAAUUUUUUAUAAUUUUAGAAUUCUACAGUGAUUGAUCCUUAAGGGGUUAAUACAGGAACUGUUUCUACUUAAGAGUAGUUUUGUAAUCGAAACUGAAGAUUUCAAGGGAAAAAAAUUGCUUGGGGUGCACCUUUAAGUCCUGGAGGAGAAUUAACAUUCAGAAAGAAUGGCCAUAAGGUAAAAUAGCGCUAAUUAGUUCAGCCAUAGCCUUCUAAAAAGGAUAGAUGUUAACAAAAAUGUUUCAUAUAGAUGUUUUUUUUUUGUUUGUUUUUUUAGCAUGUAAUUUAUUUAUUUUUUAAAUCGAAAUAUAAACAUGACUGAUAAUUUUUUAAUCUACUGUAUAGUGUCUUGUUGCCACCAUAGGGAGCCACAGUUUAAUUGUUAUUUUUAAACAUAAUUUAAUUAGUGGUAAAGAUUACAUGUAAAGGGUAACUCUCACCCAUUUUUUUUCAUCUCUAUCCAUCAUAAACACUCCAAAGUUUUGCUUGUAUAAUUCUGGUGUUGCACACAUUGAAAGCUACUCUGAGCACAAAUGUUUUCCGUACGGCUAAGAUUAGUUUUAUCACCGCAUACUAAAUACUAGACAUUGCAUAGAUUUUGGAAUUUCCUCAUACUUCACAUACAUUCCCUGGGCUGUUAUGAGCACUCCCUGAGUAAAUGCAACCAAUGCAUUGGCAAAAUAAGGUUGUGUAGAAUAAUAUAAACUGUUCCAGGACUUAUAACAUGCUUGUUUUCUAGUACAUGUCCAUCACAUACACUAAUGUGAUCACUUUAUUUACACCUGCUUAUUAAAGGGACACCUGAACAACUUCAGCUUAAUGAGGUUGUUAUUAUUAUGAUAUUUAUAGAGCGCCGUCAAAUUCCGCAGCGCUUUACAAUGGGUGGACGAACAGACAUGUAGUUGUAACCAGACAAGUUGGACACACAGGAACAGAGGGGUUGAGGGCCCUGCUCAAUGAGCUUACAUGCUAGAGGGAGUGGGGUAAAAUGACACAAAAAGGUAAGGAUAGUAUUAGACUAGUGACAGUUGCAGAAGAGGAAUCAGUCAGGAGCUAUUAACAGUUUAAUUGAUACGCUUUUAUGAAGAAGUGGGUUUUUAACGAUUGAAGGAGUGGAGACUGGGUGAGCAUCUAACGGAGGAGGGAAGAGAGUUCCACAGGAACGGUGCAGCCCUCGAGAAAUCUUGAAGGCAAGCAUCAGAGGUGGGAGUACGGACAGAAGAUAGACGUAAGUCUUCAGCAGAUCAUAAGGGCCUAGACGGGACAUACUUGUGUAUAAUGGAGGAUAGUUAGGUGGGAGCAGCAUUAUGUAGAGAUUUGAAAGCAAGAAUUUCAGUUUUGGUCAAAUUUAGUUUAAGGAAGUGGGCAUCCAUCCAGUUAGAAACAGGAGAGAGACAGUCAGAGAUACUAGUCAAGAGGGACGGGGAGAGAUCAGGAGAGGACAGGUAGAUUUGCGUGUCAUCCCCAUAGAAAUGAUAUUGGAAGUCAAAGGAGCUAAUGAGUUUACCAAGGGAGGCAGUAUAGAUGGAGAACAGUAGGGGACCAAGGACUGAACCUUGGGGGGACACCAACAGAGAGGAGUUGGGGAGAAGAAGCAGAGCCAGAGAAAGAAACACUGAAAGAGCGCUGGGAGAGGUAGGAGGAGCACCAGGAGAGAGCAAUAUCUUGUAGACCAAUAUUGCGGAGGAUGAGAAGAAGCUGUUGAUGGUAAACAGUGUCAAAAGCCGCAGACAGGUCAAGGAGAAUUAGGAUAGAGUAGUGACCACAAGAUUUUGCAGCGAGUAGAUGAUUGGAUACUUUGGUCAGUGCUGCUUCCACAGAGUGGAAACCAGACUGAAGCGGGUCAGGUGAGAACUAUAGCUCCCUGCAGCCUUUCUCAUGUAAACACUGUAUUUUCUGUUUGCAACUGGAGAUGUUCCUAGCUUUCAAUGUUGUCACUCAGAGUGAACCAGAGGGACUCAGAUCUGCUGUCAGCAGAGCACAGGGCAGCACGUGCACAGCAUCCUGUGAUUCAGUAUCUCCUCCCACUGCAUGCAGACACUGAACUUUCCUCAUAGAGAUUCAUUUCAUCUCUAUGAGGAGAUGCUGGUUGGCCAGGGCUGUGUUUGAAUUAUGCUGGCUCUGCCCCUGAUCUGCCUCUUUGUCAGUCUCAGCCAAUCCAAUGGGGAAGCACUGUGAUUGGAUCAGGCUACCACAUGUCAGCAGACUGCUUGUGUUUGAGUCUAACAGCAUGCAGAUCUACAGCUACUGGCUUGAAUACAGUAAGAUUUUUACUAUAUUUAUGGAGGCAUGAGGGGCCCAGGGGGCUAGAUGGUGUUAACACUAUAGGGUCAGGAAUACACGUUUGGUUUCCUGACCCUAUAGUGAUCCUUUAAAGGCAAAUGGCAAUUAUUCCUGAAAAUAAAAUGAUGUAUUCUUGUAUAACUAAAUGUGAAUAACUCUUCAGUGCAUCUCCUGGCUUACCCUUGCUGCAUGGGCACUGCCAUCUUAAAUCCACUUUGGUCAGACACAUCACUUCACUAAUGCCAUGCUUAGUUUGAAGGUAUAAAACAAUCCCAGAGUGUUUUUUUUGGUUUUUUUUUUUUUUUUAAAGAUAUGCUGCCCUUUCCCAUAAUGUCAGGAUCAGGAGUACUUCCUGGCUCUUGAUGACCUGCGUGGCUUUUCUUUGGAUAAGCGGUAGUUUCCAUCGCACAAGGGUACAUUUUAGAUGCACUGAAAAGAGGUAUUUACUGACUGGUGUACAUUACAAAACAUAGUACACAGUGACUAAAGUACAUGUGUUUUGAGUAUUUCGGAAACUUCUGAUUUCCAGGAAUGAUUACCAACAGACUGAAGAGGUUACGAAAAAUAGUGAGAAAAACAGAAAUCAUGUAGCGAGUGGCAGUUCUGUUGGUGAAAACCUCUUAUUAAAGUGAGACGUCCGACUGUUUCAAGCUGACAGGCAGGUGACAUUAACUGAAAUAAACAGGCAGGACAACUGUCUACGGCAGCAGAAGACCAUGUGCAUUUUCCAACACUGCCUGCUAAGAACAGGAAAUGAAUUCUACAGUGGGAACAGGUGCAUCAAAUUGAGACAAUAGAAGAUUGGAACACUGCUCCUUGUCUGAUAUUGAUUUCUGCUAGGACUUGCAGAUGGCAGGAUCAGCAUUUGAUUUUAAAAAGACUAUGUAGGCACUAGGCCAAUUUAUCUCCAUGAAGUGGACUGGGUGCUAUGUCCAUGUAGUUGAGCCUAUUGUUUUAACUCUUUUAAACUUGGAUAUUUCAAUCCGAUGACCUCACAGAGACCAUCAGAUUGGCGCUACGUGGUGUUUUGCCGUACAUGCACACUCCCCUUACAAUGAAACUUUGGACACUUGACAGUGUGGUUCAUGCAGAUGGAGGAACAACGCACAAUGGAAGACCUUCACUUUGGGGCCACUAAUAAAAUGACUGUGUAUUUAGACAUUUAAAGACACUGGUUAUUGACCACUUCCAGGGAAGACUUCCAAGCCCAGUUAUAGAGGGCAUGUGACAGAAGAGUGAGCAACCAGAUGCCACUUCCCUGUCCACACCCUCUCUCCUUCCCUUAUCACGCACUGUAGAUUGUUUCUCUUACCUUGUAGUUGAUAAAGAAUCUGAUCUGUGCAGAGUGUGAGGAUUGUUUACGGCCAUGCAAAUCUUUUUAUGGACACCAUAUUCCCAUCUUCUAAUGGCUAGAAGAUAGGUAGGAUAACAUGCCAUAUCAAACACAUAAGUCAAAAUUGUUCGUCAAACAUGACGCCACAUUCCAUGUACUUGAAGGGCCACCACUGUCACCAGACUACAGACCUUCUUUAUAGUGUGAUGCAACAGAGGAUUUGCAACCACCAAAACACAAAAACGCUAUACUGUGGGUUUUUAGAUCCUUGCCGAAUGGCUUACAAUUUAAAUAGAAAGAUAGAUGAUUAGGGCAAGUAGAACACUAGUAGACACGUUGCCAAAUUGUAGUGCUUAUGCAAGUGAAUGUUUGCUUUGUAGAAGGCAAUAUCAUAUUGUACAUUCGUCUAAAUACAGUGUAAUCUACACAAGUUGAAACUGAUCAGAGUAUGAUACGAAUUAUCAAAAAAAUAUGUGAGCAGGCACUCGCUCAUAUUUUAUGAAUUAAGGACCAAAUAUCCACUGUCUUCUGGUUCUCUUGCACAAUAGCUAAAAGGAGAGGGAAAAUCAUUUAUAAUUUUCACUAAAGUAUGAAUUGCAAGACAUUCUAUGUGAAUUUCAAAGUUAGGCAAGAUAGCUCAACAGGAAAAAUUCACCAAGUCUGUUAUAUUUGGUUGUUUUUGACGUCAAAUUUUGUAACUCCCUUUACAUUUUCACAACCCCACAUUUUGUAAGAUAGUGGUUUGGGCCAUAUUUCUGUUUGAGAACACUGCACAACCUUUAAAAGGGUUUGGUGAGCUAAUCCCUAAACAGAUCUCCCAAAUCUGUGAUGGCCAACCUUGAGUAGCCAUUCCCAAGUCUCAUGACUGACGGUGCAUUGUACGAAAUGUAUUUCAGCAACGUGGGGUGUGCUAAAUUUAGCAAUCAAUGUACUAAACCUUUAAAACCUCACAAACCUUUGUUACAAACAUAACAAUUUGAUAGGCUUCCACUCCAGGUUCCUAAUCCUUUCCCGCUCGCACAUAUAAAAUGUUUUAUGUAUACAGCUUUGAAGUUUAGGCCUUCCAAGACUAGUGGUUUACAUAGACUUUCAGUCCCUUUAAAGUUUGUCUAUUUGUAUCUAUGAUGUGUAAUCCUAGAUAAUCCCAUGCAACAUUGUACGUGCAAUAAUUCUGUCAAAUUUAAAACUUCUUAAGUUCUCUGUUGGGCUCACUCAGUAGAUGUCAACUGAUGGUAAUUUUAUUUAUUUUUAUCUCCAGCGGUUGAAAUUUGAAAUUGCGGAGGUGAUGACUGAAAUCGAUAACUUGACGUCAGUAGAAGAAAGGUAUGAUUUGCUGUUCUUAAAUCCAAAAUAUUUGCUUAGCGUCUUUCACUAAAUUGACAACCAACUUGCAGAAUGUAGGACAAAAUAAAGCAGUUGGGAGGAGGAAAGAAAAUUCCUACAGUAAAGUCUCUAAAACUGUUAAGUGUCAUGUGCAAAUUGUUCAAUUGCUGCACCUAAGAUAAAAAUCCCAUUACCCUCAGGCAUACAAAGGUUUAAUAUGAUUGAGGCAGUAGCCUAGCACAAUUUAAACGAUCACUAUAGUUUUGUUUUCCUGACCCUCAUGGUCCCCCUUCCGUGGCGCUGAAGGGGUUAAAACCCCUUCAGCCACUUACCUUAAUCCAGUGCCGGGCUCCCUCGGUGCUGGUGACCUCUCCUCCCCAUUCGACAUCAGCUCCCCCAUCCGUCACUGGAGCCGAAUGCUUGCCGCGCAUGCAUUCAAAGUGUCCAUAGGAAAGCCUCCUGCCUCCAGCGUCACAGAUGCGCCUCUAGUGGCUGUCCGGAAGACAGCCACUAGAGGCUUGAUUAACCCCAAAUGUAAACCUAGCAGUUUCUCUGAAACUGCUAUAUUUACAUCUGAAGGGUUAAAGCCUGAGGGACCUGGCGCCAAGACCACUUCAUUAAGCUGAAGUGGUCUGGGUGACUAUAGUGUCCCUUUAAAGAACUUGUUUUGAAUUAAGCUCUAGAAUAAUGAAUUGUCCUGGGAUUUACAAUCCUACUUACCCUUAUUAAACCGCAGUGAUGGAGUACAUACGCCCCACCUGAGACUUAGGGUUUUCCUGCUGGUAAACAAUAUGCCAGUGUACUAAAUGUGUGAGAUAUUCCACUGAAUGAUGGAAGGGAUUUUCAAAUAAUGGAAAAAUAUUUUUGAGCUUAAAAUACACUAGGCUUAUCAACAGCAUGUCUAUUUUGCGACACUUUUGCAGCACUAUCAGAAUGUUCACCAAAAUUUGACUUGUCAUAAAGUGAAUCUCCUAUUUUAGGCCAAGAGAGACAAAUUGAAAGCAUAGCUGGUUGUUUGAAUGUGAAAUUCACUUUGACACUCCGAUUUUCUUGACCAUUCAUUCAGUAAAAGCACAUAACACAAAAAAUACAAACCAUACACAAUGUACAUGUAAAAAAAGAGUGCUUAUACCAAAUAGGGUUCUUGAUGGGGCUCUACGCGUUUAAUCGAUCCAACUUCCUCAUGAGCUGCUUAUCAAGAACCCUAUUGUUUGGUAUAAGCAGUCUUUUUUACAUGUACAUUGUGUAUUGUUUGUAUUUUUUGUUAUGUGCUCUUACUGCAGUCUGUGAAGGAGUAGUGGGAGUUAGCUGCUGAUCUUAGCGGCUUGACAAGCACCCUGCACUUUCCCUCCUACAGUAUCAUUUGCACUUUAGCACAUGCACUUUAUACUAUUAUAACUUGUAUCAUGUUUUAUUAAAGCUGCUAUAUAUAUUGCAAUAUUUGCACGUGUUGUCAGGGCCAGAUUAAGAGCCCAGAAGGCCUGGUGCUGACAAUUAUGAGGGGCCUAAUUACAGAAUCUUAUCGACCAAAAACACUAAAACAGUCAAACCUCUCAACGUUAUGUAUCUGGUGGAGAUGGUGCCAGAGGGAAACUCAUAGGAUGCAGUUAUAAGAAAACACAGAUUCUCUUACAAUAUGCUAAUCUCUCUCUAAUGCGUUCAUCUUUCAAGUAAAUCCAUUCCUCCUAACAGCAGUGUCCAGUGAAGCAGGAAGUCAAUGGGUGGUGUAAAAGGGUGGGCCACUGACAGGAAUCACGUGACUAGAACUGCCAAAAGGAGCGAAAAUGCCCAAAAAGGGGGCAUGUCUGCCCAAAGAAUUGGAAGGCCAGUCUGGCAUCAAUGUCCCCAUAUAUCAUAGUGUCAGUGUCCCCAUGUCACCCAGUCCACUAGUCUCCCAGUGUCUGUGUCCUCAUUGCUCAGUGUGUCCUGUGUCACUAGGAUACUUGGGGACACUGAGACACUUGGAGACAUGGGGAUACGAGGACACAGACAUGGAGACACAGACAUUUGGGGACACUAAGACACUAGGGACACUGAGAAAAAUGGAAACACAAACACUGGGAGCAAUGGGGACACUAUGGACACUUGCUGGGAGCCAUGGGGACACAGUGUCAUUAGUGUCUCAGUGCCCCCAUGUCACCCUGCAGCCUUUCUCGCCAUCCCUCACUUCCCUGAGCUGUAGUCGGUUUCUGCAGGCUGGGAGCUGCUGUCUGGACUCUGUGCUGUGUAGCUGCUCCCCCACGGAUCAGUGAGUAGAGAGGGGCAGGGAGAUGCUGUAACUUCCUAUCCCUGCCUCUCUCCACACACAGUGACCCCUACUGGUCGGCGCUGGUAUUGCAGAGUAAUCUCUGUUUAUACUGUGAAAAAUACCUGCAUUUGUAUUGCCAGUAUGACUGCAAUAUUGGCACCCACCAGGCAGCCUCAAAUACUGGCUGUGACGGUAAAAUACCAGUCAGGAGGAAAACCUAAGAGUAGGGUGUACAAAAAAAUGUACAAAAAUAAAAUAAACGUAAUUUUUUUAUUUAUUUUUUGAAAUGGCCUAUUCCAUGGGCCUGGGCCUGGGCCUGGGCCUGGAGCUACUGCUCAAUCAGCCCCUAUGUUAAUCCGGCCCUGCAUGUUGUGCUGUUGCCUAAUCUUGAUUUUUAUUUGAUCUUUAAUAAACUGAAUGUUUUUUGAUUGUUUCCUCUUUUUAUGGGAAUCCUCUUAUUGGCAACUAAAGUGAGUGUGGCGCCCUGUUAUCUGAUAUCUUAUUCAGUUUUGUUUUUUUAAUUUAACAUGUAGUAGUAGUAGUAAUGCCACCAGAUAUGUCUGCAGUAAAUAUUUUGUAAUUUCAAAAUUUCCCCCCCCCAUAAUAGCAAAUCCACACAGAGGAAUAAACAGAUUGCCAUGGGAAGAAAAAAAUUCAAUAUGGAUCCUAAAAAGGUAAGAAUCUUUAUAAUAAGUAUAUUUUAUUUACCAUUUUGUUGUACAGCCUACAUUGGUUUUCUUUUCUUUUUUUUCUUUUUUAUUAUUAUUAUUGCCAUUUAUAUAGCACUAACAGAUUCCAUAGUGCUUUACAAUAUUCUCAGAGGGGGGAUUUAACUAUAAAUAGAACAUUUACAAGAAAAUUUACCGGAACGAUAGAUUGAAAAGGACCCUGUUAAUUUGUUUUUUUCCCCUUUGCUUUUUGAUCGUUAAAGAUUAAAAAGCAAAGUUUGAAUAUAAAAACAUACUUCAGACUUUCGCGGAUAGAAUGUUUGUUUUGCAUCUUGGAGACAGUCUCCUGUUAGGUGCUAGACAGAGCUAUCUGGAUUUUCAUUUGUGCCUGUCCAGUCCUGCACUGCAAGAGACUAGAAUUUUACGUUUAUUCACUUAACUCCAUGAGUCCAUGUUGACUCAUGUCUCUGCCAUUAUCUCCUUUAGUAUACCAAUAUGAAUAUGUAACCCUAGAAUUGGGCACAUUGUAAAAUUAAGAAAUCCUAUUACAGUAGCCAAAGCAGAUAGCAUUUCGGAGUAUUUUUAUAUAAUUUAAAGUGUAGAGAUUUAAAAUGUAAUGGUCUGCUGCUUAAGAUGCAUACUGCUCAAUACUAGAUGCAUAGCAUUUUGGAAUUGUGCCCACAAGCUCGGUAACAUGUUCUAGGUGCGUAGUAUUCUGGUAUUGUGCCCAUAAGCUUUGUACAUGUUCUAUGUCUGGAACCAAAGUCCAGGUCUGUGCCAAUUGCAAACUUUUGUAUAACUGAAGUAAUCAUCUUCCCUCCCUCCAUCUCACUUUAUUACCCAAUCCUUCACUUGCCAUCUUCCAUCUCACCUUGUCCAGCCUUUGUCUUUCCUUAUUUUUUUAUUUUUUAUUAUUUUUUUUAUUUAUUUUUUUGCAUGUGUAGUUACUUAACAUUUUUAAAAAAAAUGUAUUAAACAAAGCGAUUCAAUACAUAUUUGACAUGAAUGAAGUGAACCUUUUUUUAAAUAUCCUUCGGUAUAUUUUAAAUCUUCUUACACAAGACCUUGGAAACCCCAUGUAAAUCAUUCCAUUCCCGUCCCCGUGAGUCCUCACCUGUAAGAUGCAUACGCUAUAAAUCGUUCUGAUAAUGAGUGUCACAGCUGUAUUUAUUCUGAUUUAGCUAUUCUCGUAUUUGUAUUUUAUUUUAAUAGGGUAUCCAGUUUCUCUUAGAGAAUGAUUUACUCCAGAACACUGCGGAGGAUAUUGCACAGUUCCUGUAUAAAGGAGAAGGGCUGAAUAAAACGGUUAUUGGAGAUUACCUGGGGGAAAGGUAAUUUACAUUUUUGGAAUCUGCAUAUAAGGGUCUUCGCCUUGAAGUGCACUGGGCAUGAGUAAAGUUCCUUCUUCAGCAUUGGUUAGUAAACCAUGUCUGAGAAAGCAUGUCUUGAAGAAAACCUAUAAGGAUCAAUCUGUUGUAGAUUACUGGAAGCCUCAAAGACCAACUUCCUAAUGGGUUUAUACAUGGCUUCCAAGAACUGUCACGUUUCUAGUUUUGAUGGUUUAGAGCAGCGGCGACCAAAAGGUUAAUUAAUCCCCAGAUAUUGUUGAAUUUCUGUUCCCAUAGUGCUUUGCCAUAUUAAAGGCUGGUUAAUCUUUAUGGUAAUUGUAGAUCUACAAGAGCCACGAGUUACAGUAAAUGUCUGCCACUACAGUGCAUUGAACUGUAUUAUAAGAUUUUAAUUUAUUUUUUAAAAUUAUUUUCUAAUUCUUUAUUCACCACUAUUGUUUUGCUGCAUGUUAACACCAACAGGGUGAUUUACUAAAGUGUGAGUUGUUAGCAGUUCAAAUAGAAGGUGUGGUGGGUACGUGGUCUGCGACCCAUAGAGUUCUCGAUCAAUGUCUGGUUGCCCGGGGGUGGGGGUUUCUGGAGUAUCAAUGAAACAGUGCUGGGGGGUUUCCUUUCUCUUUGUGUCUUUCAUACUUUUCCCAAUACUAGGUCUUGUGCAUUUGAUUUUUGGGUGCUGAUGUGGCCAUAUGGCAUUUAUCUAACUUAUGACUAUCUUGUAUAACCAAACUCAGGGACAUUUGUACAGCAUAGGAAGGAAUGCCCCCUCCACCACGGUUUCCAGAAAACCGAUCACUUAGACAAAUUCAUGGGCAGCGUGUGCUCUGUGUUAUGCAGUAGUCAAAUGCUGAAGGUGGUAAAUCAGAUGAUAAAUCCUGCAGCAUAUGAGUUAUUCAUACUACAGGGCAGAACAUUCUGGAGCUGUCAAUCAAAUUCUGUGUCCAAGAAAACGUGGUGGUGACCCUAAUCGUAGGGAUAGAUGUAUUGUCAUUUACAUAGGCUGUAAUCCCUCUUAGAUAGUUAACUUAGUGUGGUAGGGACCACCCACAGUAACGUGAGCUGAAAUAGGAUCCUAUAACCUUUGUUUUACAGUAUGUUUUAGUAAUGGGUGACCUGCUUCUGAGGGUGAUUUCAUUAUACUUCCAUUUAUUAUCAAUCCCCUCUUUAGGUACAGAAACAUGUCUGGAUAGUAAGAGCUAUAAAAUCCUCUGCACUGGCACAUCUUUACCUAGAGAGAGAAUCAAAUGCUGCUAUUUCUCUUCAAAGAGUCUAGAUUAAGCAGAAACAGAGAAAGUACCCCUUAUCUAGUUUUCAAUUUGACUAAUAUUUCACGACUAAUUAAGUCUAUAUAAGGAAUGCAACAUAUGAAUCCCAUUCGACUUCUAGCAUUAUCACUGCUAGCUGCAGUGCUUUUAUAUCCACCAUGAGAUGCAUGCAACCGAUCCCCCUUCCCCUUCUUUUUUCCAGAUGUUGCUGAACUACAACUCCCAUGAUUCUCAUCCUAUCUAGUUCAUUCAUCGAAUGGUGGGAGUUGUAGUUCAGCAACAUCUGGUGGGCCGGAGUCUGGGGAAGCCUGACAUAGAGGAAGCACUAUACGCUUAGCGUUAACAGAUUUAAAGGAACAUCAUGAUCAUUUUGUGUGGAUAGGGCCUAGAGACAAAAGUAAAGCCUUUCUAGCAAAUUAAUUCCAUUUGGUGUUGCCUGGCCUCUUGCAAUUGGAUUGGAAUUCCCACCCAGUUCACCACCCAUGGGUAAUUUUGAAAACCAGGCAUUAACCAGGUCUGUUUUUGUUGACACAUUGAGUUUAACACUUUAAGUGACAUAGUAAUCAGGCUGCUGUUCAACCCAUUGUCAAUGGGGGGUUAACAGCCACUUAGUAUAUCAAUACAAUAGGCGUCAUGAGAAUGGUCUGUGUUGGCGAGAGAUUCUAAUGAGCGACUGACCUCCAAGUCAGAGUUUACUAAAGUGUCACUCCAUACAAUCCAUAAAUGGUGACAUUUCAGUUUCCAACACCCACAAUAUUUUCCUCUCACCCAAGAUUUUGCUCUCUAUUGUUAUAGCGCAGUAGGAAUAUUAGGGGAAAAACACAUUCUCUUGUUUUGCAUCUUCUGUUCUGUACAGCAUCCCUCACAAGGUCAUUGGAUCUAUGAACUAGUCACAAGCUGGCAGCCUGGUGUAAAUGUCCCUCUAUUAUGGUUUAACCUUUUCGGAAUGACUAAGUCUUUUCUGAGAUGUGCACAUAGACCGAACACUGGUGAAAUGUUAAAAUCCAUUGUGUUCGCACACGUUAUGGACUAUGGAUUUUGGACCUCGCAAAAAGGAUUUGCAAGCUCUGUGUAAAAUGAUGCGUGGGUAGAGUGGAUUUAAAAGCAUCAAGCUUGCUGUUGCUUGUUUAGUAUUCUGCGUAUCUGUGUCAGCAGUGCUAAAGUAAAUUAAUCAUUGACUUUUUAAAUUUUUUGUUUAUAUUAUACAAGGCAUAUCUAUCAUAUUAUGUGUGCAUACUUUGCUAGUUCAGACCACUGAAUGUAAUGUGAUGUCCUCUAGAAACCUGUAAUACAGGGCUUGGCAUUGUAAGGAACCAGACUAUAUGUAUUAUAGAUCGAGCAGGAUUAACCAUUUUAUUCUCUUAGCCGGUGUACGGACCACCUAGGACCCUAGGGAUAGACUGGAGACAUGCAUUUUCUUAGGCCCUAUUCACCAUCUGGGUCAAACAUAUAACCAGCCCACCCCCCUUUGGGGUCUUAAUCCUUCUCUGUCUAUAAAUAUAUCAAUCCUACUGCCAAGUGUUGAUUACUAAUUUGUUGGAUACAAUUUUAAUUGGCUUUAUUUUUAAUAGCCUAUAAAGGGAUAUAGAGUCUCUGAUGUUACACAUUUGAGUAGUAUAUAGUCAUCACGGUCCUCACUUUGUCAAGCCCCGCUUUAAUAUCUUCCCUCGCCUCUGAUUUGGACAAUGCAUUUCAUAUCUCGUCUUCUGUGUGGCCUUAUCGGAGGGGAAAGAUUAGGUUAGAGAGAGCCAGAUGCAGAUGUGAUGCCCAAAUUAAGCAAACUUAAUCUGGACCAGUGUUACUGCAAUUAUUUAUAGCACCUUGAACAUGUCAUUUGUACUUUGUGCAGAGGACAGAAACCAUAUAUAGACAGCAAGGGCCAGCUCAGCUACUCUCAACACAUAAGCAAACCAAAGUUUGUGGCUGGUUCAGAGUCAUGGGGUUUGCAGAUGAACUGACAAGGGAAAUAAAGCAAAUGAUCUCUCUAUCAUUUCUCUAUAUGUUGUAGAUAUGCAGAAACUUGCACUAUUUUUAGUAUGGCAGGUUAUUUAUAACUGGGAUGUUGAUUUUGUUCUCUCUUUAUAUUUCCUUUUUUUUUUUUAAAGGGAUGACUUUAAUAUUCUCGUCCUUCAAGCAUUCGUUGAACUUCAUGAGUUUGCAGAUUUGAAUCUUGUCCAGGCAUUGAGGUUGGUACAUUUCAUUAAAGCACAAUAGAAUCCUCUGGCUUAGGAAACCUGGGGAUCUGCGCAGCGAGAUGGAUAUCUAAAAUAUUGCUUGGUCCAAGGUGGCUAUACCUAAUUUUAAUUCACUAUAAAUGUGCACAGUAGGAUGUUUCAAAUAAAUGAGUGUGGAUUUAAAGAGGAACAAUCCCUUCUAGAAUUUACAUCACUGAAAAUGUGUGUGUGUCUUUAAUUUCACAUGAUGCUCUGUUUUCUUUUAAAUUUAUAUUGAAGAUGUAGCAAAUGGCAUGACAGUCUAAUUCACUCCAGGAACAGCCAAGGCAUAAAUUGCAAAUAAGGAGGAGAAAUAGAGGUGGAGAAAUGGGGAGGGGGGGAGGGAAAUAGAUUUGGUGUAUGUUUUCUUCCUUUUAAUUUUUUUUUUUUUUUUUGUUUUGGUUUUUUUAACAAGGACACGUCUUUUUAUAUAUAUAUAUAUAUAUAUAUAUAUAUAUAUAUAAUUUUUUUUUUCAAGGGAGAGAUCUAGAGAAAGACCUAAAAAAAACAGCAAAAACUUAAGCGCAAAGAUACACACUGAUAGGAACAACCAUUAGGACAACAUUUUAACAUCAAGGCCUGAAAAAAUAUGCCAUAUUGUACUCGAAAUGUUCACUUUUUGCGACACAGACAAAAUGGGAUAACAUGUACACAUAGCAUGGGACAGAAUGGAGACACACAGACAGACAUUCAUAGCAUUCAUUGUAAGCUCGUUUGAGCAGGAUCUUCUUCACCUUUUGUCUGUUCUAUUCCGUAUGUAAAUUUAAAUCACUGUGGAGUGUGUUUGGAGUGUGUUUGUGCUGUAUAAAUGAAGAUGAUGGUGACAGUCAGACCGCUCCGCAUCAGUUAAAGACAGCCUUAAACCUUGGUAGAGGGGUUUUGUUUUUUUUUGUUUUUUUUUAAAUCAAACUUUUACAGAAUAAUAAUAUAAUAUCAGUCACAUUUUUCCAAUAUAACAAGCUUUUUGUGUUUUUACAAAUUUCUUUUAAUGAUAUUCAAAAUGAGACUUAUUUUUCCUUUCUCCUGUCCAUAUUUGUUAAUUCAGAAGAAAGCCAGAUAUGUUAUAUCUCUUGUUAACCACACUCUCUUCAAACCCCGUGUUGAGUGCAGUGACUCUGUCUUUGCAGGCAGUUCCUGUGGAGCUUUAGGCUGCCUGGUGAGGCUCAGAAGAUUGACCGCAUGAUGGAGGCUUUUGCGUCACGUUAUUGUCUUUGUAAUCCUGGUGUUUUUCAGUCUACAGGUUAGUGGACGAAUCACGUAGUACUGAUAUUUUAUUUAGAGUCAAUGGUGUAUAUUUCAUAUGAGAAUUAAGACAUCCUUUAUCAUAAUGAGGUGCUUACCACAAACUUGCCUCACUGUCUGUGUCAACAUGAAUGGCCUCUUAAAUGGAAGUUCCCAGUUCCAAUUUGUGGCGUGAUUGAAGAAGUAACCCCCUGACUAACGCUGUCAUGACUUACCAUAGUUUUGUCUGGGGGUGAAGUUGAUUUACAAGUGAAUGUUAAAUCUUUAAGGUUUUUAACCCCUUAAGGACACAUGACAUGUGUGACAUGUCAUGAUUCCCUUUUAUUCCAGAAGUUUGGUCCUUAAGGGAUUAAGCAAAGUAUAAAUCCACUUUCUCAAAUGACCACUUUAAAUAGAUUUUUAUUUUGUAUAUGAGCCAUAUCAUAGAUCCACCACAUUUGAAACCAUGCUAACUCAACAGUGUAUUUGGGGAAAGAAUAAAGGAAAUUAUGUAAAAUUAUAAACCGUAACCCCUUAAGGACCAAACUUCUGGAAUAAAAGGGAAUCAUGACAUGUCACACAGGGGUUAAAAAAAAUAAAAAUUAUACAAAACAGAAAAGGGGACCCAGGAAGAGAUUGAAUAAACAAAGUAUACACUUGUACUUGUUACACACAAGGCUUUACCUUUUCACCAGCAUUCAGUCGUGGUGAGGUGGACAUAAAUCAAUGGGGAACAACCUUGACAACAGUGGUUUAUAAACUACAUUUUCCAUGAUGUUUAACCAGCCUAAAUCCUGCCAGGGUGCUCUUGAAUUAUCAUGUAAAUGAUAACUGUGACUCUCUUUUUUUUCCAAGCAUUGUCACAGAAAUCUGGUGUACAUUCCCGAGUUGGGAAUUAUCUAGUUCCCAUACAACCAUGAUCAGCUGUGAAGUAAACGCUGGGUUUUGUGGCUAAAUCAGUAGAAUAGUGUUUCUCAACAUUGCAUUUCAGGGCCAAUAAUCCCAUUGACCGCGCUGCUUGAAACCUAACUGUAGCUGAUAAAAGUGCACAUUUAGAAAACUUCCAAUAUAUGUGUACUUUAACUGCACUAUCAAAUCUUCAUUUCAUAGCAGACUGCCAUUCACUUAAGCUCAUCUGUGUGCUUUCUGGUUUGUAACAUCAUUUGAACUGUUACCACGUUUGGGAGAAUUCAUGCACUUCUUUAUUUCGGUUGCACAUGUCAUUUUUGUAUUCUUGAACUUCUGCUACUUCUGUUUCCAGUUAUUUGUAAAGGGAAGAUCUUGUAAAUCCAUGUGUCUGUGCAGGAUCUGUGGGGCCCCAGCUCCGUACACUGCCUAGAGACAUUUAAAAGAUAUCUAGUAUUCUUUUUGUGUGUCAUCUGAAAUCGAAUAUUUUGGUCAAAUGUAAUUGUGAGAUUUAACCUUGUGUGAUAUGAUGAAACAAUUUCCGCAAAGAACACACAAAUAUGAUCGCCUUGUGUUCCUUCGGAGUUCAUUAAUAGUGUGGUAUUAUAAUUGAAACUAUUUAUUUGAGGAACAGAGUAAAAAAAAUAAAUCGAAUUCUAUUGGAAAUUGCUGUAGGUUCAGUUUAGAAAUUGUCAUAAGAUGUGACCAGCAUGUGUUUCUUUACUGACCUAAAACUGACCUUCCUUAAUUCCAGAUACCUGUUAUGUCCUGUCUUUUGCCAUCAUUAUGCUUAACACCAGUUUGCACAACCCUAAUGUGCGAGAUAAGCCGUCGGUAGAGCGCUUUAUAACCAUGAAUCGUGGCAUUAAUGAAGGAGGAGAUCUUCCAGAAGAAUUACUUCGGGUGAGUUACUCUUGUCAUCACAUCAUCUUGUUGGAUAUCCAAUUAAGCCAAAUGUUGACUCUUGCAGAUUUUCUAUCCCCAAAUCGUGCAUUCUCUGGGUGAUAUAAAACACUUUAUUUAUGUAAUGUACAUUAUUGAUAAGUCUGGUUUUGAUUUUGGGCGUAUGGUGAGGUUGAUUAGUUAUAAAUGUGUGUUGUACCUUAGCAUGGGUCGUCAGAAUGGUUCAGAUUAAGCUGAACAACUGUUUUAGUUUCCAAAGUAUUACCGUUCAUAAAUGUGCAUUUUAUAAUGACUCUGUAACGAGGACGCCCAAUAUUGCAUGUGCACUCAAGUCACGUGGCACGCCCAACUGUAACUUUUAAUGUUACAUUAACGGCAAUAGGAAAACUCUAGAGUUGGAUUUAUUACAUAACUCUGGUCCCCGAGCAGCUGCUGCUCAUUUACAAUCCUAUCCGUCUCAAAUUAAAUUAAACUUGCAGGUUGUAGACGGCAUACUCUGUUUCCUUUAUCGUCUGGUGUUAUUGAAAUAAUGUCAUUGGAAUGCAGCCGUAGGACUGGCUAAUGGCCUCUGAAAAUAAAUAUCCCUAGCUUUUCCUUCUUUAUACCCCAUGACAUGCCCAACUUUUUUAUUCUGCAGCAGGAUAUCAUUAGGCUGUAACGAGAGUUCCAUUCUUGUGAGGUUAGAUAUUUCAAAGCUGCAAAACCCUUCUAAAUUAAGCUUUCUUGAGGGAAUACCAUGUGUUUUUUAUUUUGCAUUGCAAUACCUUUUUUCCCCUCUCUUUCUUUGCUUUUUUAAAUUAUUAUUAAAAUUCUACUGCUUGCUGGUUCAAGUCUUGUAAUCAAGCAGGAACAUCUGGGGCAAGGAUAUUGCAAUCUCUGAAUGGUCAUGCAAUCGAAUACCUUGAUCGAAUGAAAUCUAACACAUCCUUAUCAUUAUUUGGGAUACAUUACCAGCUUUAUGUUGCAAGUUUAACUGUUGGAACAAAAUGAUAUCCAAGAGAAUGGGGAAGCCAUAAUGGCUUGCUCUGUGGCAUGGUACCCAUUUUGUGCCAUCUUAAACUAAUUUGGGAAAUUACACGUUUACAAAUUGUAAUGUGCAUAUCCGUCUGGUCCAAGACAGAACAGCAGUCAGCGUUCAGGCAAGAACACAUUACUGGAACAACUUUGGCUUCCAGUGGUUACAUAAUAAACAUAAUCUCUGACAUCUAUUGAAUGUUUUUUAGUUUGUGCUAUAAGAAAUGAUUUUUAUCAGAUUAAUUUAACAGGAACUGUCAUGUUUGAGAUAAAGUUAGACAAAGUUAUCAGUUGAGCUGCCAGAAUAGUAUUCUUAAUAGAAAAAAGUGUGUGUGUGUCUGUGUUAGUCCAUCAGUCCAGCACUCCACUUUGCUUGAACCCCAGUCUUUUUUUUUUUUUAAAUCUUUAAUCUAGUCAGGCCACUUUCUUUAGAAACCACUGUGAUGUGGCUAUUUUGCAUGGCAGGAUGUGUGAUGGAUCCAAACACCAGACUAAUCAAGCAUGUCUAAAAGUUCAUCUCAGAUUCUCUCACAAAAUACAUUACUGAAUUAAGGCCAUUGGCCAUCUUCAAGAAGAUUGAAGAUGGAGGGGGGGUGGGGGUUUAAAUGUGGGGCACGUGAUGCAUGACUUGCAUUAAUAGUCACCACUUUGGGCAUUUCCACACUUUGUAUCGUUACAGUCUGAACAAAUUCACAAUAAAAUAUAUUUUAAUGCCAACAUACCCAAUACUUUGAAGGUGCAGGAAACUUUUUGUGCGGACACAAAAGAAGUAACAUGAUUACUUGAAUAGUCUACUUGUGUGGAAUUAAAACAUAUAUGUUCUUGAAAAUGCCUAUUUCUGGAAAGACCCAGUGCUUGUUGUAGACCAGGGGUGCAGAUAAGGUAGAUCCCCAGGUUUUGUAGAACUACAAUCCUGUUGAUGCUUUGCAUGCAUUUACAAUGACAAAGCAUCAUGGUAGCUGUAGUUUUAAAACAUCUGGGGAUCUAUCUUUUGCAAUCCGAAUUAUGAAUCUAAAAACUUGUCCAGGAAGCUAUCAAAAAGCUCACCACAAUAUACACUACGUCCACUUUAAUGAAGCAUUAAUUUGCCAAAUAAUCCAGAUGACGGAUUUAUUUAACAUAAUUUACGGACAUUUUGUAGAAAUGGUACCAGUGAGUAUCGAUAACGGAGACUGCGAAACGUUACAGCAUUUAGGUAGAAAAAGAAAAUGUAGCAAGGUAAGGGAUCUAAAAGGAAUUUAUCUCUCCAGCAAGCAUGUGUAAAUAAGAAUAAAAGUGUACCCAAGUUUGGCAUAGAUACUUAGUGCACAUUAUAGAAGCUUUCAUUUUUUUUUUUUUUUAUUACAAGUAGGAAAGGAAAUGAAAAAGUAGAGAAAGGUAAACUUAGGGAAGUAUCCCAUGUUAGGAAAAAAUAAUCAAUAGAUUUACCAUGUUCAGUUGAAUAAGUAAUUGCAUAUACUAGGUACGUGACUAUAUGUUUAAGGUUUUCAGUAGACUCAUGAAUGUCCACUGAAAUCUAACUGGAUUGAGAUGCCAUCAGGCUAGACUUCUGAAACUACUCUCCUUUGGCAGUGUGCAGUUGGUGUGUUUGCAAUCCUGUAGUAAAAUUCUUCUGCAGGAUACAAAUGAUUAAUAAUUAUGUUCCAUUGGGUUUGACAAUGGCAGGAGGGAAACAUGACAUUUUUAAAGGAGUGUAGAAUAAUGAGGACCCAAAUAGUGUUGAAUCUGCAGCCUAUGAUUCUCUAACCUGACGAAAUGUUAGUGUUAAAGAGACCUCAUGCAAAUAUAGAGCAAUGGUAAGCUUCUACCAUGAGCCUAAUACCGGAGAAUUCCUUGUGUUGAUCUACUUGGGUCCGGUAGGUUUUUCCUUUAGCAUUAUUUUCUUCUACCUUGGUUCCUUUGUCAUGAAACGCUGAGAGCGCUGAGCCUUGACGUUCCAUCUGCUGGUGUUUUGCAGGUCCAGAUAUACUUGGCAAGCUUUUUUUUUUUUUUUUUGUAAUCAGAGACUAUCUUCAAUAUGUAAAAGCCCUGGGGAACGGUCUGGCUAUUGUUUCCAGCAAUUUGUUUUAAACUUGACAUAUGACAUCAGUGGGAGAUUCUAAAGACUGCAGUGCUAGAUAACUUGUAUGCCAGAAGGGGAAUGAUUCCCUUUUUUAUUUAAAUUUUUAUUUUCCUCUUCACAGAACUUAUAUGAAAGUAUUAAGAAUGAACCCUUUAAAAUUCCAGAGGAUGAUGGGAAUGACUUGACACACACAUUUUUCAACCCAGACCGAGAAGGCUGGCUCUUAAAAUUAGGUAAGUGAAAUUUUUUUUUUUUUCUUCUAUUUUUCCAUUUUUCGCUGUUGAAUGCUGCACAUGUCUUAAAUUGUCUUUCUUUUAAUGAUCAAAAAGUAGCACGUUCCGUUGUCCUGGCAUACAUUUUAGUUGAUCUGCAAGAAAUAAGGAUCUAAUUAAACCUCUAAAAUGGGCCGUGUUUAUUUCCUCUCUAUAAUGUUUUUAUGAACACUUGUGUCAUUUAUUAUAACAUCAAAAUGUUCACAUUGUUAAACAGCUUUGGAAGGAAUUUAUAGGUUUUCGUCUGCAUGCUACGGUUCAGGAGAAUCACUGUCCAAGGUUUAUAUAAGCUUAUUUUUUCUCCUUUUCUGCAAUAAUUAUUUGGGGAUCUAUUGUGUUUUUUUUUUUAAUUUUUUUUUAACUUUAUUGAAACUAGUCAUAACCGGAGGUAAAAUAAGUGCAAACGUUACAUCUCAAUAAUAUCUACUUUGACAUAUCAGUAGUGCCUGUUUAUUUUGCUUAUUUUGUUUUGCACAUAAUACAUUGACUUUGUACAGUAAUGAUGAUACAAUUAUAAUAUUAAACUGUAAAAAAAAAAUCUUAUUCCCCUGUGGAGGGGAUUCCAAGCUCCCUAGUGCACACUCCCCAAACGUAAUCAAAUUGAUUUGAUUGAUGACUGUUCUGGAAAAUUGAACUACAGUGAAUGUCAGGUUUUCAAACACUGGAGGGGGUAGCAUAUCCCACCCCCUCCCAAACUUAUUCUGGUGAAAUAAACACGUUUAUUUAGAAUAGAUUUUUCUGGUAGUUCUGCAUUUGUUUUUGUAGCUAUAACUAUUUCUUACAUUCAUAUAACGGAGUCCAUCAUGAGCAAAGAGCAGCUUAAUCAUAGAGAUGACCUGUCAGGUGCAGGCAGUUUCAAUACACUUUUAUUUUUUUUUUGCAUUUCCCAUGAUGUUCAGCUGUGUCCCAUACAGUAAAGCUGCACAACCUGCGUCAGAUGAAGUCCCAGGUAGCAAAUAGUUUAACAAAAAUCAUGAAUUAAUUCGUUAAUAGGAGCGGAAAUAAAUUUAUUUUUAUUAAUGCAAAGGAGGAUUAUUGUGGCCACAUUAUGCAUUGCAACCUUUCAGGUUCUCCUAUAUCAAGGGAGGCAUUGUGUACAGCUGUACUUUCAUGCCUGCCAACAUUUCAAAUGGACAAAGAGGGACACUAUAAUUUUAGGGUUGUGACUUUGGGUGGAGCUGUUUUAGGUGACUCACUUAUAACAAUUUAAAGGACCACUAUAGGCACCCAGACCACUUCAGCUUAAUGAGAUGGUCUGGGUGCCAGAUCCAUCUAGGAUUAACCCUUUUUUAAAUUUUUAUAAACAUAGCAGUUUCAGAGAAACUGCUAUGUUUAUAAUAUGGUUAAUCCAGCCUCUAGUGGCUGUCUCUUGACAGCCACUAGAGGCGCUUGCGUGCUUCUCACUGUGAAAAUCACAGUGAGAAGAUGCCAGCGUCCAUAGGAAAGCAUUGUAAAUGUUUUCCCAUGAACUGGCUGAAUGCGCGCGCGGCUCCUGCCGUCGCUAUGGAGGAGGCGAGCUCCCCGCCCGGCGCUGGAGAAAGGUAAGAUUUUAACCCCUUCCGCUCCCCAGAGCCCGGCGGGUGGGGGCACCCUCAGGGCACUAUAGUGCCAGGAAAACAAGUGUUUUUCUGGCACUGUAGUGGUCCUUUAAGGAACUAAAUUGUAAUUUAGAACAAGAACAAUGUAUCUUAUUUACACAGACUGAUUUCUAAACACAUUUAUUGUCGUUUAAAGACACAUGUGAGUAUUACUGCUGUGGAGCUCUGUUAUACACUCACACACCAACAACAUGGAGCACCUAGAAAGAGGGACAUUUGGAUAAAAAAGAGAAAUAAAGGCUACAAUAGGGACACUUGGGAGGUAUGUUCGUUUGCAGCAAUGAAUGGAAACGUUUCAGGGAGGGGAGGGAGAGACACAGUGGAACUGUUUUAGUGAAAUGUAGCCUACUGAUGGGUGCUUUGUCUUUUAAAAAUAACUAUCUGCUAAUUGUACCCCAAAUAUAAUGUCUAAAAAGAUUUAGCAUAACAUGCUAAUAUUUUAUGAAUGAUAAAAUUUAAUAAAUUUGAAUAGGAAUGGAAGAAAGAAGCAAUACAUAUCACACAUUGAUAAUCAUUUUUACAUUUCCACCCUUUUUUGUUUUGUUUGGUAAAUACAUUGCAAUAUCUGUGCUCCGCAAUCAUUUUCUUUUAGCCCAACCUUACAAGCCGUGAUAAACACUGCACUAAAACAUUCAGUCAUUUAUAAAAUUUGCAGUUGCCUAGAAUUCAUUUAACAAUGCUGAUCCUGGUAUAUUUGCUAUUUGCCUUCACCCAUCACUCUCAUAUUCAUGAACAAAUAUACCAUUUAAGGAGACGUUAGCCCUUUUCUUUUUAUAUGGUUUUAUUCUGCUUUUAAACAGCCGAAAGGGUUACUCCAUUGCACACAUCAUAACCACUACAGCCUGGACCAAUCUCCUGGUAAUGGGGCAAAAUGUUUUGCAAAGAUUUACCCUCUUACCUGGUCCCCGCAGGGCAGGGCCUUCUCUGUUGAUGAACGCAGGGUAUAUGCACAGAAUCCUCAUUAGCUAGCCCUAAACUUUUGUUCUGCGCCAGCUAAUGAUGCCCUAAUUAUGCUGCUGGAGGUGGAGUUACAACUCUGACAGAGGUUAAACUCUUACUGAAACUCUGAACAUACAGACUCCAGGAACCAUGACCACUACAAAUCACAGAUGUGGUCAUGGGGCUUAAAAUAACACUUUAAACUACAUGUCAAAUCAGAAAAACAUAAGUUGAAAAAAACAUAUCCCUAGUUAUUUAAGAAACCACAUCCUAAAUAUUUAAAACAAAAAGGAAGACCACAAGAGUCCUAAAUAGGAGAGUAAUGUAAAGAGGGGAAUAGGGGUCCCUACCUUUUAAUAAUUCUAAAGAUACACACAACAGGACAGGUGGGAAGAGGUAUAGCAAAAGAGUCCUCCAGACUAGACACAGGGAACAGUUACUAAAAAACUGCCUGCUAAAUGUCUAGGAUCCUAAGAAGCACGCCCUCUAAAUCUUCCCAAAACAGGGACCCUAAUUGAAGAAAGGGGUAACUGAAGAAAUAGGGGAAGGGAGCAAUGAAAAGGGAGAUGCCCCAAGGAGUAAAUCUUAUACAAAAAGCCCCUAUAGAAGUCCACUUGCCCUAGUUACCUCGGCACUGUGAUAAAUCUGUGAUAGAGCUUCUUUUUAUUUUAUUUUUUUAUUUUAUUUUAUUUUAUCUUUUUAUUUUUAUUUUUUUUAUUUUCUUUGUUUUGCACUUUUUUGGUAGCACUGAUGGAUUGAUUUAAUUUAUUUUAUCAGUUAUUACUUACCUUUGACAGGCAGGGACUGAGUCUUUUUGGUAGGCACUGGUGAUUUAUCACAGUGCCGAGGUAACUAGGGCAAGUGUGGACUUCUAUAGGGGCUUUUUGUAUAAGAUUUACUCCUUGGGGCAUCUCCCUUUUCAUUGCUCCCUUCCCCUAUUUCUUUAGUUACCCCUUUCUUCAAUUAGGGUCCCUGUUUUGGGAAGAUUUAGAGGGCGUGCUUCUUAGGAUCCUAGACAUUUAGCAGGCAGUUUUUUAGUAACUGUUCCCUGUGUCUAGUCUGGAGGACUCUCUUUUGCUGUACCUCUUCCCACCUGUCCUGUUGUGUGUAUCUUUAGAAUUAUUAAAAGGUAGGGACCCCUAUUCCCCUCUUUACAUUACUCUCCUAUUUAGGACUCUUGUGGUCCUCCUUUUUGUUUUAAGUCUUCUUAUUGAGGGUUAUUCCCUUUCUUGGGAGAGUAAUUUCAGGACUCUAUAGCACUCAUUCAUCGGUCGUAGUCACGACCCCUGAAUCAGAGCUACUACUCCUUAUUUCACAUCCUAAAUAUGCAUUUGGAAAAAAGAGAAAAUCCACAUAACAAUGGGCGCCUUAACUGAAUUGUUAUGCCAUGUCCCAAUUUGUAAUAUAAAUAAAAAAAACUGAACAUCACUUGAAAAGGGUUAAGACGUGUUGGACACUUUUUUUUCAAUGUUUAGUCAAUGUUGCAAUUUCAGGAAAAGGGAUUGUUUCCUUUACAAGGACUCUUGGCGCAAAAAUACAUGCACGAUCACAAUAUGAGCUGAUGGAAUUAGAGUAGCAGUGACCUAUGCUAUUAGGUGAUAUAUUUUAAACUACGGAGCUUUGAAAACUGGUUUUACAUGCAAAACAUCUCUCACAAUUUAAAGGGACUGUACUGUUAUAACCUACAAAUUGUAAAUCUCUUCAAGUAGUGAAUGAAUGUGUGUUCUCUGUAUAAAGAUCAUGAAUCUUGCUUCAAGAAAAACGGUCAAAUUCUGCAGUGUUUACUUCCUGGUGGCUGCCAUUUUAGUUAUUGUCGAUCAGCAGCAGAGCUUACCUGACUGGAGAUCUUGUUGCUUUCCCCAGCAAUAUGUCUGUGUUAUGAUGGUAGUUGUUACUGGGCAUAUCAUUUAUAGUACAUGCUGCAAGCAAAGUGAUAUUUAACUGGGUAGGUGCUGCUACUGAUCAAGGAUCCCUUAAUGGCACAAUCCUAGCACCAUAACAGUCGCAGGGUUUCUGGGAGUGCCCUGACCUCUUCCCAAGGAAAGUAGUGAAACUUCUAACUCCACGAGUUGAGGUGACUGGCACCCAACUGAUUCCCAGGUAUGUUGCUGUUCUCAACCAGUUCAGUUACCUUUUUUGAGAGGGCGCUAGGACACUUUUUUAGCGUCACUGACGCAGGCUGUAGUCACUGACGCAGGCUGUAGUGGUUAUGGUGCUUUGAUACUUCCUGUAAAUGGCAGCAUUAAGGGAGAGAACUCUGGGACAAAGUUUUCCUCUAACUGUAUUUUCAUAUCAUCACAUCAGAUAUUUGUUUAGCUAUAGGAAACUAAUAUUCAGAAUUCUGACACUGUUGUAAAUUUAGAAACUUGACAACCCUUUUCAUGCACCUCAUUCUCAAAUUUGUUGACCUGUACCUAAUGAGUUUCAAGUCAUUAAAUACCGAUCGUUCACUGGGAAUUUGUGCCAGGAGGUUAAAGGGACUUUUCUCAGCACCAUAAUAAUUUUGCAUCAACCUUCUUUUUUUUUUUUUCAUGAAACCUAUGCUGCAUUUAACAUAAUAUGAAAGUUUCAUUUAUCUUUUGUCCCUACAAAGCUUAACCCCUUAAGGACUGGACUGUUUUUGCGAUGUUGUACAUUUGCGACCAGGCAUAUUUUUACACUUUUGUGGUGUUUGUGUUUGGCUGUAAUUUUCCGCUUUCUCAUUUACUGUUCCCAUACAAAUUAUAUAUUGUUUUUUUCAGGACAAAAGGGGCUUUCUUUACAUACCAUUAUUUAUAUAAUCUCAUGUAUUUUAAUUUAAAAAAAAUAAAAAAAUAUGAUGAAAAAUUGAAAAAAAUACAUGUUUUUUGACUUUUACUUGAAAAAUCUUUUACUCAUCUACAAAAGCGAAUGAAAAAAACUGCUAAAUAGAUUCAAAAUUUUGUCCUGAGUUUAAAAAUACCUAGUGUUUACGUGCUUUUUUGCUUUUUUUUGCAUGUUAUAGGGCUAUAGGUACAAGUAGGAUAUUGCGGUUUCAAAACAUACAUUUUAAAAUUUAUCAAUAGUGACAUUGUAACACUAUUAUCUGUCAUAAAUCUCUGAAUAACACCCCACAUGUACAUAUUUUUUUUAAAGUAGACAACCCAGGGUAUUCAAUAUGGGGUAUGUCCAGUCUUUUUUAGUAGCCACUUAGUCGAAAACACUGGCCAAAGUAAGCAUUCAUAUUUGUUUGUGUGUGAAAAAAGUAAAAAAACUAAAUUGAACGCUAAUUUUGGCCAGUGUUUGUGACCAAGUGGUUACUAAAAAAGACUGGACAUACCCCAUUUGCAAUACCUUGGGUUGUCUUCUUUUGCAAAUGGUAUGCCAUCAUGGGGGUAAUUCUCAUUCCUGGGCUACCAUACGCUCUCAAAGGCAACGUAACCAACCUGGCCAUUUUCAAUGUAAAAAUAUUUGACCCAUAUAUUUGACCUUGUAACUUUCAAAAAUGCUAUAAAACCUGUACAUGGGGGGUACUGUUUUACUCGGGAGACAUCGCUGAACACAAAUAUUAGUGUUUAAAAACUGGAAAAGUAUCACAACAAUUAUAUCAUCAGUAAAAGUGCUGUUUGUGUGUGAAAAAUGCAAAAAAAGUAACUUUCACUGACAAUAUCAUCACUGUGAUAUGUUUUACUGUUUUGAAUCACUAAUAUUUGUGUUCAGCGAAGUCUCCCGAGUAAAACAGUACCCCCCAUGUACAGGUUUUAGGGUGUCGUAGAACGUUACAGGGUAAAAUACAGUGCUAGCAAAUUAAAUUCUCUGGAAUUUCGGCCUGGGUUGGCAGGCAGGUCCCUCAAAUUGCAAUCAAUAAAAUUACUGAAUUAUGUAAAAAUAUUACAUAAAUACGCACGUAGAAUUUAAAUAUAUAUGCAUAUUUAUAUAUUUGAAGUCUACGUGUAUAUUUAUAUAAUUAUUUAUGUAAUUUUGUAUAUGGACGUAUGUAUAUUUCUUAUUAUUUUUAUUUAUUUUUAUAUACAUAGAUAUAUAUACAAAUUCAUUCUAAGUGUAUUUUGAUAUAAAUAUAUAUAUAUUAAUUUUAAAAUACAGUUAGAAUAAAAUUUCAUAUAGCUAUAUAAUUUUUUUUAAAUUUUUUAUUAUUAUUUAAAUUUUUUUAUUUAAUUUAAAUUACUUAUUAUUUAUAUUUUAUAAUAAUAUAUAUAUACAAUAUAUAUAGUUAUUAUAUAUAUUAUAUAUAUACGUGUGUAAUUUAAUUAUAAGUGUAUUUUUAUAUUAAUAUAAGUACAUAUUAAUAUAAAAAUACACUUAGUAUGACAUUAUAUAUAUAUGAUAUAUAGACAUAUAUUAUAUAGAUAUAAUAUAUGUCUAUAUAUCAUAUAUACACAUAUAUAAUUAUUUAUUUAUUUUUUAUUAACAUUAACUUUAUUUUUUUAAUUGAUUUUACACUAGCAGGGAGACUGCCUGUCAGCACAGACAGUCCCCCUGCAGGCAGACACAUGGACACCUAUUGUGACCAUGUGAUCGCUGUGUUAAGCGAUCACAUGGCCACAGGGGUCCUAAUCUGCCGUGGGGAGACUGUCUGGGCUGCAGGCAGUCUCCCCACAACCGGAGCCACGCUGAUCGCCGCCGGGGGAACGACGGCGAUCAGGUAAGUAGCUCUGACCGUUAGGACGGUUCAGGACCGUCAUCGGUCCUCAAGGCAAAAAUGCCGAUGACGGUCCUGAACCGUCCUCGGUCCUUAAGGGGUUAAAGGACCACUAUAGUGCCAGUCAAACAUACUUGUUUUUCUGGGUCUCUAGGUCCACCCCACCCUCAGGGCCCCCCUCCCGCCGGGCUCUAGGGGGUGGAACGGGUUAAAUUUACCUUUUUCCAGUGCCGGUCGAGGGACUCUCCUCCUCCUUCUCGUCAUCAUUGGCUGAAUGCGUAUGCGCGGCACAAGCCGCGUGCGCAUUCAGCCAGUCCAUAGGAAAGCAUUCUCAAUGCUUUCCCAUGGACGCUGGCGUCUUCUCACUGUGAAAAUCACAGUGAGCAGCGCGGAAGUGCCUCUAGCGGCUGUCAGUGAGACAGCCACUAGAGGCUGGAUUAACCCAUAGGUAAACAUAGCAAUUUUUCUGAAACUGCUAUGUUUAUAGAAGAAAGGGUUAAUCCUAGCUGGACCUGGCACCCAGACCACUUCAUUAAGCUGAAGUGGUCUGGGUGCCUAUAGUGGUCCUUUAAUUUAAUUUAAUGCCAGUGUUGAGUAGUGCGCACUGGGCUCGCUGUUAAAAUUUGUGAGUAAUUUCACUUUGUCAUUAUCUGCCCAAUUUGUGUAGCAGCAGAGGGGGCAGACUUGGUGCUGGAAGAGCUCAGAGCCCCAUUGACUUAAAAUUUAGAGUUGCUUGUAAAAUGCUCUGAGAUUUUUAAUGUUUUUCUUUUUCUUUUCUUCAGUUAUGUGUUGGUGACUUUCCUCUGUCUUACCCCAAUAAACACUUUUUACAUAUGGGGGUGCAAUAUGCAGCAGAGGAGUUGUAAACCGUUUUUAUUAUAUUAUGUGUGCAUCUUUUCAAAUUGCUUUGCUUGCAAACUUUAAUAAUUUUCAGUUAUGGUCCACACAGAGAAUCCUGGGACAUUUAGGGUUUGGUAUUGGUCCCAGGCUGUGCCAAAACCGCUAUACAUCUUGUGCAUCUUCUAAAUGAAAUGCUUGAUUGGAGAAAAAAAAAGAAAAAAUUGUGUUUUUUUUUUUAAAAGUUGCUUUUCUUUUCCUGAUGUGACCAUUCCUCUUUCUAAUAUUGUUGUUUCAGAGUAUAUUUUUGGAAUAAAUAUGACCUAAUGUGAGUGUGAUCACUGUUCUCACAUUGUGAACUCUGUAAGAACAAACCACAAAAGACUUGCUGAAAGCUAGAACAGGGAGAGCAGAAAUACACAAAAAGACUGAUUUUAUAAUGUCAUGUGAGCGCAUCUGCCCCCCCUUGCAGUACCCACGUACACCAUACCACAUUCUCAUUGUGUGCUCUGCCUGUGCCACUAACCACAUUUAACCUUUAUUAUUCUAUUUGAUUGUUCCAAAAUUGGAUGAGUAAUAUUUCCACUUGAGAUGUUCUAUCACGCUACUGGUCUAUUCUUGCAGUGGAUGAUGGGAAGGAUGUUGUAUGUAGAGGAAAUUAGCCUCUUACUCCUUCAGGCAGUAUAAUAAUUGUACUGUUUGUACUCCAUCAGUGUGUGUUAUAACCAGCUGAUGGACAGAUGGUAUUUUAUUAGGGUAAACCCUAGUUAGAACCAUCCCAUACACUAGAACUGAUGGUUAAAUAUAUAAAACACGUUAUUGCUACCAAGUUAAAUGGUUAUUCCAAAUGAAUAAACAGUGUUUGAAUAAAACUAUUCGAUUAGAGUAACCCUGCUGGCACACCCUCCCCACCUUUACCAAAAAAAAAGUAACAUAAUAAAGAAAUAAUACUGAAUCAAUUAAAGCUUGUUUAACACGUUUGCAUUACCUGUCAUUACUCAUUACCGUAACGAGCAUUCAUUUGCCGUCUGCUUGUAUUUAAUUUUACAUUUUUCAUAACGGUCACAUAAAUGAAGAGAAUAGUGAGGUACCAUUGCGUAGUUUUGGAUUUUACAAAACUCUGCAUGUAAACUGAAAUUUUAUUAUUUACUCCUCCUAUUGUAAGAUCACUUUUUGCUUAUAUCAAAUCUGGUAUAAAUAAACUACAUUUUUGCGGUGGAAACAGUCAGCUGACAAGCGGUAACCUUGGAAAUAACUCAAAGUAACCCAGUUUGUUUGAAGAAAAAAAAAAACAACCCAAAAACAAAACUUAAUUCAACAAACCUAACACUGAACGGAUGACCUAAGUAUCUAAAAUCUAUGAUCAUAUUUGUUUUACACAACUUUUAGUGGUGUAGAGUUCUCGCACCGUUCCUAACGAUAUAUAUUUAGGUCAGUCACUGUUUCUAACAUGUAUGUAGGGUCAAACAUGUUACAAAGCUUGAUACAGUUCUGUGUGUCAGACAGUAAGAUGGCUGGUGUGUAGGAAUAUCUAGGAGUUAAUGGGGAAAGUAUCGAAAAUUGAGCAAGGGCUAUCAUCUGAGUGUCUAACUGCCCUGCAUUUAUCUCAGGCAUGUAGAAAGUUGAAACCAAAAGGAAAAACAAAUUGCCUGCGCUCUUCCCAAAUCCCUAGGCACAUUUAACACAUUUAAACUAAUGGAGGUUAUUUAGUUUGUCCAAUGGCCAUGAGAGAGUUUAGCCCACCUGCCACGUCAAGGCAAACCUCUCAUGUAGAAAGUUGACUUUGCCAAAUAUAGGGCAAGCAACUAUUGAGAAGUAAAUUGAUCCUCUUUUAAAAAUAAGAACCGUUUAACUUUGCAGUUAGGUGGGUUUUUUUGUUUUGUUUGUUUUUUAAAGAAGAUUUGUUUAAUAAACUUUUAAUUGGGUUUAUUUCAUAAACUGAAUUGCAAAAUUGGUAUAAAUUAGCCAAGCUGUGAUUGCAGUUUUCCUGGAGAAUUUUGUCAUAUCUGUUCAGCCUACAUUUUACAAAUUGAAGAAUAUAUUCACUAAAGAGUGAUUUGCAGGGUAUGAAAAACUAGUCUUGGUGUCCCGAUAAACCGUUUCACUACUUCAUUUAACAGUAUGGAUCUUAUCUAAACUUGGUUCACAAGAUGCUUUUGGUUGAAUAAAAAUGGCUGCCAGAUGUGUGACUGUGUGGAACACGCAAGAAUAUUCUACAUUCUCAUUUUACCCGAUUUCUCUCUUUAAAAAAAAUUAAAAAUACAACGCUGUGUUUUACUAUUAUCUUAUAGCGGUUUCAUUUAUAAAAUAUGGUUUUCUGCUUAAGAAAUAAUGCUUUAAUCUACAGUGAUUUUCUAUUUUUUUUGUUUGGUAUGUCUUUAAUUUUUCCAUAUUAUCUGUGAGUUUGUAUUGGUUUGGCUAUGAGUUUAUUUUAUUUUUUUAUUAUUAUUUUAAAAAGUGGUUUAAAUGUGCCCUUCUUGUUUUCCUUAUGGCCUAUGACCUUUCACCUUUCUGUUCUGUGACUGGCUGUCUCUGCUUAUUCUGCAUUAGGAGGUACGUACACAAAUGCUUCCAGCCAUGCACUUUUUUUUUCCUUUUUAGUUAUAUUUUUGUCAUUCGCAUUUUUUUUUUGCCAUAGUAUAUAUAUAUUUUUUUUUUUUUGCAAAUUAUAUAUAUUUUACAAAAAUCAUGGAUUUGAGCUUUUUUUCCCAUAAUCUCCAUUUUGCAUUUAUUUAGAUUUUUAUUCAUUUUUUUUUUUGGUUGAAAAAUCAUUUUGAUUCUUCUGCCAAAUACUGAUUCUCUAAUGCGCUGUUAACAAAUAGUUAACAACCGUAGCUCUUUACCAGUCCCCAUUUAUAAUAGUGCAUUGGAAAUGACGUCCUUUCUAAUGCCAAAUGGCUGUGUAUGACCACUUAACAUACUGAGUCAGCUAAAUUAGUCCAGUGUUUCAAAAACUCCCAGUGUAUCUGAAAAUAAAUACUCUGAAUUCCCCAUGGGAGGGAAAGAGCCAAAUUAUGUGAUGGAGAGUGUAUUCAACGCACUAUUUAAAAGUCUGGUAAAUACAUUACAAAACGGAUCUUGCUUUCUAACCUAUGCUUUCAUGAUGCAAGCUAACAUAUAACCCAAUCAUUUAACGUAGUCCAUGCAAUAUGAUCAUUACUUAUUAAUAUGAAGACAUUUAUGCUGAUGCCCACGAUUUAGUGUGUCUAAAUGUCCAUGCAAUUAAUGUAUGGUUUUAUGUAUGUGAUUUUAGCUUAGAAACAGAAAAUUAUUAGUGGUCACUAGGAGUAAGAGGGCCAUGGUUAAGAACCAAAGAUGUAUUUUUCAGACCCGAGGUAUACAUUUCUACAUAAUGGGAGGGAGGUUGUUGUUGUUUUUUUGUUUGUUUUUGUUUGUUUUUUUAAAUACUCAAAAUAUCACAAAACUGUAACAAGUUGGGUACCAGUAGAGCUGGGUGACUUUUUCUUAGAAUUUGUAAAAGACGAAUAUUAAUGCAAAGCUCAAAUAACCUUAUGUCUAAAUUGCAUUAGAUACAAAAUGAACUAAACUAUUCUUUCUUUGUAUUUUACGUGUUUGGAACAUACAAAGGAAUCCCACAUAGACUGAUAGCAUUGCAGUAAAACAGGAGAUCAUGCUAGCAAAGGAGCCUAAUUUCAAGGUCAAAAUCUUUUGAGGGCCAAAGGCAAAUUCAAUAUAUUCUAACUAUUCUACUCUUGGAUAAAUUCAACCUGUUUCUAGGAAAACACUGUUAAAUGGUGAUCUUUGGGUUCCUAGAACACGAGCGAGAAAAUCUGCAUCUGCUGUGCCUGACUUGUUUUGGACCUUGUAAUGGAUAUUGACCAUCAGUAACUUUUUGAUUUGUAAUAAGAGUAAACAUUCACCCACCUUGAUAACAGUAUGCAUUGGAGCCAUUCAACAUUAUUAGAUUUGUAUCAAUAUAUUAUCUGUUCUCCCAGUAUGGGCUCUUGACAAGAUAAAUGCUUACUGUUUAGUACCAGACAGGGUGAUCAUCCCUGGAUCUAAUGGGAUUUUGACACUCGAGUUUCGGGAGCUUAUAGAGAAUGAUGUAAUAGAUUCAGUGAAUGCCAGUUUUGUGGGUGAAAAUACUUUAUUUUAAGGAUUCCAGAUGAGAAUGGUCAGACUUGUUCAAGCUCACAGACCAUGGAUUAUGGAUAAAACCAUUCCAACAACCAUGCUCCGAAAGGUACCUGAAGGUGCAGUGGGCAUGUUCUUAACAAAACUGGAAGAUUGGAAAAUUGGUAGUGACUUCGAUUAACUCCAGUGAUUCACAGACCCCAGAUCUCCGUUCUGUAUACAACUAAGAAUGGGAUCUUCAUGGCACAAAUGCAUGGCCAGUAUAUCUGCAGGAACUAUUAUGCUAUUUAGGCAGCAUGUGGACUACACAUCCUAAUAUUUUUUUCCAUACAUGAAGCGACCGUACUGAUCAUUGGGUAGCUUCCCAUCCUCCAGAGUUGGAAUAGAUAGGAUAAAAUCAAACCGAUGAACUCCAACCUUGCUCAGCCUAUUCACUUGCUAUAGGUGCGUUUGGACAUGGGUGUCCACACCAACUGUUCUGUUUCCACUGCCACUGCUUCCUGGUUAGCUAAAUCAGUUUAAUUGCCUACUAGGUGUUCCCCGAUUUAAUCCAGGACUUACUGCUUAGCUGCUACAUAACUGCUCCUCACCUCUGGCCGACGGGUAUUGGUUGCAAAUUUAUGAAUUGGCGACUAGGCAAAUACCAUUGUAGUGCCUUGUAGUGCACUCUGCAUGGGCACAUAGUCCACGAGUUGACCUGCACUGUGAGACUGAUUAUAAUUUAAGAGCAAGGAGGACUGUUACAAUGUUAUAAGAAAAUAAUUCUACUCCUUCCUGAUUACUGCACCAGUUCUAAAAGAUUUAACAGGAGCUGGUGUUUAGGUAGAAAUUGGGUAUAUGAGUGAAAUACUAUAUUGGAAGAAAAAUGUACUGCAGUGUAUGUAGAUAUUUUUUUGCUUCGAUGUUCUGAAUCAUGAAUUUCUGUUAAUUUGUAACCUCCAAAAUCCUUGCUUUAGUCCGUUGGCUACAAAGAAAACUCCUGAAGUUCUUGAAGCAUCAUGUGUAGGACAAAUGAUUCAGGAGCUGACACGUGCUUGCUUUCUUUUUAUAAUUUAAAUUAAUUACUCAGCAGCAGAGCAGAGAGUACUUCCUGAACAUUUCGAACCGUUAUAGACCUUUGGAGACUCUGCUCCCCACAGGUUAAGGAUUAUGAUUCCACAGGGACCAUAAGCACCCCCAACCCUUUUUUAGUCUUUAUAUAGGGAUGGUGAUUGGAGGCCAUAUUUGCCCAAGUAUCUUCAUGGUGCCUUACAAUUAAUCCAGUUGUGCUUUCCAAAAGUGGUUAUUCUAUAAGAAUUUGUUAUGGUUCUUCUUUUCAAAAGGUCGAGUAUUUGGUAAUGAACUAACUGUGGCUAAUUGUGCAUUGGCAAGUUAUUAUUUAAGAAAAAAUUUGGCCCACGUAACUAAAUGGUGUCUUCUAAACCCAUAUUGCAGAUAGUUCUUCUUUUAAUCCAUAUUUACUGAUUUUAGUAGUACUGACUUCUAGUAGUAGGAAUGCUUUGGGGUACCUGCAGUGUCUCUGGCUUGGAUUUCUAGAAUACAAUCUGAUACACUACGUUUUCUGGAAUACAAAGCUGAUUUGCUUAGAGGAAAACUCACUCUCUUAAACUGUGCUCUUUUCUGCUCAUAAACCCCAAAUCUUGCAUAAAUGUGUUUCUUUCAAUAUUUUAUUCUGAAAAUAGACUUUUAUUAAAAAUAAAAAAUAAAAUGUUACUUCUGUGAAUUUGGAUUUUCAGCCGUUUGAGCAUGACCGCAUCAAAAAAACUGAACUGGACUACAUCAUGCUUAUGUUUUCAUAUUGGGAGUUUUACAGGUGGUAAAAAGACUGGGUCGUGCAGUAGGGGACAUAGGGAGAAUGAUGGCGACUGGGUGAGCUCUUCCAAACAGGGACUGUGUUGAUCUGGCAACAUAUUUGGGUGAUUUAUAAAUAGAACAUUUGUGUGGCACUGCUGUGAAAUUGGUGCAGUCACCAUGAAAACCAAUGGCACGUUCCUCUUUUUAUAAAAUUGGUUGAUCUCAAUGUUCUGUUUUCGCAUAAGAAGUGUACGUAGUAUGAUUAUACUACUGAUGGCUAAUAGUUGGCACUGCAGCUGUUGUUGACUGGAUGCUUAGAAUCUUGGGAAACAUAGUCCACAGCCGCUGCAUUAUCAAAAAAAUAAUGAAAAUCACUUGAUCUAAAGAAAUCAACAGUCCUUUCUGUUCAUUGUUGGUUUUGUUUUUUUGACAAUCCACUUUGUAUUUUUAAAACAAACAAACAAAACCAUUAGAUCUGUUACUGUUUUAAAUUACCACCCCCUUUUUUUUAUUUUUUUUUAUUUAAGCCCUGAGGACAGUGAAUGUAAAUAAAGCAAUUACUGCUAUCUACCAUCUCAUGAUUUCUCUAUUAAAACCACUGAAACCAGUGCAUUUCACAGAGAAGCCGUGAAUGCACCCAGAUUACUGUCCAUGCUGACACUGGGCAUAAAAUGGAAUCCGUAAUUGAAUCUUUUUAGUCCGAAGCCCUUUAUGAAUGACAGCCAGUACUAGAUGUGAAAACGGCAAAAUGUAAACGGUGCAAUUUCUCAGUAACGUUGUUUAAUCACCAAAGUGAUUUGGGUGCUUAGACUGCCCCAUUAAUACAAUAUUUAGAAUGGAUCCAAAUCUCCAGGCACAGCUAUAAGGAUUUGGUUAAAAAGACUGCACUGUAACAAAGUGGUGUUCAAUCUCUUCUACCUUCUCAGCAUUUAUAGUAUUUAAAAAUUAUAUAUUUUUUUUCCCCCUGUUUUGUAGCUAGGAAAUAGUUAAGUCUGACCUUCCAUAAAAACAAAUCCAAGCGGAAACAUCUGUCAGCAGAGUCCCUAAUGGAUAAAAGAUUAUACUGCUCCAGAGCCCACCUCUUUCACUGUUCUGCCAGGUCUGUCUAGCACAAACAAGGCUUAAGGAGACUGUUUUAACCAUUAGCUUUAUAUACGUCGCUUUGACAGAAUCCACAACUUUUAAAUAUGUGACGUUUCAAAGAAAAAGGACACAUUUACACUGUUUCUCUAUUUUGUAUUGUUUAUUUAAAAGAUAAAAAAAAAAAAAAAAAGUUUAUCCAGAAAAUCUGUUGUGGACAAGGCACUCACCUGGCAAUAUAUACAAAUUGUAUGUUACCAUAUUAUUAUUUUUUUUUAAUUCUUUAUUUUUGGUUAGUAGGUGAGUUACAAUGUACUUUUUUAGAAGCAAAUAUGCAUUGCGUAUAGCAGAAAGGGCAGAAAAGUAAGUACAAACAUUGUCAGUUUCACAUUGAUAUGCCACCUUGUCCCUGUGAAAAAUUACUUGCGUACUGACGACUUCAUAUUAUCUCAAUUUGUAUACUUCUUCACCUUCAACAAUUAACAUUUAACAAUUAACAAUCCACUGUUUCCAGGAGAAUUAUUGUGGAUGCAUACGGUGUCUAGUGGUCUACUUCCGUUUGGUAGACUUGUACCUUUUCAUGGUGGCUUACUCCCCCUGGAGAGUUUAGGAACAGAGAGGUAGUGAGGAGAGAAAAGAGAGAGAGAGAGGAAAAAGUCUUUCUCGUGGUUGGGUCGGAGUAAAGCGGAGUUUGCUGGUUCUCAUGCUCUUUUUUGUCCUAUCAGCUUGCCGGUCUCUUGGAGGUUUGUUAGCCUGGCGGGUGCCAUCCCAGGUACCAUGAUUCCCUGGCCAUUGGGUGGGGAGUAGGAUGUGCGUUAGUCAUGUGAGUGUGUGUAUAAUGUCUCUAUUUCCUUCCCUUCUCCUAGUCUCCCCAGUCCCCAGCCGUCCAGAGUUCCCAUACUUUUUUGUGUGCCUUUAGUGUGCCCCUGAUUUGGGCUGUUAGUCGGUCCAUUACGUGGGCGUCUUUUAUCUUAUUUAUGACUGUGUUAAUCUGGGGAAUAUCCGGCUUGAGCCAGCUCUGUGCCAUUGUUUGUCUAGCUGCUAGGGUGAUUUUGUUUAACAAUUUUUGUUCCGUUCUCGGCCAGUUAUCUAUUGGUCUGGAUAGAAGGAACACCCACGGGUCUAUGUUGAUCUGUCUUUGUUACACCCUCUCUAGCAAGCUCCGCACCCCCACCCAGAAGGUUUUUGCUUCGUGGCAGUCCCACCACAUGUGCUUAUAGGUCCCCUUAUGCCCGCACAUCCCCGAAUAGCCCUGAUCUGAGUGCUUAACAUACCCAAAAAGCACUCAGAUCAGUUCUGUAGUUUGUAGUUGCCAUCGAGGGAAAGUUUUGACCGGCCAGCCACGCGGUGUAAGCCGAAAAUAGUUCCAGAGGAAUCAUGGUAAGGGCCGGUCUCAGUUCGAGAGAUUUUGUAUGAAAAACACAUACAACAUACGAAGGAUUUCAAGUGUCGAAUGCCCCUCCCCCCCCCCCAAAUCGGUAGUACGUAUCUCACAAACGCUGUUUGUAUGGGUGGUUGGGAACUUGAACGUGUAGCAGUUCCAUCUUCACCAGUGUUCGCGGAAGUGCCUGGCCGCAAUAAGUUCCAGGCACUCUAUGACCAAGUACCACUGCCUGCGUUCUGGAGUCAAAAUGACCACCAUCCAUUCUGUUGACCACAUGUGUUCGGUGCGUUUGGCCAUCCAGGGGAGCAUUCUAUUGUUUCCAUUGUGGUUUUUGUACUGGAUACUUUGUAUUCCAUAUUCUAAUGAGGUGUUGGGGUGGUCCUCGUUCGGGAACCAAACCAGGUGGGUUCGAACAAAUAAACGAACAAAAAGGAAAUGAAAUGUGCUGAACCAAGUGAUGGGGUAUUGCUUCACAGACCUAAUUAAAAUUGAUGCAACAAACAAACCUAUAUAGUGCCAGGAAAACUAGUUUGUUCUUUUAAAUUUCUUUUAAAUACCUUUUAAAAUGGUAUUUCCUUAGUUGACAGCCUACAUAUUGACUAUUUCAGUUCUGUACCAAACCAGAAACUUUUAUGCUGUGCACCACGGACACCACUACCUCACAUGACUUGGCACACUUGUUGCUAUAGAUUUAAUGAAAGUCAGGCUGAAAACUCUAUCUUCCAAUGAAAUAAUAUAAAUUUGGAUUAUGUCAUUGGCAUCAUCAGGUUAUGGUUGGGGCUAAGGUAGGGCUGUCCUUAGUUUUGUCUGCAUGAUGUGUGCAGCAAAAUAUUUUUUUCUUAAACUGAUAUAUUUUUAGACCUGCCCAAUCUCAUCCUGUGAGUGUUGGUAAUAGAUUGGGUUUUGUUUUUGAAAUCUGAAUGCCAUUUUCCCCCUCAGUGAAUAGUGGCAUCAAGCGACCAGCUAUUCAUUAAGGAGAGAGAUUGUCGAGUGUCCUUUAGUGCCUUUGUGUUGUGUUGCUUGAAGGACAAUUGCCUGUUAACAAAUAAGCCCUGCUUUCUGUGAUUGCCUUCUGUUCUUCAGGGACAAUAUAAAACCAAGGGGAUCUGCUGAUUGACAAUCAAUAUUCUCAAGUAAUCCUGAGGAAUUGGAAUUAUCAGAAAGUGUGCUCACAUUCAGAUCAACAUAUUCUGUAUUGAACUGUAUUCCUCAAAGGAUAUUCAAAACAACUUAAUGACAGCAGUUUUGGUGUAUAAAUCGCGCCCCUGCAGUCUUAUUUGUCUGCUGUAUUUGAGUUAAAUCCUUUUGUUUAUGCAGACAUUGUGGUUUCAUUUUACAGCGCAAUGUGUUUACUUUAGAAGGUCUUAUCUCUUGCUCUGUUAAUUGGACUUUAACCACCUACAGAAGGCUGCUGCAGACAAUUAAGAGCAUGAUUUGAGAAAUUCUGAACACUUGGCAAUAAGCGAAGCUAAUAAAUGUAGACUUAUUUUAGAAAGUGUGUAUGGAGACUGAAGCGGAAGUUACUUUUGUAGUCUUUUAAUUGCUUUUCCAAAAAUUGUACUGUCAGUUUUCUGAUAAGAUAAUUAAACAAGUAUAUUGGCUGUAAAAUGUAUUAGUACUUUUAUUUUUUGUUUUAGCAAUGUACCUGAGUACUAAUUGCUGGGAGGCAUAUUUUAACUUUUUAAAUCCUUACCAGUAGCUCCGAAUAUUAUCCACAUCAAUUUGGCUAAUUCAUUAAAUACAGUUAAUGGACAACAUUCUAUAACUGGAGCUAUUUUCAAGAACAUCCCGCUGCUACACUUUUAGUGCAGUUUUCUUCAUAAUAACUUAGAAUGUUUUAAAAUUUGGUUGCCUGCCCUUUGGUAAAAUGGCUAACUGCUAAUUUGACUUUUCAAAGGUGAUUGCCUUGGAUUGUGAUAUUUUUAUUUUUUAAAUAUUCAUUGUAAGUUUUAUUAUUGACCUUGUGACAAGUGCAAUAAUUGUUAUUGGCACAGGUGCCAUUCUUGCCCUCUUCAUCAUGACCAACCCAUUUGGCUGCGCACUUGGGGGAAGCAAGUUAAUGUCUAUAAAGUAAAGUAAUUCUUUAGGUUUUUUUUUUUAAUGGAAAAUGUCCGGUAUCUUUCAUGUACAGAGAGAUCAUGGCUGGCUGGGGAGCAGGAAAAGUAAAAGUUUUUAACACCAAUAGAUCUUUUACGGCUUAGUGUUUCUUUAAAUACUCCGCACACGCAGUAGUGAAACCAAUCUACCUACCUGGUCGCUGUCAGGGUAAACAUGUGGCUAAUUGUGCAGGGGAGACUGAUUUUAAUGUGUGCACAGGCUAGGUUGGUGCUCGCUGAAGACUUGUAGAUGGGGGUUUUAACGGUGACUCAUAGGUGAAGAAUAUAAUGCAAUUUCUGGUUUCAUGUAAUACCUUCUUAACAUCAUUAUUUGUAAUGACAUUACCUUCUAACUAGAUUAGGCUGUGGGUAAUGGAUGCAGCAUACAAUAACAAAAACGCCCUUCAAAUACCAGAAUAACCUGGUAAAAACACAAUUUCUUGGGCAGAAAAAAUAAAAACAAAUUGCAGAUUUUUAAGAAGCAAUUGUUUUUUUUUAUCCUUAGCCUUUCUGACAUCAAGGAGCAUGAGUUCCCAUAGCUUUAAACACCCAUGCUUAAAAAUUCACCCUUUGGCUCUGCAUUUCCAUUGGCUGAUUAUUUUUGGCGUCAUCUUCACUGUUGUGUCCAGACAUUUGUUUUUAUUUUAUUUAUUUUUUUAAUAGUUUUGUUUUUGCAGUUGUCCUCGAUUAGCAUUGCCUCCUUCCCAAGUCUCUUUUAAUUCGAUUUGUCCACCAAAGUGAUCUCCUCUGACUAGAGAGGGGCCUCUAAUAUAUCAUGAAUAAAAAAAAACAAAAAACCUCUCUAACUAUUUCAAAGAAUCCUCGACCUCAAAUAAUAUGGAAAUAUUUGAUAAAAACAAAAAUAUAUAGACAACACGAUUUUCUAGACUUAAUCUUAGUAUGCUAAUUAUGACAUUGUGUCUGAAUGACAUUUCAUUUAAGAUUGCUUUUUAAAAAAAAUUUAUGCGCUAUUAAAUGAUGCAAGAACUUGCAGUGUUAAAGAAAUGUUAGCAUCCGGCGCUUUCAGUUAAAUUUAUAGCACGGCCACGUUUUCCAAAUAACAAAUGCUUAUAUCUAACUUUAAAUAUUUUGUGUGUGUGUGUGUAGAUCUCAUUUAAUUGAAAGCACCCGAUAUCCUUUCUUUAACAUAGCAAGUUCUUGCGUCAUGUAAUAGUGCAGAACUAUAAAAGAUAUAUUCUAUCUCUCUCGAUCUAUCAAAUCUCACGUCAGUAAUUCCCUGACGUCGAAGUGUUCUGGUCUGGGAUUGGUUAAUUUUUUUUUUAAUGUACCUGAAAAGAUUAAUUUCACACGUUACUAUGUAUAUUUUGACGGCCUGAUAAAAUCGGGAUUCAGCAAAUUGUUUUGCAGAUCUAAUGUACGGUCUGCUCCAAAGGAAUUUUCGCGGCCCAGAAAUUCAAAGUUUAAAUGCAGAAGUGCGUGUUUGAAGGGCAUUAUGGGAAUGAGCCAUUGAAGGGAUUUCUAAUGAGCCGAUGCUUUGUUUCUUUAGGAGGAAGAGUUAAAACGUGGAAACGAAGGUGGUUUAUCUUGACAGAUAACUGUCUGUAUUACUUUGAAUACACAACAGUAAGUACCUUGUACCCUUUAACAAUUAAUACACACAACCGUCCCUGUCCUACCAUUGGCACAACACAAUUCCAAUAACUGUGUUUUUCCCAUGUGUGCAUUAUUAAUAUAAUUUAAUUCUCGCAAGGAAACUUCCAUAUCUGUGUGUAAAGGCUUUUUUUUUUGUAAUUAUCAUUUUUAAAAGUUGCCAGAUGAGAAGGCAAUUUCUGCAUUAUGCUUUCUCUCCUAGUCCUCUGUCUCCCUCUGCUGGUAGAAAAUACAUUUUAUUUUUCUUCUUGGACCCUAGCUGCUAGCAGAGGUACAUGGCCUGUUGCAAUUAUUACUGAUGUGAACGGUACAAAGUCUUAUUUCCUGCAUGUCUGUUUUAACAGGAUAAAGAGCCAAGAGGAAUAAUUCCUUUGGAAAAUCUGAGUAUUCGAGAAGUUGAAGAUCCUCGAAAACCUGUAAGAAACAUUUCCACAUUUAAUUUUUUUUUUUUUUUUUUUAUUUAAACAUACUCUAGAUACGUGGUGUUUGUGUUUAUUUCAGUAUCUGGACGUUUUAACAUAAUUUUGGAACGUAGCCACAAAUAUCUAUUAUUGUGGUUGCGAAACAGCUUGUUGGAUGGUCACUAUUUAAAUACUGUGCAUUUUGACAUAUUAGCGCUUUGAUCUUGUGUUUAUUUUUUCUCUAAACACAGAAUUGCUUUGAGCUGUUCAAUCCAAGUCACAAAGGACAAGUCAUCAAAGCCUGUAAAACCGAAGCUGAUGGCCGUGUGGUCGAGGGUAACCAUGUUGUGUACAGAAUAUCUGCACCAACCCCUGAAGAAAAGGAGGAAUGGAUCAAAUCCAUUAAGUGAGUGAUAUUGUUUGGAAUCUAGUCGGACUCCUGGCCACAAUACUCAAGGCAUGGACCAUAAGGGACACUAGUGUGACACAUUGACUAGAAUCACGCAGGGGUUUUCUCUCUAAAUGCUGCGUUGAAAUUAAAACUGAAUUGCAAUAUUUAGGCUAAAUUAACCACAGGGCGAAUUUAGUAACGCAUUUUUCCAAAUACCUUUAUUUUUGUUUAUUUUUUACUACAUUUUGCAAUUUGGUUUUCAACUCAACACAAAUCUGAGUUAGUUGAAUAAAGUUCCCUAUUUAACCCCUUAAGGACCAAACUUCUGGAAUAAAAGGGAAUCAUGACAUGUCACACAUGUCAUGUGUCCUUAAUGGGUUAAAGGAACACUCCAAGCACUAUAACCACUGCAGCUUGCUGUAGUGAUUAUGGUGCCAGAAGUGCCCUGCCGUCCCUACAUUGUAAGUAGUCAAACCAUUUUAGAACAGAUUGACUUCUUCCCAUUGCUACCCACCUUCACUACUAAUGAUGCAGAGCUGGAAGCACUUAUGUAGCAGCUUCUAUUUGCUCUCUUGUGCAAAGCGCACAUUGGCUGAGAACAUCAGCUUAUCAAUCUCGGCCAGUAAGCUAAAAUGGUUUAACUACUGACCAUGGGAGGCAUGAGGACCGUCCUGGUACCAUAACAAACUACGAGGAGCUGUGUAGAGAUCACACCCGUAUCUGAAACAUUGUGGGAGAUUUAUUUGUGAAAUGAUAUUCUUAUCCACCCUUUCAGUACAAGACAAAAACAUACUUACUUCUGCAUAGCCUGUUGUUGUCUCUACUGGAUUAUUUGGUUUUGGUAUGAUUUAUUUAUUUAUUUUACAUUUCUCCAAAAGCGUUACCAGGGGUUGUAAAAAAUAUUAUUUUUAUUUUUUUUUUCAAGUCAGUUUUUUCGAUUUUGGUUCUUUUAGUCUAAAUUUUGAAUUUCAGUUUCAAGUCCUGACAAUUUACACAUUGAUGACUACCUAAAUAAAUUUUCAUUUAUCCUGUAAAAUGGGCUGUGAUGAGGUGCAAACCUUAGCUCAAAGUAGCUGAGUUUGAGAAAACCCCAAAACUUACUGUGACGCGCUCUCCAAGUGAUCGUAAAGGUUUAUUGUCCCAGCAAAUUCUGUUUAAUAAGAAUUUCCCCUUCUUUAUUUUGUAGAGCAAGCAUCAGCAAGGAUCCUUUCUACGAUAUGCUGGCAACAAGAAAGAGAAGAAUUGCAAAUAAAAAAUGAGCAUUGUCUAUCUCAACAUCCCCCCUAGUUCAUGGGCCUCUUAAUAACCAGGAUGUUUCAUGACCUUUACCGAGAAGAAAUACACCAGAUCUUAUUAAUGGUAUUUUUACGGACUUUGAGAAGCUAGCACUGUUAGGAAAUCAUUGGGCUGUUUUUAGCAUUUUGUGUUUAUAAUUUUUAUUUUUUUUACUUUGAUACUAUGUUUAAGUCCACACUUCUCAGUCAUGUGUAAAGCGGAAUGAUAACUACCCCAAUGUAAAUAAUUAACGUUCCAUUCAUUUGGAAUGAGAUUUGCCUCCAAAACACAUUAACACCUUUAUUCCAAAUGAAUAGAAUGUCUGCUUUAUGUUAUAUAAAUCCUGUUUAAGUAUUUGCAAAUGUAUAUUUCCUAGAGUGGCAGCUAAAUAGACGGUACUAUAUAAAUAUAUUAGUUUAUAUACAUCUAUAUUCUAUCUGAUGGGUUGCAAGUUUAAUAUUGCAUGGUGCCCGUUUUCUACAGUAAUCCUGUAAAUAUUACAGACCUAUUUUGCUGUGAGCAGGUCACACGGAGCUUCUGUCAGUACAUCAUCUGAGUUCUGCUCCUUGAUUCUGCCAAGACAAAUCUUAACCACUUAAUUGUCAAGGGCAGAAAAUAUCCAUUGUAACAAACCAGCCUUUAAUGUUCCUGUAUCGAAAUGGAAUGUCCAACACAUUCAAUACUGUAUAGAUCUGCAAUUCUAAACAAGUAGGACACUCCAUCCUGGCGUCCUGUCUUCUGGGACCAGAGUCUGCUGAUGAUGUGAAAUACCAUUGGUCCUUAAGGGGGGGGAUAAAGCCAUGUUCAGGGUUCUAGCGCUGUCUACAAGGAGAAAAGCUGUUUCUGAAUGUAGUUUCAGAAGAAAAACCUUUUCUUCUAUGGAAUCUAUAAGCUAAAUGUACCUGUCUUGCACUGCUCGGCGUUGUCAUAGUACAUAAAAUAUACUCCUUGCUGCAGGAAUUGGUCUGUGCUGAUAAAGUGCUAAUCAAUGUAUUUUAUCACUAUUGGUGGAAAAAUGUGCAUUUUUUUUUUUUUUAUAGCAGCACUGUACAAAUACAUAUUCUUUUUCUGUCUUUAUCAGGAAAUAGGACAAAUGCAGUCUAGUACUGCCGCAAGAUGUUUACUGUAUGUUACUGUAAAAUUAUAAACAAUUUUGCCUUAACGUAACUGCCCCUAUAAAGCCCAUACGUGUUCGUUAUGGGCACAGUUCUGUAUGGGCUCCUGAUUUAUUUUUAUUUUUUUCCUAGAGAUUGUACAGGUCUGAGUUUGUUUUAGCUGCCUUAUUCACAGCUAUGCAUUCUCGUAUUCUCAUAAUAUUUAAUUCUAAAGUCUACAGACCUAUAAAACUUGUAUGAACAGGCUCGGUUUGGUAGAAAGUGGCCUCUGCUACGAUUUUUCCUUCAUAAAAUAUACUUUUUUGACAUUUGUGUCCCAGGAUUUAUGAGGUUUCUCUGUCCCGUAGCUGAAUGGAAGCCUUUGCUCCCAUGUUUUGCCAGACGAGUUAAAAGGCGUGUUUAGAUUUUUCAAAUUCAUAUAGCCGUGUCUUGUACGUUCAGAUGGCAAAUAGCACUAAUUUAACGUGUGUUUAUUCCGCAAAAAAAAAAAUCUAUUCUACUUUUGCCUUAAAAUAAGAAUAAUUGUGGGAAAAUAAAUUUAAUUUUUUUUUUCUCCAUUUUUUUUCUUGAAUACCCUGUAUUAAUCCAUCAACAAUUCUCACUCCUUUGCCACUUCCGCAGGGUGAUGAAAGCCUGUUAUUAUCAUAUUUUUCUGGAAAUCUUUCUAAAUAAAAUAGCCAUUCUGUUUUCCUCCUGUAAUUUCAUGAGCAGUGUGAUCACCAGAACUGUUGCACUCUAUUCCCAAGAUCAGAAGUAAUAUAGAGGAUAAGGUCCUAUAAAAUCUUAUGUUUUAUUACAAAUCUUUCUUACUUCCUAAUGCCGCAGAUCUAAGGGUUACCAGAUUCACCGUAUUUUACUGGACGCAUGUGGAGUGCAGUGGAUGAAUGUGUAGAAUUCCCAUGCUGCAUAGGUGAAAUGAAUCAAAGGCCACACAAAUGAAUCGCCUUGUUUAAUUAAUAAGGUUUCCUAGUGCAGCAUGUGAAUGCUUCAUACAGGAGGAUAGAGAGCAUCUUAUGCACUACCCUUCCUUAUGCACAAUGUGAUAUGUCUCCAUUCUCUUAGAACUAGAAUCUCCUGAAUGAAAUGGGCUGAAUUUCAAUAUAGAUAAUACACAAUAGAAUUAUUUUUAAAGGGAACCUAUCAUUAAAAUGUGUAUGAUGUAUUCUUUUUAAUAAUGCCUUAUAAAACCUUUUUGAGUUCUUCAUUAAACAAUGAAUGGCAGUGAACUGACCUCUGAUUUUCACAAAUUUAGAUGUAAUCAUUGAACACCUCAAGUUUAGGUAUUUGGCCAUGGGUUAGUUAAUAAACCCAUGUUUACGACUGUCUUAUUCAUUCUACAUUACACUAUUUGAUCAUUGAUUUUAUAAUGUAUAAUUCCUCCCUUUAAUUACAUAAGUCUAUACAGUCACUGAAUAUAUAUUUGUGUAGCUGCUAAUAGCCAGACACUUGCAAAAUAAGGUUCUCAAUUUCUGUAGUAAUGUUUCACCAUUUGUAAGCUUGCUCAUGCAGGAGUUAUAAAUAAAGCUGUGUUUUAUUUUUUGCAUUUUUUUCCUGUUAAAUCAGGUUAUAAGUUCCCUAUAAACGUAUGUGCAAACGCAAAGUUCAUACCAUCAGCAUUUGUUACUGAAGUAAGAAGUGAAUUCUCGUGAAUCUAGCUAAUUUCAAAUUCUACGCUAAAAUAGCCUAACUAAAAAUAUAGCUCACUUGGAGACUAUUUCCAGCUUGGCUGCUUUAGAACAAAAUGUAAAAUCCCAGACUAUUUACUUUAGAUAAUAACCCUGUAACCUAUCCAGGCUUCCACUGUUACCGUCAAAACAAACCUUAAUAAAGAUCACACCAUAAACAUGUUCAUUCUAAGCAAUUUUAUACUGCAUUACUCCGGUCCGUCUCUAAGAAUUUAAGACUGUUACGUUCAAAUUUCUCUUCAGCAUGCGAUAUGUUUUACCAGCAUUUCCAUUGGUCAAAUUGUUCAUUUUUGAAACUGCAUUUGUUGCAUCGUAACAUGAAAAGAUAGUCAUUUUUUCCCCAAGAUUCAGCUGGCCUGAAUCUUGCACUCUAACACAACUAAACCCUGGUACAUUUUUCUAUGCCAUUUAACCUGUUGUGCUUUUACAAUAAAACAUUUGUAUUUUAGACAAAGCAAUGUACAGCAACUGCUCUACUGUAAAAUAUAUAAAUAAAUAAAUGUAUAAUAUUAUGCAAACGGGUCACUCGUAGACCGGACAUGACAGUAAAAAUGUGGCGUUGUAUCAAUCUUAUUUAUUUUUAGUAAAUUCAGAAUGUUUCUAUUUGCGUUAAAAUGUAAUUUUAAUGUGUAAAUAUUGUACAGCUAUAUAUCUCGUUUACUGAUGUGCAUAAAUGUAAACCAAUUAUUUGCAUGACAAUUCUGUAACUUUUUAAGAGUAUUACUGGAUUCAGUUGAUUUUACAGGACAAAUCGGUUGCAAAUACUGUAAAAUUGUCUUGGAAUAUAAUUAAAGAAUUAUAUUAGUGAAAGA